GGCCCCGCCCCGCUGUGAGCUCGGAGUUGGGGGGAGGAGGGCGAGAAGUUUUGCAGCCAUACUGCCCCGUGCACCGCAGCCAUGGAGCUGGGAGAGAGCCGGAGCCCGGGGGCCACACUCACCUACCUACUGCUACUGUCCGGCCUGGCAGCCUGCUGGGCACCGACCCGGGCUGACUCCGAGGAAGCUCGGCUACUGGCCGUCCACAUGAAGAAACUGGCCGUGGAGGAACUGGGGGUCCUCACCAUGCAGGUAUGGGGGGGUCUGGGGGUCCUCACCAUGCAGGUAUGGGGGGGUCUGGGGGUCCUCACCAUGCAGGUAUGGGGGGGGUCUGGGGGUCCUCACCAUGCAGGUAUGGGGGGUCUGGGGGUCCUCACCAUGCAGGUAUGAGGGUGUCUGUGUCUGGGGGUCCUCACCAUGCAGGUAUGGGUGGGUCUAUGUCUGGGGGUCCUCACCAUGCAGUUAUGUGGGGGUUCUGUGUCUGGGGGUCCUCACCAUGCAGGUAUGUGUGACCCUAUGGAAGGACUGAAAUCUGGGUCCUUCCUUAAUGUAUAGUUUUGUGGGAGAGCAGUGUCUGAGGGUGUCUACUAUCUGGAGACCUCACCAUAUGGGAGCCUGGGGGAGAUCCUGAAUUAGGUUUUUUUUCACACUAUGUCUGUUUCUGGGGGUGUCAUCUAUAAAGGGAUUCUCAUUAUGCAACAAAAUUUGUAUCUAGUUAAAGGCUGAUGUAGAGGAUAUUAGCUAUGUAGGGUUCCACACACCAUGCAGGUAUGUGGGAGCCUGGGAUAUCUUUAUUAUAAGGGGGUGCCCAACAUACUGGUAGGUGGGAUCCAGGGUAUCUUCUUAGAAGGGGUUGCCCAUCAUGGAGGCAGGUGGGAGUCUGAUUAUAAGGGGGAACACUCUAUUCUGGUAUCUGGGAGAGGAGGGCUAGGUCUGACGAUGUCUUGUAUAUGGGGUCCUUGCUUUUCAGGAAUGUUUGAAUCUCUGGUCUUCUUAAACAUGGCUAGGGAGUGCACUUUAAGUGUCUGGUUUAUGGGGUCCUUGUUCUACAAAUAUGUUUGCCAUUGAAGGCUUGCUGAGCUUGGGAAGCUAUCAUAGGGAGUGUCUGGUUUUUGGGGGGUUUCACCACACCUACUAAUCAUUGUAAUGACAGGCUUCCUCAGUCUGGUUUGUGUACCAUGAAGAUAUAUCUGAAAUACCAAUGGUAUCAGUGGCCAAAGUGUUUGUAAUAUAAGGGUAUCUUCACACUGAGAUAUUGAAAUUUUCCUUCAUGAUAACAAAUCUAUCUCGGAUUGUAUUUCAAAUUUAGUGCAAGGUAAACGUGGCUUUCUUGGUUAAAAAAAUGUAAUAUAUUGUCUGCAGCCGUUGGGAGGUAGGAGUGCCCUUACGACUGGUAUGCUCCAUUUGGGGUGUCUUUGGUUUGCUGCUAUUUAUAUGGUGGUCCCACUAAUUUGGGUUCCUUGAGGACUCCUGGUACAUUGGGUUGGGUGCCGCAAGAAUGUGUUGAAUGGUGGUAUUCUGUGAUCUGUUUACCUCGUUGUGUGUCUGUUAGAAUCAGGCUUUUCUUGUGACACUCAUUCUAAAGUUUAAUAUUAAUCUCUGGUAAGCCUUGUUCAUUGGCCUGUCUGAGAUGCUCAUUCUAGUUUGAGGUGCUCAUUAAUUGUGUUGCAGCCUCUAACAGAGUGUUUUCACUAAAUUCUAAAUUAGUGAUGUGUGGGAGGAAUAGCUUUUUUUAAUGUCUUUUAAUACUAUAUUCUGGGGCUGUAUGUUAUAUUACACAUAGGGGACCUAUUCAGUGGUUCAAACUGAGUUUAUGGGGUUGAAUGAUGCCGUCAGUCUUUCACUUGUGUGUCAUUAAUGGGCUAUGUAUUUAUUUUUUUUGUAUCAAACAUGCUUUAUCUUGUGUAUUUUUCAAAUUGUCAAUUAUGAAGUCACGAUACUGAUUUUCUUUUUAUUUUAAUGUAAACUCGUUCUGAGCGGAGUCUUUAUUUAUGUAAAAUUUGGUAAAUCUUUUUUUUUUCUCUCCCUUUAUAUUAUUGGGAAGCGCAGCAGAAUACGUUAGGUGUAUAUUAUUAUUAUUAUUAUUAUUAUUAUUAGUGUUUAUAUAGUGCCAACUUGUUCCGCAGGGUGUAACAAAUUUAAAAAAAAAGGGGGAAAUUAAACAAAGUAGACAAUUACAAAAUGUUAGAAACAAUAGGCUGAUGAGGACCAUGCUAAAAGAAGCUUAUAUAAAUGCUAAUAAAAAUACUAUAAAAUGUUCUGAAGACCACCGGAUGAAGUUAUGGGGGAUGGGCUGGUGAAGCUAGUAUUGAAAUAAUUAAAGCCCCCCACAUGCACUCAUCAGGUGGGGGAGGGAGACUGUUCAGCUGUGUAUUGUUGCUCCUACCACAACUUUUCCCUUUUAAAAUGAGCUGUCCAAAACAGGGGUGGGGGGAGGACAUUUAUUCCCCACAUUGAUGAUCUAUACAAAGGCUUACAAAUAUUGCUCGCUGAACUAUUCAACAACUGCAGAAUCUGAAAUAUAUAUAUUAUAUGCGCUGUCAUUUACUUCCCACCAUGAUUUAAAUUAAUAGUGAUCUCCAGUUCCAAUUUGUGACUUGGGCAAAUUUACAGGGUUUGUUCCAAAUUAUUAACCCCCAGCAACUGAGGUGCUUUAGCGGCACACUGGAGCACAACGAGAGAGGCAGUCCUCAUCUUUGAAUUCUUAUGAAGUGUCCCAUUGUUGUGAAAUUUUUUGCUUCACCUGCCCAUAUCCAAUCCACUUGAUAUAGUCUUGUCUCUACACAAAAGAAGUUACAAAGGCAUUUACUGGAGGUGAUUUGAAACUGUGAAUAUGGUUUGUGCUUUGAUCUUUGCUUUGUUUGUUUGUAUGCAUACACAGCAAGCGUCUGCAAAUAGAAGAUGGUCAGACCUAGGUUUAAUCCAAUUUUUGCUGCACAUGGCUGCUUUUGUGAUUUUCUGUUAUAGUGAAUAAAAUGUUCUAAACCCAAAAGUGCCAUCUCAUGUUGUCACAUGGGUUUCCGUUUCUUCCCUAAAAAUGUAAAGGUUAAUAUUUUGACCAGUAAUUUGGAUGUGCUAUAAAAUUUAAAAACCUGAAAAGGGCAUACAUUAGAGGAUUGAUUUUAUUUAAUUUUGAUUGUGAGAAUAUGAAGAAAAAAACAAAAAAAACAUUAUUUUUUAUUCAGUCCUUUUUGCUUCACUGUUUGGUCUAUGAAAAUAUAUUGUAUUUUCAUUCACAAAUCACCGAAGUAAGGGAUUGAGAGGAUUUAAAGAUCAAUGGAACUUGUACCAAGGCUGGAAGGCUGGUUUCCUGUAAGGGGGGUUAAUUUUGCAUUGCACAUUUUUUUAUUUUUUUAUUAUUUGUUACUCUGUGCUGCUAGUUUUAUCUUGGUAACCAUAUAUAAAUCUGUGUAUACGUGUGUUUGUAUAUAUUUGUAGAUGUCCACGCGCACAUUUUCUUAGGGGAUUCAUAUGUGAUGCAUACGAGCAACAAGCUCCCUGUGUAGCGACCCGAAUGCCCAUCUACUGGUAGUUCUCAUUUUAUAAGGAUUCUCUCUAUUGUUUAAACACCAUAUUUAUUUAUGUGCUGCAUCAAAGGGUGAUAUCGAAGACGCUGUAUAAUUUAAGUAAAUUAUAUUGAAGGGCUUUGUAGAUUAGCGAGUAGACAUUUGUAUGCAAUCAGUGGGAGACUGGUCUUUUAUCUGUCAUGAAAACGGCUAGUUUCCCCACCUUUCUGGGAGACUUGUGUGAACUGACCUCCUGCAGCCAAUUCUUUUGUUAAGCAAACUAGGUACUCCCAAAUGUCUUUUAGACUUGUGCUCAGGAGGCAGUUGCCUGCAAUAGCUAAUGUAAAGUGUGAUGGUGAAUUUGGAUUCUGCAUAUUGAAUAUAUAAAGUAAUUUCAUCUCCUGUCUUUAGAUUGAUGUAGAUGUACAAUUAGUUUUCCCUGUUGUUUGAAUUGUCUCUCAGUGCAUUCAUGUAAGUGUGAUAUGUAUACUAUUGUCUGUUUACUAUCCAGUUGUGUCUGCAAAGCUCUCACUUUGGCAUCCUUAACAGCACCCAUUAAUAUCGCACUUGAUUGCUUUUAUAGUAGUAGAAUAAAAUCUGUCUCUGACAUGGUCACAAUAUACCACUUGUUGUUUUUAGCCUUCCCAUAUGUAAAGCAUUAUCUCUUCAGACCGUGACACAGAACAUAUUUGGAAUUUGCUGUUAUACUUUUUUUAACAAAACGGGGUCCUCCCCUUUUCCUUGCAUGGCCAUGUAUAAAGGCCUGUUUCUGGGGUGUGUUUUUAAAAAAACUUUGUCUUUGAGCCAUGCUCCCUACUCUGUUAGAUCCGAGAAUGACAACUGCCUGUUUGAACAAUUUAAUUGGCCCAGAAUUACUGCCUGUCUGGGGAGGGUUUUUUGUGUCUGGAUAAAAUAACCUUAAGUUUUAGUUGUCAUAAACCAAGUACAAAGAAAGAUCAAACAAGAAGAGAUAUUGGCCAUGUUCAAAAAGCACAAUUAGUCUGUUUUCACACAUUUUUUUUUUUUAUACAUAUUCGGGACUUUGGUCUUUGUGGAAGGAGUUUGCAGUGAUUCACAUGCUUGUUGUUAAGACUGUGAUACAUUCUCUCAUUUACCCAUCUGGUAGCCUACUUGUUACAAUAUACGUUUUGCUUUCUUUUCAUUUGUUUUGUUAAAUAACUACCAAAUGUCAGUCCUGUUUUUCCUUACAUGGAGUUUAUAUUGUUCCUUAAUUAAUACUGUUUACUAUCCUGCCUGUAAAACAAACCAAAUAGGUUUGCACAUUUUAAGGGUUUAUUUUAUUUAUUUGCUUCUUUUUUUCCCUUCAAAAUUGUAUUUCUCUCUGUAUCAGAGUAUUUUAUUUUGACCCUCCCCCCGGGACAAUAUUGCUAUUCUUGUCAUACAACACAGAAUCCAAAUAUCGCCUAUUAAAAACCUGUGAAUUACAUAUAUACUAUAUUUUAAAAAAUUUUUUAUUACAUACGUACAGUGUGUGUGUGUUCUGGUAAAGCCUGGCCAUGUGUUAAAUCGAGGGACCCUGAAUGCAGACAUUGAGCUGCCUUUUCUAUUUGUUUUAUAAUUGAACAAUGUUAUUGGUUUAAUUUAUUUUUUUUUUGCCUGUAACUGGGGAGAAUAAAAAUAAAACAUUGAAUGAAGUCCAAGCGAAAAGACAGUACAAACAAACACGCUUAGGAGCUGAAUUUGAAUUUUUAAUUAGGCUUUGAGUUUUGUCUUCAAAGUGCUAGACAUCAUUAGUAAUGUAAGACUUGCCUGCAUUAACCAGAGUGACAUUUCACUUCAAAAGCAGAGUGCAGGUGCCCCUAGCAGAUAAAAGUUACCCAGUGUGGUACAGCAAGGUGGAUUGCUAGAUAAUUAGCUGUCCUGCUUUACUGCUGUGUGGAAGAAAUUCUGAAAAUUCAUUGCAAGUCUUGGUGACUUAUUAACAGCAGAAAAUCCAAAUAUGUCAAAGUAAUUUUGUAUCUCUUAAGCUGCAGUAGGACUGAUAAGCCUUGUGCUUAGAGAAAUCUGUGUGAAGUCAAUGUGUUCUAACUUUUUCCGUAGCCUUGUUCCUGCAGAGCUGUGUGUCUCGCACAGAAUGAACACUAUUUCUACACAAUGAGGAUCUCUAUUUUUUUCUUCUAUGCUUUGUGUCUGUCAGUCACAAUAAGGGCAAAUUAAACUCUUGGCUUUAUAUUCUUACAUUUUGAACUCCCAAGCCUCUCCUGGCAGCUAGUAGAUUGUAUGCUCUUUAGGGUAGGUUUUAUACAAUGCUGAUAUAAUGGCAUAUCAAUAAUGUGGAAGUAAAAUAUAUAUUGUGGGCAAAGCACAGUAAGAUGUCUUUUGUUUGUACAAUGUAUGUUUGUUCAGAAUGUGUUUAACCCCUUACGGACCAAACUUAUGGAAUGAAAGGGAAUCAUGACAUGUCACACAUGUCAUGUGUCCUUAAGGGGUUAAAGAUAUGUGGGUUUCAUUAAUUCCUGAAUAGUGGAAAUUUUAAAUCUGGCCCCAAAAAAUAGGCAGGCUAUGAAUAUAGCGUAAUUGGCAAAAAAAUUCCAAAUCAAAUAUUUUUGACUUAAUUUUGUCCUGCAGGUUUCAAUUUGCUGCAUUUUAGAGUUUAGUAAACAAACCUCUUAAUCUGUUGCAUUUGAUACUCCUUUAAGAUUAUUAUAGCUCCCAGGGUUAAAUCAAUAAAUAUAUUAGGGAUCGACCGAUAUUGAUUUUUUAGAGCCGAUACCGAUACCGAUAAUCUGCGAACUUUCAGGCCGAUAGCCGAUAUCUUGCCGAUAUUCUGUACAUUUACUAUUUUGAAUAAAUAAACUAAUUCGAAAGGUAAAUGCACAAAAUAUACAUGCCACAUGUAGUGGAUGAAGUGUGUUUAGACAGGGGAACUGUGUGUGUUUGUGUAGUGUGUGUGUGUGUGUGUAGUGGAUGCAGAGUGUGUGUAUAUAAUGCAGUGUGUGUAGUGUGUAUAUAAUGCAGUGUGUUUAUGUAGUGUGUGUGUAUAAUGCAGUGUGUUUUUGUGUGUGUAUGUAAUGCAGUGUGUUUGUGUAGUGUGUGUGUUUGUGUAGUGUGUGUGUGUUUGUGUAGUGUGUGUUUGUGUAGUGUGUCUGUGUAGUGUGUAUGUAAUGCAGUAUGUGUACUGUGUUUGUGUAGUGUGUAUGUAAUGCAGUGUGUAUGUAAUGCAGUGUGUGUGCAGUGUAGUGUGUGCAGUGUGUCUGUAAUGCAGUAUGUGUGUAGCGUGUGUUUGUGUAGUGUGUGUUUGUGUAGUGUGUAUGUAAUGCAGUGUGUGUGUAUGUAAUGCAGUAUGUGUACUGUGUUUGUGUAGUGUGUAUGUAAUGCAGUGUGUGUGCAGUGUAGUGUGUGCAGUGUGUGUCUGUAAUGCAGUGCAUGUGUUUGUGGUGUGUGUGUAGUGUCUGUCUGUGUAGUGUGUGUAUGUAAUGCAGUGUGUGUGCCUGUGUAGUGUGUAUGUAAUGCAGUGUGUGUGUAUGUAAUGCAGUAUGUGUGCAGUGUGUGUUUGUGUAGUGUGUGUGUGUGUUUGUGUAGUGAUGUAAUUUGUGUAAUUUUUUAUUUUAAUAUUUUUUUAAUAUUUAAUUUUUUUUUGUUUAGUCCCCCCCAGUGUGUGUUUGUGUAGUGUGUAUGUAAUGCAGUGUGUGUCUGUGUAGUGUGUAUGUAAUGCAGUAUGUGUACUGUGUUUGUGUAGUGUGUAUGUCAUGCAGUGUGUGUAUGUAAUGCAGUGUAGUGUGUGCAGUGUGUCUGUAAUGCAGUAUGUGUGUAGCGUGUGUUUGUGUAGUGUGUGUUUGUGUAGUGUGUAUGUAAUGCAGUGUGUGUGUAUGUAAUGCAGUAUGUGUACUGUGUUUGUGUAGUGUGUAUGUAAUGCAGUGUGUGUGCAGUGUGUGUCUGUAAUGCAGUAUGUGUGCAGUGUGUGUUUGUGGUGUGUGUGUAGUGUCUGUCUGUGUAGUGUGUGUAUGUAAUGCAGUGUGUGUGCCUGUGUAGUGUGUAUGUAAUGCAGUGUGUGUGUAUGUAAUGCAGUAUGUGUGCAGUGUGUGUUUGUGUAGUGUGUGUGUGUGUUUGUGUAGUGAUGUAAUUUGUGUAAUUUUUUAUUUUAAUAUUUUUUUAAUAUUUAAUUUUUUUUUGUUUAGUCCCCCCCAGUGUGUGUUUGUGUAGUGUGUGUUUGUGUAGUGUGUAUGUAAUGCAGUAUGUGUGCAGUGUGUGUGUGUAGUGAUGUAAUUUGUGUAAUUUUUUAUUUUAAUAUUUUUUUUAAUAUUGAAAUGUUUUUUUUAUUUUUUGUUUAGUCCCCCUCCCUGCUUCUUACCAGGGAGGGGGAUAUAGUAUCCCCUGGUGGUCCAGUGGCUUGUUAAGUACAGUGGUGGCUCAGCAGCAGCAAGCGCUGACUUACCACCUUGCAAGCAGCUCCUACAGCUCCCUAUGUAAAUCUCGCGGCUCUUAGUGCCGCGCGGAGCGUUGCCAUGGUAACCCGUGGCAACGCUCUGCGGCCGCGGGUCUCGCGAGAUUUACAUAGGGAGCUGCAUGCAAGGUAAGUCAGCGCUUGCUGCUGGCCCCCACAGGACCGCCGGGCUUGUAAUGGGCCCGGCGGUCCUGUUAUAUAUUAUCGGCAAUAUCGGUAUCUGAAUUGGCCGAUACCGAUAUUGCCGAAAAUACCAAAUAUCGGCCGAUAAUAUCGGCCAGACCGAUAAUCGGUCGAUCCCUAAUAUAUAUAUAUAUAUAUAUAUAUAUAUAUAUAUAUAUAUAUAUAUAUAUAUAUAUAUAUAUAUAUAUAUAUAUAUAUAAUUUUUUUUUAUUUUUUUUAAAUGUUUCUGAAAAUGUUUAAUGCAUCCAAAUUCAGGGUUUGUGUUUGAGGUGAAAUAUUAUAUAUAUAUACCUAUGGCAAGUUUCAUAAUGCUUUAAGGAACACUCCAGACCCCUAAAGCAUUUAGCUUAUUGUGUGAGGAAGGUUUCUUUUUUACAUUUUAUAAAACAUGCAGAUUUCAAUAGAAAUUGGCACAUUUCUAAAUGAACCUUGCUACACCACCUGGCCUUGCAGAACACCUGCCUUGCAAAGACUUCUCAUUGCAUUGUAAAGUCUGUGAUUGGACAGCCACAGAAAGUCUGGCAUGGUUAGAAGGGGAGGUAUUGCAAAGGCAGCAGACAAGAUAUCUGCGGCUUUUGCAAGCUGUAUUUAGAUAGAACUCCAAUGGAAAAAAAUGCUAAGCUAAAAUGUGUUUGAGAUCUGAGAUGGAGACACUGAUUACAGAAAUAAUCAUUACCUGGUACAUGCUUAUGGUUGUAUUGGCCAUUUUAUUCUUAAUUACUAAGAACCUGAAUUAUAAAGUAAACUUUAAAGGGACUGUGGCAAACCUAGCCACUUGGACUAUAACUAGAGACUAUGCCUUUAAGGGUUGCCUAUAGGUCUGGGGAGAUAUGCGCUUUACUCUUCUAUGUAUACUUAAUGUAUUCUCUGCAUUGCCUGUAAUUGCUGUUUCCGCCAAAUGCAAAUGGCGGUUUUGUAUGGGGAUUUUCUUUCGUUUCACGAACGGCACUUUAGAGAGCCGUUUGUGAACCGAACGCGAUACCCCCUAAUAGCCCACACACUUGGAGGCGUGUGGCGCUAGUUAACCGAUUGCAACAUUGUUGCAAUCGGUUAUUAGAGGCUCUCCUGGGUGGCCGUCGUUCGACUACCGACCAUGCGGCGGUCGGCCAUCUUGGAUCCUUUGUUCCUCAGCGGUGCCGGGUCGUCGAACGCAUAGUACUACCAAUAGCUAUUCGACGGCACGAACACCGCUGAGCCUCCAGGACGUUCGGGAGUUUCAGGAUCGUGUUCACUAAAAGCAAUCGGUCCUUUUCGUAUGUUUUAAAAGAAAUGUGUUUUUCGUGCGGCGUUCGGUUAUUUUAGCUGGGAUCUGAGCGGUAAUCUCACGAAUGAUGCGCUCAGACCCCAGCUAUCUACCGAACGUCCAUUCGUGUAAAUCCACCGUGUAUUUAACAAGUUAUGUAUUUUUGUUGUGAAUUGCCGGUUCUGCUGCACGAGGGGAUAAUCCCCUUAACGGUGCAUUCUGGGAGGAUGAUCCCUCUCGUGCAGCGGUGCCUGAUGGGAGAAAUAUGUUGUCAUGUAAGUCCCCCAUGUAGUCCCCUCUGGGAGUGCCCCUGGGAAGGGACUCGGGAAACCCCUUGCAUGGGGACUUGUAUAAAUUGUCCAGCCGAUUAAAAGGAUGUCAGUUGACUCUCAGAACUGUGUCUCGUCCGGUUACUGGGAGGUUGGGGAUAUUGCCUUAUGGUUUUCAGCGCUUGACUGUGGAUUCGUUUCUGAACCAGCGGAAUUCGUGGAUUUAUAAUUGGCGUUCCGCUACAGGGACAUUCAGGAAAUCAUAACCUGUUUAUCUUAUCAACGUAGUUAUGGUAUUCUAAUACUAUGUCUACGUUCAAACUGAAAAAAUAGGGCUUGUGGCUUCACGUGCAAGCCAUGUCAGGAGAGCUAGGAUUUACGCUUCCUGGUUCUAGACAUGCAUGGCAUAACUUGCAAGACUAUCCUGUGAUGAUCUGUGCUGGGUGUUUAUAUCCGCUCACUGUACCAAUGGUCACAAGGGUAGGAGCAGUCGUUGGACUUGCACGUCCUCUCUCCAGGGGAACAGCCCUGCAACACUCACGUCAGUGCUGAUGUAUGAGAACCAGAAGGUAGAAUUCCUGGCUCUUUGACUAAAAGAGCUUCUAAGUGGAGCUCUCAGCUACGUUUUAAAUUCUAUUUUGUCAGUGUGAUAAAGUAAAGUAAGGUGGUACCCUGUCAGCUUAACCACUUCAUUACGCUAAAGUUGUUAUGGAAUGUGGAAUGUUAACAUUUACCACUGUUACAGUGGUGCAGGCCUGAUCCUCCCCUCAGUACAGUUAUGUGUCAUUUUGUGGAGGGGUGAUAUUUUAUUAGCACAUUCCUUUUUCACAUUUCUUUUUUUAUUUACUGUGAACUUAAAUCUUGUAGUAAACUGGACUUACUGGAUAGACCAUCAGUGAAUAUGUUAAUGCUAUAUAAAUCAUAAUUGUAGUAUCUCUAAUAAUAGAUGGCAGACCUUUAAUUAAAGUACUCUGAGUUUCAUGAACGCUCCAACUGGAGUUUCACCCAGCACCCGACAUUGAGUGUAAGAGUUAGUCUUUAAUCAUUGAAUGUCUCACUGCCUUCUCUUACUGCAUAUAGGGAAUAAUGCUAUCUUUAUUAAAUGGACAGCUGAUUGCCCUGGUUAUGAUGUGGAGAGGCUGUGGUUGUAGUCCCUAUGUGUAUGUGCGUCUGUCGUGGUUUGUCAUGAUGUGCAUGUUUAGGUGACCAGCCCUCCUCCGUUUGCAUGUUUUUAUCACCUUUUUUUCCCACGGUGCUCCAAUCUCCCCGAGGCUGACCCCACCUCUAUGGCUGAGAUAAUCGGGUUUGAUGAUCUCAGCUAUUCCAAUGCUUUCCGAUGGGAAAUCAUUGUGAGGCUAUUGUGCUUGCACGACAAAAUGCUGCGCCAGUCAGCAUCUCCUCCUAGAGAUAUAUUGAUUCGAUGCAUCUUUAUGGGGAGCGUUUAGUGACUGCAAUUCAGAGGGUGGAGACGCUGAAUGUAGGUGUUGCACACUAUGCAGCACUGAGAUAGGAAGCACUUUAGUUGCCGUCUGAGUGACUGUCACUAAGCAGCAAGGUAAACACUGACUUUUCUCUGAAAAGGCAGUGUUUACAUUGAAAAGUCUGCAGGGACAAGCUAUACUUAUCAGAGCAACUGCAUUCAACUGUAGUAGUUCUGGUGACUAUAGUAUCUCUUUAAGAAUAUUUUUUUUUCGUUGAAAAUAAAGGUUUGUAAGUUAAAAAAAACAAACAAACUGCAGUUAUUUAAAAAAAAAAAAAAAAAAGAUGCUUAUUUAAACUCUCCCCCAAAUAAAAUAUGUGAAUGAAAGCAGAUAUGUUAACUACAACUUUCAGAAACCUGUUGCUGUGAAUAAGGAAUAUAUGAUGUGUUUAACACGCUUACAUAAAAUAAUGUAAACGGAUUGGCUGAAUCACAUCCUGGUUUGGUAACAACUCAUUGCAGAAACCUGAGGGCUUGCAGCCAUGUGACUUUUAUUAUUUUUCUUGACUUGUCUAUUUUUUUUUCUGUACUCGAGGAGUCUAUAAACUAUUACUCAUCUGUAUCUUGACUUAUAAAUUUAACUUGUCUGACUUCUACAGGACCUGAAAAGGUUACAUAAGUUUACAUCCCAAUCAUUUAAUUACCGUUCCACAUCAACAUGUUUAGACCAGUGUCUACACGGAUGAUUGAUUUAUAAAUGGCUAUUACUUCAUGUUAAAGCUAUCCAAUCCACUACUAAUCAACCCGUGUGUUGUUGUAUAGAUAUUUAUUUUUUGCUGUUGGCUUUGAAUUUGGCCCUUAAUGAUUGGGCUUUUGUACUUUCAUGCUUUCAUGGGGGAAAAAAAAGGUUGCGAUUAACUGGUUUACAAGAUUAUUCGUGUAUCCAUGUUCAGUAAUCCAAAGCAAUUUUCUUUUUCAAAUGGUUUAUUUUGCAAUGCUUGCAUGAUUGUGUUAGCUUUGGGAACCAGAUGAUUUGAAGUGGACUUUUAAGAUACCUCAUUUCACAAAAGGAGCUGUAUACAUUCAAAGUAGCAUACUGUCAGUAAAACACAGCAUUUAAUACAAGUGCCCAACUUUUAAUGUUGAACUAUGACUUUCCGGGAUUUUCAAUAUCCUGUUUAUUUCUGGCAAGUAUGUGGUUUUUUUUUUGUUGUUGUUUUUUUUUUUUUCUGCGGUCUGAAAAUAAAAUUGUAGAAAUCCACACAUCGAUCCUGGAACUCUGGGCAGCUAUACUUUGGCUCCUAGUUAGUCAUGUUUAUAAAUGUUGACAUUUCUGGCCUUGAACAUGGUGGAAGAGUAGAAACAGAAAAAAAAAAGGUUGCUCUCUUACUCAUUUGCAUUGUGUGCCCUGGCUGUGCCUGCACUAACCUGGAUGGCGAAGACACUAGUUAAAUCUUUAAAGGGAUACUGUAGUGCCAGGAAUUGUAUUGCUGGCGCUUUAACUCCCUCUGACUUCCUCGGAGGCAGAAUUAGUUCCGCAAUGUAAACAUGGCAGUUUCUCUAAAACUGCAGUGUUUACAUUGCAGCACUAAGUGUACUAUGGACACUGCACCCAGAGCACUCCAAUGAGCUGAAUUGACCUGGGUCCCUGUAGUGUCCCUUUUAAGCUAGAUUUUAGAAGAAAUAUAUGGUUAUUCCAAGUUAUAAAUGAUUUCAAUGUUUUAUUCUAUGUUAUGUUCAGUGAAGUGACAUGUGACGGAUGUUUAAAAACUUUGAUAAAUGCAACUUAGACAUGUGUUCUUAUACUGUUUUGUAGCUCAAAAUAAGUUCUGAAUUGACAACCCAUUUCCACCAAUUUGGACAAGCUAUAGCUAAUAUAUUUUAAGCACAAUUAUUGAUAUAUUGAUGUUAAUCAUUGUACAUAGAAACUACAGAUGAGGCACUGUGCAGGCUCAUCCCACUUGCUGUUGGUUGGACAGCGAAUUGUUGAGAGAAUGCAGUUGAGCAGGAGAGGUGGACUUCAGGCAACAUUGGCGUUUGACUCUUAUUGAAACAGUGGGAUAAAGGCCCCUAUUAUCAGGGCAGCCAAGAAGCCAGCACGGCUCACUGAUGCAGGAAGCCCAGUUGCAUGCUAUCGUAACAUUAUAAACCAGAAUAAGAAGGGUAGUUUAUUCUUGUAUUGCUUACAUCACUGCUGUUUCAGAGUGUAGUCCUGUGUAUGUGAGAGGAUGGAUAGGAACGUAAAUACUCCAGAUUUUUGAAAAUUAAAGGGAUACUUUAAGCACCCAAACCCCUAUAUCUUAAAACCAUGUGAAACAUUGAUGUUUCUGAGAAAGGGCAAUGUUUACAUUUCGCUGAAAACACGCCAUUUAUUGCCUUCAACCAGACAGUCACUUGAGUCUUUACAGUUUAUUUAUAUAGCGCUAACAUAUUCUAGAGCGCUGUACAAAAGUUGGCUAGAGAAAACUUUAAUUCUAACAAUACGGGACAUAUGGGAACAGUUGGUUAAAAGCUUUAUAAUCCUAAUAGAUAACCUCCUUCAGUUCCUUUUGUUUUUUGAAAGACUUCACGUACUGCGUAAUGAUGCCGAAUGUGACUAAUGCUUCUCAAGAAACCUUGAAUUGGCAGGUUAUAGCUAUUGCUACUCAUUCACUGUGGGUCUGCAGUUGGUAUUGGCACUAGUUCACAGACUUGUUGUUUAACUGCUUCCUGCGGAUUUUUACAUUUAUUUUUAAUUAUAUCCGGGAUGUUCCACAAUCUAAACUAAGAGACUAAAAGGAGCAUGUCUAACUUUUUUAAAUCUAAUUUAUUAAUUAACAUUUGUGUUCCUUUAAAUUUGCUAUGCACCAUGGGAAAUGUAGUUCGCAAAGUUUUGAAGUGCUAAGGGUCUCCAUUCACCCGUGUCUGUCUCUACAAUAAGUUGUAACUAGUUACUUUUCUACCGCUAACAAGUUAAUAUACAUUUUUGUUAACUGCAUUCUUUAUUUUUAUUUUCCCACUGUCCCUUCAGGCCUUUUACAUUUGACUGUGGCUGUGUACAGUGAUAUCCCAGGCAGUGAAUGGUGUCAACAUCACCUUCAGCUGUCAAUAAAUCUUGCUGGAGCUUAUCCAGAACACUACAAAUAAAGCAAAGGCUCAAGCCUUAUCAUUGCGUUCCUCUUGUUAUGUGCUAGGCUUUGUAGAUCUGCUAGACCCCCCUCCACUUACACUGAAAAGUGUGUUCCAAGUAUAUUGUCACCUUUAUAGGUUGUAUGUGUGUGUUCAUUUGCAUAACAUCUAUAUUCCACUAUAAUAAAAUACCGCUAAAAUAGCACUUCUAACAGUGGCUCUGCUAUGGGUGACUUUUAUUUUUUUUAUUUUUUUUUAAUUAACUACAUCUACUCAGUAUUUAUUAAACUAUCAGAUUAUAUUUCUUGACAUUUUUAAAAAUUUCUUUAUAACUUUGUCAAUGAUUGCUGUGGUCGUAAUGGUAUUCAGUCCUGCUUGUAGCGCUUUUUUAUUUGUUUAGAAGCCUUGAGAAACUUUGAAAUUAUGGGAAUUUUUUUUUUAUUCCAGGGCUACCUUGUGAGUAAUUGGCAGAACAUUCCUUUAGUUUCCAUGGCGAUUGCUCCAUGUUUACAGUGUUGCCCAAGAAAUGUUCUUUUAUAACUAAUCCCGAGUUUAUCUUUUUAACUGUAAAUAAUUAUCGUUAAUGCAGCUAGCAGAGCAUAGAGAUUAAAACUUUGUUCUCCCUCCAGAGGAACUGCUGCAUUUCUGGCGACAGGUUAGUUUGUGUGCGUUCGGUUAUGUUUUCCAAGAUUGUUACAGAACGCACAAUCGGUUUGGUUUUGUCAAACCAUUAAAAUGUAAGUCUUGCGAAAGCCACCCUGCCACAAUCAAAUUGAAUCAUGACCACACAAAUGAAAAUACAGAACCUUCUAAACCAAAGGGCUUCCCCCCCCCCCCACCCCCCCAGGUUAAACCAGGCUGCAUUGAAUAAUCUGCUAACAGCAUCGCAUGCACCUUGAUAAGGGUGCAUUUAAUAGGCACAAUGUCCAAAUAAAAGAAUGCUUUGUGGUAGCGGAUAGAAACAACAGCUAUUGUGCAUUUUUGGAACACUCAGUAAUUCCUGUUGAGAUUCCCAAGUCUAACUAGCUGACGGAAAGAGAUCUUAUAACUUUCUGCCUGAAUGACGGUAUAAUGGGGAGAGAGUUGGAGUGGGGGAGGGAGGGAGGAGGCAGGGUAUGCAGCUCGGGAAUGCAGGGAUGAAUGUAAUUGGCACACACGAUCUUAGCAUUUGUUAAGUUUUUUUGUUUUUUUUUAUAGUUGUGUGCGCCCCAGCUGGGGCUUUGCAUUAUAAGCAGGUCUGUAAGACUACAGAAAUAAAAAGCAGAUCCAGUAAGCAGCAGUUUUUUUUUGUUUUUUGUGCUGGAGGGAAACAUUUUAUAUUGUUUAUUAUUCUAUUUCUAUAGUUUUAUACGUGAAUAGUUUAUAUAUUUUGCUCUGAUCUCCCCAGGAAUUGGUUAUUUGGUUCUAAAUAAAAAUAGAUUAGUUAUCUAUUUUGUCAGAGCAUUGUUCUCCCUGAAUUUUGUUUUUGUUUUAUUUUUUUUAUUCUUUAUUUACCCAUUGAAGUAUGAACACGGUAUACAAUCGGUAAUGUAAAUCAUUACAGAUACAGCUAUAAAGUUGAUUCUUAAGUCAAAUACCUCAGAGUUUAGUUAUUCAACAAUGCAUAUUUUAUAUUUAAAAUAAAACAUACCAAAGAAAACCCUCUUUAUCCGGGUGUUUUUGUUUUAUUUUUAAUACUUUUUCAUUGUAUGCCCUAUUUUGCCAUGAAGAAUAGGGAUUAAUUAAAUUGAGUCUAGCCAUCCACUUAGCUUGCUUUUUGUAGCAGGGUUAUUCUACAUAUGUAAACUACAAUUCCCAUAGUCCUUUGAUGUAGGUUUGGUCAUGUUGAUGGCUUGUAAACCCCCCCAUCCACACUCUGCUUUUGUUUUUGGGGCGUAGAGUAGAACUGCAUUUGCAUAGGGAAUUCUGGAAAGUUAUCAUGACCCUAACUGACCUCCCACUGCCUUGGUAAGCUCCGAAAUGUGCCUUAUGGAUGGAAUUACACUAAGAGGGGAAUACAGGAAUUGUGCGUUUAAACCAUACUGAAUUAGAGACCAAGCACUUUAUUAUUAUUAUUGAUCUCACAAUUAGGUUGCCAUAUGUAAGUGUAGUCUGUGAUAUAUCUAAAAAUAAUGUUCCCCCUUUCUACAUGCAACUUUGUUUCUAGAGCCUCCGGAAUGCAAAAAUGCAGCAACGUCACAUUAGGUGUCACUUUAUGUUCUCAAAAAAAAAAAUCUUGAAAUAUAAUUGGUGACCAUUUAAAUGCCAGAGCCCUAUAUGCGUGCAUCACAGAGUGUGGAAUGCGUAACUAACUAAACAUUUGGCAGCACCUAUUCACAUCCUCUAUAUCCUGUGUAGCUCAAUACGGUAGCUUUAUAUUUUAUUAGUACAUUACCCUUUCUAUGUUUGGGGACCAUGGCGAUUGGUAUCGUUGGUGAUAUUGUGAAUCUUUAAACUGUAUGGAUUGCAAUCCAUCCACCAGACCUGCUAAUGAAUGCACCUGGUACCUCGUUUUUAUAAGAAAUAAUAUGCAGGCCUUUCUAUAAUAAGAACGGAUUGGUUUUAUCCAGCAGAGAAAAGUAAGAUUGAAGUUUUAUGUAUGAAUAAAAUAUAUAGAAAUGAAUUACCAUUAUCUAAAAGUUGCCAAAUAUGAGCAAUUACAGCCACCCAAUUAAGUGGUUCCAGUUUAUAUAUCACGAUAAUUGUAUUAAUAAAUUCCAUUUUAGGCUAAAACUUACAGUUCUAUAUUGCCUCUUUUUUAUAUAAAAAAAAAAAAACCAAGUGGCCUUUUAGAGGGGCUCUAAACAAACAUACCCACUAUUAGUAUGUGUCUCAGUGCUGUAGUGAGUGGACAUUUUCAGCUUUCCAAAAUGGAAGUGGCUCACAAUGUUGGUUAUUUAAAAGAGCUUAUGUGAAGACUGGGCCUCCUAGGGUGUUUUGAAGCUUCCUGUGAGCAUUUUGACGCCAGGGUGUUUUCAUGUUGAAACUUGAUCUAUAUUUUUGCGUUAAAAACAAAGCAAAAAACUAUUCCAAACAUUUCUCGAAGCAUUGUGUUGAGAAUUUUAAAGCAUUGUUUUCAUCCUGUAUUGCUGGUCAGGGUGAUGCAUGGAAUGUGGAAUGUUUGUGUAUUUUAGGGCUGGUGCUGAGAAACAUUCUAAAUUAACCAGCACUCUUCCUUUUGAGUUUAUUGUUUGUUUAUUAAUAUUUUUGGGGGGUUUAUUAUAACCUUUAAAGGGACUUCAGUGAAGCUACAAUGUUUUCAUGGCAGGGUUAAGACGGCCUCUAGUGACCGUCUCCCAGACAGCCGCCAGAGGUGCAUCCUGGCCCAUUACAGAGUUGACUCUGUGAAAUGACGCAGGGUGUCCUCACACUUUGCAUGAGGACGUACAGUGUCUUCUAAAACACCAUAGGAUAGCAUUGAUUCAAUGCUUUCUUACAGAGAAAGUCGAAUGUGCAUGCAAAGUUUGCUGCGCAUGCACAUUAGGUGCCCCCCCAUCAGCUGAUCGUGAAAGAUGUUCUCUGUGCUGCCAAACACUCCUCCUCUAAUGACAUCAUCCUGGAAGCAUUGCUUAACCUUUUUUUUUUUUUUUGUCCAUACCGUUCCCUAUUACACUGGGAGUGAGAUGCAUGUGCUUGACCUAAUGUUUCCUACAGGGAAGUAUAGAAUCAAAUGCUUCCCAAUGAGCUGCAGUUUCCAACGUUUGAUGUUAAAUGUCACAUGACUGAGUGAGCCUCUGCCAUUCAGCGCAAGUGCCUCUAGUGGCUGUACGGAAGACUGUCACUAGAGGCUCCCUUCAGUGAAAACAUUGCGUAUCUAAUAAACCACAAUAUUUUAGAUGGAAGGGUUAAAAGCACAGACCACUUAAUUGAAUUGAUACUUUUCCAUCCUAUAUUACAGCGCAGUGUGUUUACUUUAGAAGUUUUUAUCCUGCUGUUAACCCCUUAAGGACAUUACUUCUGGAAUAAAAGGGAAUCAUGACGGAAUAUUUCCAUCAUGUGUCCUUAAGGGAUUACUUGAACUUUAAUCACACACAGGAGGGUGCUGCAGACUCAAGCAAGCUAUUUACAGAGCAGGAGAUACAUUCUAAAUUAAGCACACUGUUCAGUUAAGGAAGUAUGAAAAUUAUAUCUUUAUGGAAAGUGUGUAGAAAGGCCAUGUGAGUCACUACCAGUAUUGUUCUGGCUAGGGCUGCAUAAACUGACCUAAAAGACAGAGAAUUGAGCAGCGAGACGGAAAGGGCAUGAUCUGUACACCAAAACCACUUCAUUAAGACAAAUCUGUUUUUGGUGCAUAGAAUGUCCCUUUAUGAUAAGUUUUAUGUGUAUGGCUUUGUUGAAACAGUAGAGCAUUAUGGGAUUUGUAGUUCAGUGCCCCACUCCUUACCCUAUGUUGCUUCACCAGGUGUUUGCAGUCAAAAUGAUUGAAUUUGUUCAUUGAUACAUUUUCUCAUUUGUUUUAAUUGGGGAGCACCAUCCAUAUCCUGUAUUCACAGCUGGGAAAACCACUUUUAAUUUUGAGGGGGGGCUGGGAUUUUUGUUUCCCUUUUCCAACAAUUGUAACAGGAAGUUGUCUGAAGGUACAGUUUCCAUGGCACUCGGCCACUUGUAUCCAUCUCGUAUGAAGAUGAAAGCGUAGCACAAUCUUUUGAAAAGCAUGCAACUAAUUGGCCUGCCUGAAACUGCAAGGUCUUGUCAUUUAUUUUUGUUCCUCCCCCCACCCCCACCCCCCCUUUCUGUUCAACGUGGAAAAUGGACAAAAACAGCUCUGCUUAGACCAUUGUAUAAUCCCAUAUAAACAUUCCAAGAACAAGAGAAAUUAAUACCAUCUAAGCAAGGCAAAUAGGAUUGCAUUAGAGGUAUAUUUAUCUUGUAACUUGAUAUGUGAGGUAUUUCUGCAUUUCACGAAAAGAAAAGGGGGGUGAUAUUGCUCGCUAACGUUCAAGAUUUUUUUUUUUCUUGCAGCUUUUUUAUACUCUAGCAGUGAUGUAUUUUCAGCUCUUUUGAAAAAUCACAGUAUCUCUAUCACAAAGACUACAUUCCUCUUGUAUGAAAGACGGGAAGUGGCAGCUAUUGUUUUCUUUAGUCUUCUGCGAGCCCACAUCACCACAGAGAAGCAUGAUAAAGAUCAGAAUGACCGAGGUGUUUCUAAAUUGUGUGUAACCGCUGGCUUGGCGGGUGUUCUUGUUUAACUUUUCUGGUGGGGCCCCUAUGGAGCAUUGUCCAACUUGUAUAUGCUCCGUGAGUUCUUUUGAAAGUUUAUAUGUUGUAAUCUAGCCUGGAGGUGUGUAAAAGUCAUUGCGCUAAAGAGGUAGUGGAUUGCCCCUCAGCGAGCUAGCUUUAUGUAAAUCUAAAAUGAUUACAGCGCACAAACGGACAAACAAUAGUAAUUUGUUUUCAUCCGUUGACUUUUAGUGCCUACACAAUUUCUUCCAGUUUCUGUGUAUACUGUGUAGAUCAUGGGAAAUUGCCAUCUCCUAUAAACUAGGAAAGUUGAAUUGGGGUUUGCUGGCUAGUUAAAAGUCUCAAGGCUACUUUCCCACCUGCCUGUGAAUUAUUUAGGGUUAAUUAAUGCCCAGAGAAAGUUCCGAUAAAUCUCCAUUUGAGAGACCAAAGACUGUGGCUCAUAUCGUUCUUCUCUAGCUGCAUGGCAGCCUCAAACAUAAACAGGCUGAAAUCUGCCCUUGGUUUUCAGGAAACAAAGUCUUUGACUUCACUGUCCCUUUAAGAUCCAGGUUGUAAUGUUGAUAUUGAGCCUUCAGUGGCGAUCGACCAUUUAAUCAAUAACUGCACGGAGCCCUUGCCCAUUUAUGAAUGAGAUGGGGCCAAAGGUAGCACCGGCAGCAUUGUUACAUUUGUAAACAUCGAUUGAAAACCGGACUCUUUUGGUGGCAUAUCCCAUUCUUCAGCUUGGAUGGAUGUUGUUUUUAUUCCUUCACCGGUUCUCCUUAAAUGUCUGUUAUCAUUAAGGGCCGUUCCUACAAAACUUUUUAUUAGACAACAGCUGUAUGUGUGUGCGCCAAUUCUUGCUUUCUCUUAAAGCCUAUGGGACUGCUUGCUGGUUUGCCUGUCGCCCCUGGAAAUGCAUAACAUUGGAAGAGGGGUCUGCAAUCCGACACUGUGGGAAUGCAGGUGGUCUUAAGGCAAACGGCUGAAAUAAAUCCAAAACACCAAACCCCCCCAUUGCUGGGAGGAGAAGUGUCUGGAUCUUUGGGAUUUUAUAGGCCUCCUGUUUGUAUAUCUGGAACCCACAAUGUUCCACCCUCCUUCUCCUCCUGCAGUCAACACAUGAUUAGAUCACCAGAAAAUGACCGACAGUUACGGCCAGUCGCUGUGUUUGGGAUCAUGUUCGGCAGCUACAAACACGUCCCUGUCAUAUUUCCACACGUAAUUAACACGUGAACUACAGGACGCAAUGGUUUUAUUGCUAUCUUGGCCUACUAGCCAUCUUUCAGAUUUGGUUAUGAUUCCUUGACUUAUGACUAUGGAUUAUAUAUUGUCACUGGGUCCAUUACCGGCAGGCACACAAAUAUUUUUUUUUAUUAUUUAAAACAUUGUUUAUUGCAUUUUUUAAUUAAAAUUUUAUAUUGCACACACAAAUUGUAUUAAAAAAAAUUAACUCCACUUUGCUCACAAGAGGUCCAUGUACUCUCUAAUGCUCAUUAUUGGGCUAAACAUUUAAUAAUACAGACUGUACUCGCAUUUGCUGCCUGUGGGACAUCUCUCAAAACUGGCUAACAUUCUUCAUUAAAUUCUGAUUCCAACCCGUGAGAUUAUCUAUGGAGAGCUGUACGUUUUUUCCGUAAUCCCCUGUGUAGCCUUCAGCGCUAGAGUCCUCGUCUCUAGUAUUUUCUCAAACAACUCUGUCAUUUAAUUACUAAAUAUUAAAUUAUAGUAAUUUGAAAGCUAAAUUGCCAAAUCUAGGCUAAAAUAGCCACAUUGGAAAACUUGUACACUUGGCUAUAGUUACAGCGUGGCUAUGUUAAACCUAAAUAUUGUAAUUUUUUUCAUUUAGAACCAGUUCUGUGUUUAAUUAAUUCACCCCACUGUGUAUAGCUAGACUGUUGGCUGAUCUUAGAUUAGCAUCUGCAGUCAGUCAAGUUCUGCAGAAGUCAUGUGAAGUUAGGGAAAGAUGAGAAGGAAAAUGUAAUACAGUCCACUCCCGGGGCGUUCCCUCUCUCAGCACUGCCAUUAAAUGAUCCUAAUUAAGGAAUGUGCUCUUAUCCAAUCAAAAAUCACCCUUCUUAGCUCAUCAACACAUUCACAUUGCGAUAACCUUAAUUGUCAUCAGUGGGUGCCCCUUUGACCGUGUUAUCAAGCAAAGCUUAGAUCUUUGGUCGGAUAAGAGCAAGCUUGUAACAAAAAAUCACUUAAAUGGCACUCUCAAGGAGAUAACACUGUGGGAGUUUACAGUUUUGAAUUAAAGGGCAACACUUUUGGCACCAUAACAACUUCAUCUAUAUAAAAUUGUUAUGGUACUUGGAGGUUCUGGCGCCAACUUACCUUUAGGGGUCAAACCAUUCAUGAAUGGUUUAACCCCCCUGCCUUUCCGCUUCUCUUCGAUACUUGAAAUAAGUAGUCCUAGACCGUGGUGCUGCAAUUUGGCAACAUACCUAUUUCUCAAGCCAUUUUAUAAAUAGGGAGCUAGUGAUUGGUUUAGAGCGUCAUCUGAUGUACUUGGCCUGUCAGAAGCACCCUUCUUCGAGUCUAUUUGGGUCUUUCUGUUUCAAUAAUCUGAAAGACUGUGGUUAAACCGUUCCCCACAGGUAAGCUGGUGCCAGGGACCUUGUCUCACCAUAUCAACUUAAUUUCAAUGGUGCCUGUAGUGUUCCUUUAAGACCCCUAUUUAAAACAAUAGCUUGAUAAUUGGAUACAAUAAAAUACAAAGUACUUAAUCUGAACCCCAGGUAUGCCUUCACACAAUACAUCUGGGAUUUAUUAAAUAGCGAAUUGCAACUGACAUCUGACUCACAACAUUAAUGCUAUGAUAGCCUCAUGCGUUCUGGACCCACUGUGUUUCUUUAACUUUUUUUUUGUUUUGUUCUCGGAGGAGAAACUUAAACAUUUCUUAGUGGUAUAAAUGUAAACAUAAAACAGAAGAUGGAGAUUUUCUUUUCAUAAAAUAAAGGGCUGCAAGUACAUCUCAAGAGGUUGUGAAUAGUGCGGGGAGUGCGCACACACAGGCUGCGGUGGGGGAAGGGACAAGCAGUUAAUAAGUUUCAGACUUUGUCUCCAUUCUUUCCCUCCUAGAACAGUUUAAUUGAAACCUUGUAGCUUCAGUCUUAGAGAAUGAAGGGCAUCCAGCAGACUCAAAAGUAUCUACAAUGCUAUAUUACAAUAGCUAAUAAAUAUUAUUGCCCCAGCUAAAUUAUACACAACCCCCGAGUCCAGCCUUUGGCUCAGAUAACCCAGAAAACAGAAUAUUUUGUUAUGAGGGAAGUAAUAAUGCAGCGAUUCUGUUCUUUUUGUUUUGCUUUGAUAUCAGCAUAGUAGUAAUCCAAAGCGCUUUCCAUACCUGCAAAGUCACAUGUUUUGUGUUCAAGUCCUGCUUUCUCUCUCCAAGAGUUCUGAGCGUGUGUUGUGUAACAGAGCUUCAUGAGCAGGGCCCUCAUCGACCUGUUGUUCCUAUAAAGCUUUGUAUGUGUCUCAUUUAUUGUUUCAUUCCUCCCUAUAAUAUUUAAAGCACUGUGGAAUAUGUUGGCGCUAUAUAAAUAAUAGCAAAAAUACUCACUGUAACGUGCCUUUAAGCUACAAUAAUUAUGUUUAGAAAUCUAAAUAUAGUGUUUUGAUUUUCUUCACGAUUACAUUUUUAGUAACAUAAAUGUUCUUCUACCGCCUCCAAAAUAAAAGGGUGUCUCUUUCUUUAAAAAAAAAGUCCAGAGACUAAAGAAAGUAUUUAGAAAAUUGGGCAGACUAGAUGGGCCGAAUUGUUUCUUAUCUGCCGUCACAUUCUAUGUUUCUCUUUGGUUAUUCUAUAUGUAAUGUUGUCAGUUAUGUCUUUUGCCAAACAUAGAUGUGAGUGACGAGAGGUGCCUCUGCUGCACUGACAGUCAAACUCGUCUCAUGACUUGAAAGCCCAUAGGAAUGCUUUGAAUAUAAUACUUUCCUAUGGGGAAGCUUGAAGGCGAGCCAUGGCGAUUGCUGCGCAUGUGCCUAAAGUCCUCAAUGCUCCCCAGGAGGAGUGUUGAGUUGAUCACGCUGGAGAAGUCUGUGCCACCUCUGAUAUCAUUGGAGGCAGCAAUGAGCUUCACCACUGGAACGGUUAAAGUAAGCCCUUUUUCAAUUUUAUUGCAAACAGUGUGGGGCGGUGCAGGGGACAGUAGAUUUUGGAAUGCAGGUUAGAAAUUUAGGUUGAAUUCAUUUUAACAACAAAUCAUUCUUAGUGUAUUAUCCUGUAAGCAUCGAUUUUAAGAGAAUAGUUACUGUUAAGUGAUUUGAGAAAACUAGAUAAAACCUGUCCAGUUGCAAACUAAUAUUUCCAAGACUCGAGGUAUUACAGAGAGUAAAGGUACAGGACUGUAGUACGAGACAAUGUUUUUAUCACCCCUUGUGCUGCACAUCAGUGCUUUCCUUUUUCCCAGACGUUGGGAAUAUAACCAGACAACAGUGAAGCUUUGAUUAAUAAUACACUAGGAUGAGUGGUUACAUGAAAAUAAGCAAGUUUGCCUAGCUGAAAAUGAAAUAUUAUAUUUGAUACAAAUUGGGAUGAAAUGGGAUAUUGCAGUGUACUAAUGUCUGCGGUUAAAUAUAACAUUUUGAUGAUUUUAAUUCAUCUGACUUAUAGCUGUUGUAUGUCACAUUUGUGGUUGUUUUAUGCAGAACGGGAAUGUAUCGUGUCCUAAAAAAUAUUGUUCAUUAGCGAAGAUGUGAUGAAACGUUUUGAUACUGCCAGUAUUGCUGUAUAGGUCACAGCUGAUUCACAGGGUCUCCUAGUUUAAAGGAGAACGCCAACGUUAAAAAUGUGUGUUUUUUAAAUUUUAUAUUUAGCUCCCCAUCCAUAUUUUGUUGUUGUUUUUAAUCAUGUAAAUGAUUCCAGCGCCAAAACGAUCUCUGCUCUCAAACUAUGACCGCCUACUGUGCGGUGAUCAUUAUUCAUCAUAAUCUGAUCAGAAUCAAUGCUUCCCAUAGAAAAGAAUUGAGGUCAUGUGGUACAUGCGUGGCAGUCACGGCAAACCCCAAUACAAUUUCCUUUUAACGAUUGUUCAAGCAAAUCUGUUUAGUUUCAAAUGUUGUCAUUCCACCAGUGCUUUACCCAGGCAUAGAUGUGUGUAUGGACACUAUUAAAAUAUUAAGCAAGAUGUUGUUUAUCGUUUGUUUUACAAUAGAACUGUGUCUUCAGUGAAAUGUAACAUGUAAUGGCAUCAUGUGCAUGGCUUGACACAGACAUUGCCAACUUGCCUCCUUACUCAUUAAUGACUAUUCCAUGAAUACUAUUCAGAAAAAAAAAUGAAUACACUACCAAAUUAGCCAAGUAGGUCUAUGCUGGUAAACGUGCAAUGGUUUCAUCACUUAUGAUGUACACAAUCCACAUAGGAAAGCAAUUUACUCAGUAUAUCUUUAAAGAUGAGGAUUGUGGCUAAAAUCUAAACUUACCUUAUUGUGUCUGACAUGCUACCUACGGCACUAGUGCCAUGCACGGCACUCGAGGCGUCUUUCCACGGCACUCAAGGCUGCUAGAGCCAAACAAACUUUCCCAGUAAAACUUCAGAUAUCUGGUAAUACGAAGAGGUGGUGAAGGACAAUCCUCAAUUUAUGCAUUGCAGCACAUAGAGGAAAUGAUCUCAGAUGAUCAAUGAUCUCAGAUCACUUCCUCCCAGCACUUGUGAAUGGGAAUCCACACUGUAGUAGAGCAGCCCGCAGCUGGUGUUGCAGCUCCUGUCCUUGACCUGUACCUUGCCAGCCUGGUCCCCAAUGGAACCCAGGGAAGCCACCCACACUGCUAGAUAUACACAGAAAUGCAGAAUAACAGCCCACACACAAGCAUACACACAAUCCCACAAACGCAACACCACUAACAAUCCACACACAUGCACACAACCCCACAUGCAGCCUCUCACAUGCAAUACCCCAAACAGCCCCCAGACACUACCAAACACACAAUGUGACAUAUCCACAAACAAUUCCACAAGCAGCCCUCAUACACAGCCCACAUUCAUAUGUAUCAUACACGAUACCAUAAACUACUAAUGAACAGUUUUAUUUAAGGGUUAUUUUGUUAUAAUGCAAAGUAACAGCCCUGAGGAAUAUGUUUGCGUCUUAUAAAUAAAAGAUGGAAAUGUAGGACUGGUGGGAAAAAAAAAAAUAUUGAAUGGAUGAUUUGAAAUGCACAACACAAGAAACAAGCGGCAGCUUGAGUCGAUGGUUUGCGGAUAAGUGUGAGAAUAAGUAAUAAGGAGGAGAGUUGAAGGUCACGCUUGAAACUGCUUGACCGAUCAUUCAAAAUUCAGACAGACGUGCAAGAGAACUGAAGAGAUUGCAGACUGUAGAACAAUCAGGCGGUGUGUGUGUGUGAUGGUUAAAUAGUAAGAGUAGCCCGUGCAACGAUUUGGAGAAAUGGCACAGGAUAAACAAGCGGUGUGAAUUAGUCUGCCCGCAGUACUUUGGAUUAAUAGAAUUUAGGUAAUUGGGUUAGCAGGAGACUGACAAAUAGAAGGUUGCCAUAGCGAAGGCUGGAAUUGAUUAGCUCGUCAAUGAGCAUUUUGUUAGCACUGCUGCUACUUGAACUAAUAUACUAUUUCAGAAUUUGUUGGGUGGUGACAGUAACACAUUGUUGGGAGCUGAAGUGGAUGAAUGUAAAAGCAGGCUAAGAUGGCCCUACAUUUGUGCGUUGUAGACCCUAUGGUGAAGCUGUUGUACGACAGAGUUUUAUUUGCUUGUUAUUUUCCCCCCAGCUUUAGACCUGAUCUUGAAAACUCUUUAGACCCAGAGGCCUCUCCAUGAGCUCAUAAGGCAUUAUUUUUGGCUCAUAGCUUUGAAGUUUUUCUUUAAAUAGUUUUUAAAAAAGGAUCUGUUUGUAGGUCGGUCUUAAUUCUGCAAACAGUCAGUUCCUUGAGGUUGACGGAUUGGUAACGUCAGGUGUGAGAAGUAGACAAGGCUUGAGUUUAGUUUUUUUUUUUUAUAAAUUCUUUAUUUUGAGAAUUUUAGCAUUGUAUAUGGGGUACAGAAAGAAGAAAAUAUGGGAAGGGGGUACAACAUUAUGAAAAGAAUAGCAUCGUCCCGUGGAUCUCAUUCCCAGGCUAUCUUUAUCCCCCUAAGCUGUAGUCUCUCUGCUCUUGAUUGGACCGUCGAGGGAGGCGACUGUCUCGUCCCCUCUAGAGGGAGUAGGUGCGGUAAAAGUUUUGAGCUGCGUCUCUGGGCUUGUACAGCCUAUGGCCUAAGUCAGUGUCGUUACUGGAAAUUGAGGUCAUCGGAGACUUAUCGUGUCUGAACAUUAAGGGUGAAGCUCAACUGGAGCGAACAUGGGAUAUAAGGCCUAUCCUCGCCUAGACAUAGCCAAAACACACACAAAAAAAAAAAACACACGGGGGGUGCGUGGGAUUCUACAUAUCAGUGUAACAUCUCCCCUGUACUAGGUGCGUGUAAUCUAUCAGCGUGUGUGUAGGAGGCGUGUCUAUUAUGUGGGGCCGUGCUCAAAAAUUCUUGCGUCGAGAAGGAACCCUCCUCCGUCCUCUCUCCCCUCCCUCGCCUGCGCUACACAUUGCCCCAGGGGCUCCAGACCUUCCCUACCGAUGCUGUCGUCUCAUGGACCAGGGCAGAUAGCUCAUCCAUCUCCUUGGACUCCUCUAUUUUCCGUCGUACCUCUGAUAGAGUUGGGAUUUCCAUCCUCCCCCAGUGUGCUGCAAUGUCCCGUCGUGUAGCGAGGGCUAUUUUUGCCACUAGUUUAUUCUGUGCCCUAUGUAGUGCAUCUAGGGGUUUGGACAGCAACCAUAUCCACGGAUCCAGUGGGAGAGCCGUUUGUAAGGCUCUGGAGGCGACGUCAGCUACCCCCUUCCACAAUGCUGAAAUAUGCUCGCAUUCCCACCACAUGUGGAAGUACGUACCCUGGGCCCCACAACCUUUCCAGCACCGGUCGGAGGUCGAUUGUCGCAUCUGUUUGAGCUUGAGGGGGGUAACAUACCAUCUGAGCAGGGUCUUAUACGCCUGCUCCUUGUGGUUCACACAGAUCGUAACUGAUGCCGUUGCCUCCCAAAUUUCUGCCCAGUCUGAUGGAUCGGCCGGUGGGCCCAUGUCCCUCUCCCACUCCCUCACGUAUGAAAAGGCCUCCGGAGGGGUGUUUCUAGCAAAGAUAUCGUAAAGAAUGGAUAUCUGACCUCUCCUUACCGGUGUGUGCAUACUCAUUUUCUCGAAAGGUGUAAGCUGUUUUGUGGCUGCCAUUCUGAUGUCCGGAAUGGACAAAAAGCUCCGUAACUGGAGAUAGCGGAAAUAAUCAAAAGAGUUGAGAGGGGUAGAUUGCGGUAGGUCUGCAAAUAGGAGCAGGCGAUCACCCUGGAAGAAAUGGCAAAGUCUGAUGAGGUUAUUAUCUUCGAAGCGGGCAAAAUGUUGAGGUGUCAUACCUGGGGGAAAUUGCGGGUUCCGCAGAACUGGGGUGAGCGGUGAGGGCGUAUUGAUAAGGGGGUUUUUACCGUUGACUCUAUCCCACACCUGCAAAGACGUCCUUGAGUUUAGUUUUUAACUAUAGAUUUGGCAAUUUCAACUUGAAAAGGCGCUAUUGUUUGCUAAGAGAAGGAUAAAAGUCCAAAGACAUCAAUCCUCACAUGUCCAACUGGCUGCAAUAGGGCAUGAAAUAUAAAAGUAAUGCUAUCUUACUGCAUACAUUUGUUUUUCUCAUGGUAAUGGCGGCUGUGUUUUAAAGCAGGACACCCAUCAUUAAGCUUGAAGAUUCAGUGAAAGCUAAUUAUUCAAAGGAGAGCCAAAUUGGAACAUUAAACGGUUACUCCAACCACAAAAACAGUUUUUUUGUAGUUUGCAACAAUGUCUGAUGUCGAAAUAUUCUAUUUCCACUCUGUAAUAAACCUUUUGACCAUUUGUUACAUAUUUUGUAAAGAUAUCCAUCCAAUCCAUCUUAAAUAGAUGUAAAACAUUAAAGGAAAACUAUAGGGUCAGGAACACAAACCUGUAUUUCUGACCCUUUAGUGGAAAACCCACCAUUUACAUGGGUGCCUAUUGUGUCCCUUGAAGCAGGUGCUGCUGGAAAUUUCCUGAUCCGGAUAGCAAACUAUUGAUGAAGAAGAUGGUGUCUGUAGAUCUCAGUUUGUCUUUUACUAAUGGUGAGAAAUGUGCAGCUCUCUCAUUUUCUGUUUUAGGAAUGCAGUCUUUCUUGUGAUCCGGAGGCUGGGUGUGGUUGUGGUUCACUUAAUCAGAUGUUCUUCUGAAAAUCAGAGUGGUCUUUGUUUGCACUGUUAGGGCUGCCAUUUGUUGCGGCGCUGUCUCCCUCUCCAUCCAAAAUGAGUAUUUCAUAAAGCUAAAAUAUUUGUGAAAUACUUGUACUGUGUUAGAAUUUCACCAAAAUUCCAACCCAGUCAAAAGAUAUACUAAGACAAGCGAGGGACCACUUUUCUUUGUAUUUGCCUUAUGCUUGCUAUAAGGUGGAACAAGCUCUUGUCAAUCCCUGAGACUUCAAGUGGAAAAAGGCUCUGUCUAGGUACAUGCAUGAGCAUAAAACACCAGGAGAUGAAUAGGACCAUAAGGAAGAGGAUGGCGGUGGGCACUAUGAACAGAUUCAGGUAAGUAUAACUUGCCUUCCCCGACACCCUGUGGUCACCGCACUGCCAGUGGCGCAGUCCCUGUAGAGGUCUUUGCAAAUGUUGCAAAGAUCACAGAUUGUAGCAGAGCCUCUUUAAAAUAGGAGGCAAAUGCAAAAUCGCUGUACAAAAGCUUUCUGGAAUCCCUCCAUUUAUUUAUUUUCCAAGGUUUCUCUAUGAAUUCACGGUCCUUAUUAAUGAUUCGAUUUAGAUACACAUCAUUGCCAUAGACAUGGAGAUGCUCGCACUAGUAUUCGAAGAGAAGUGAUGUAUAAGCGUUUGUGAUCUCAAUCCUUCCAUAAUGCCAUAGGCUGUGUCAAGACAUCCAAGCGUAGAAAGUAAAAUUAAAACCUGGGACCUAACUAAUUUGAUAUGCAUAUUUCUGUCGUAUUACCGUCAACUCGAUAAUGUAUUAUUGUCUAAUUGCAGAAGCCCAAUGCAACAUAUUUUAAGGCACUUUUUCAAAUUUUCCCAACCCUGGCUGAUGAAGCAGGUGGCACUUCCAUCAUGUGUCUAGCGAUGGAACGUCUUCUUCUUUUUAAAGGAAGAGUUGUUGAAAUACAGCAGGAUAGUAGCAUGCGUUAUUUUUCUGUUCUGAGAAGUGAUCUGUAAAUGUGUUUAUUUUUAAUGCACUGGGGACAAAAAGACAGCUGCUGUUUUCUCAGAGAUGUAAUUUGAAUGAUUCAUCUUUGACUGUGAAGGUAUGUUUGGAGUUUGAGAAGCAUUGAAAAAACGAAAUCACUAUUGCGUGCAAAAAUGUAUUCUGCAGGUUUCAGUCUCUUCCUUCUGUCGGAAUGUAUUUUAAGACUUUAGGUAUCUAUCCUUAAAGGGGUGCGGUCACAUCCCACAAUUUUUUUAUUUAUUUUUUUAAUAUUGUUUGUUUAGCUUUGUUUAAAAAAUAUGUAUUUGUGAGGUGUGAAAAUUUAAAUUAAUUGUAGAAAUCUAAAAUUCUUUAUUCUAAAUGAGGGCCUCCAUCUUAGUCCUCUAUCGGUCAUAGUUAUAACCUUUUUCAUUUCGGUCAGCAUAGAGAACCUUUCCGUUUCUCCUCUCCAGUCUUUGUCUGAAAUGGAUUAUGAUGUCAUAUGCUAUAGAUUUAAAUAUAGUACUCAAUUAGAUAAAUGUGAUAUGUGAUCAAAAUUCCCGAGAAGUUGCAGUUUGGGAAAGUACUUAAAAAAAAAAUAAAUAAAUAAUUAAAUAAAAAAAUAAAGUAAACCAAUUAAUUUAGAAAAUUAAAUAAAUAAAAAAAACAACAUUGCAAUACUCAACCUAUGCAACAUUUUAAUAAUUUUCUUGAGUUGAAUUCUUCUUUGCCCUUUGUCUUACCCUCCUCCAUAACAGACUAAUAAGAUAAGGCCAGGUACUAAUGAAAGUAUUUAGAUACUAGAUGGGCCGAAUGGUUCUUAUCUGCCGAUACAUUUUUAAAUAAUACAUUUUAAAAAAUAAAAAAAAGUCAGAUAUACUUCUUUACUUCCCUUGUUUGCGGCAAAUCUGCAACUUUUUAAUGAACCAUGAUAAGCAAAUACAUUAAAAGUCCUUGAACAGGCAAGUGGCUGCAUAGAUCCACGCUGUGACAUUGAGCAGGGCUAGGUGUAUAGCAGCCUCUAUAACAGGAGUAGACAACCUACGGCACUCAAGGCUGCUAGAGCCAAACGCACUCUGGCCUAUCAGGAGUCUCAGUAUCCGAUAUCUGCUAAUACAGAGAGAUGGUGAAAGACAAUCCUCAAUUUAUGCAUUGCAGCAUGUAGAGGAAGUGAUCUCAGAUCACUUCCUCCCAGCACUUGUGAAUGUGAAUCCAUACUGCAGUAGAGCAGUCUGCAGCUGCUGUUGCAGCUCAUUUCCUUGACCUGUACCUGGCCAGCCUGGUCCCCACUGGAACCCAGGGAAGCCACCCACACUGCUAGAUAUACACAGAAAUGCAGAAUAACCCUCCCCUCAUACAAAUAAUACAGACAGCCCACACACAAACAUGCACACAAUCCACACAAACACAACACCACUAACAAUCCACAUGCAUGCACACAACCCCACGUGCAGCAUCUCACGUGCAAUACUCCAAACAGCCCCCACACACUACCAAACACACAAUGUGACACAUCCAUCCACACACACAAUUCCACAAGCAACUCCCAUACACAGCCCACAUUCAUAUGUAUCAUACACAAUACCAUAAACUACUCAUGAACAUAUACAAUAUAAUAGCUCAUAUACUCACAAAUACAACGAUACAAAGCAAUUACAGUAAAAAUAACACAAGCAGAAUACGGCAGCAUACACACCACAAUUUAAAAAAAAUAGGACCGGCACGCUACGGGACAUCACCAUCCUAUAUCGGCACAGUGCUGCUAAAAGGUUGCCUACCCCUGCUCUAUAACUAAUGCAAUGCUUGGACAUUUUGACAGGGGAGCUUCAUGUAUAGAGCACCGACUGUUUAACGGUGCUCCGAGUGUUCCAUAAAGAGAAUCCCUUUAUAGGUAGUAAACAAUUCUAAACCUCACUGUAAGCUGUCAGCAGAGUCUACAUGCCUGUCCAGUAAACCGAUGAGUUGUAGAUGUAGCAAUAGUAAAUGUCAUUUUAAUUACAGGUCAGGGUUUUUUUUUUUUUUCAUCAUUUAUCAUUUUAUGCUUUUAAUUACAUGAACUCUGCCACAUUUAAUCUUGUGUGAGACCACAGGGCAAGAUUGGUAUUUUAGGAUGUGUGUUGGAAGGCCACUGUAUUUGAUUUAUUUAAAUUUAUUUUUUUUAUAUUAGAUUCUUGCAGCCAAAUGUAUCAUGUUGCAAAGUAAUCUCCUCCACGAACUGAUUCCAAAAUGUAUAGUAGAUUGUCUGAUGUGCAAAUUAAACUGUCUCAAUCAAGACUAACAGUAUCUCGUGUCUGAUAAAUAUCUGGUGUCAUCUUUGCAGCCAAGUGGAAGAUUUGCAUUCUCUUAUGGGUUUUAAUUACAGUUCUAGAAGAAAAAGGGGAACUUUCUAUAAACUGUACUAUUCUUUUGAAUGGCUAAACCAUGGCUAAACUUGGGCAUUAACCAGAACCAACAAGAACUCAGAGAGCCAAUAUUGCCAAAGUAUUUUAUUUAAAAAAAAAAACAACAGAUUUAAUGUAGUUAAAUCAUGGUGCCUCAUCUUCAUCAUCUGUACAUCCACUGCAGAUGGCUGGGGCACACAUUGAUGGCAGUAGCAUAGUUUUCCCCACCUAUUCGUUCUUACAGCAUACUUGCCGCAAACUCCUUUAACUUCCAGUAACCCUUCACUACUAAAUUAGUAAAUUAAAGAUAUUUUGUGUGUGUGCAUUUUAUGGAAAGUAAUGAUAUUUUUCAUAUUGUUAUUCAUUGAUGGCACAGUUAGUAGCCAAACGAAAAUAUUGUUGGAAACCCCCCAAAAAAUCUAAUGGACCAGUAUGUAUGUAUACUAUAUCUAUAAUAUACAUCUGUCUUUCCAAAAAAAAAAACGCAUUAUGCAGUAAAUACUCCUUUUCUUUUUUUCUAAAUUGCUUUUGCAGCAUCUGUCCAAGAGAGUGCUGUUACAGGAAGGCCUCUCAGAGAUCAGGAAGAGGCUGCACCAAUCGUGAGGCUCUCAUAGUCCAGUUUAUUUAUUUUCCCCAAUAAAUUGCUUCUCUGCAAGCAAUUAUGGGAUUUGCAGUUUAGCCACAGUUCCAUGUAUCACAUCAUAUGUUAUGGAACUGCUCAAUAAACCUAUAGAUACGCCGCAGUUUUAUACACCUGAGCUGGUAAUCUCACAUGGCCCUGUGUCUUUCUUUCUAGCCAGAGAGCGGAGAAGUAUCUCUCCUAUCUGUGUGUGUGUGCAAACUUCACAUGCCAGCUGGACCUGUCUUUGACCAGUAAAGGAAUAUUUGUUCUAAGCCACGGUGUGCUGUAACACUGCGACAGGGGCACUCCACGCACUAUAACCCUGCUCACUGAAGCAAAGUUGUUAUGGUUCCCAGAGUAGCCAGUGUUAAAAUGUGCCUGGUAACUUGCAACAACUGCCAAUGAACCCUGCUGAUUUGUCCUGGAUUGUUUCCACCCCCCUCCAGCCAGCAGUUGGACCCUGGCUUACCUUUAAUGGAAAUCCAAGGUGUUAAUUCCUAGCCGGUAACCUGAGCUAUUUGACCUCAGUGACGCACUUGGGUUAACUUGGCGAAUAAUGAAUAGAUAUAUAAUGGAGAGCCUCACACCUCCCCCCUCUUCUUUCAUUCAUCUUUAGGUGCAAUUCUCCUAGUUAUCCAUUCUUCUUCAUCCAAGCAUUGUUUGUUUUUAUAUGAUGUAAUGUUUAUCCAAACUGCUUUAUUUAAACUGCAGGAAUCUACUGAGCGUUUUGUUCUUGCUCGAGUUUUUGCUUUGAUUGAUAUUCAAUAAUCCUUUUAAAAGGUUUUGUUUUUUUUUGCUUUUAUUUCUACUUUUUACAUAAAUAGAUAAAUCUUAAGCUUAAGCAGUUUGUAAAUCUUAUCUGUCCGUUAUGUAAUCUGAGUUCACUGCUUGUGUUCUUAAAUGUUUGAUUCCUUUCCAGUUCCUCUUUUCAGACAAACAUAACUGAAUUCCAUUUUGUAAUGCUGCUAAUUUUAACUUUACAUAGUGCUCGCCAAACAUGUAGUGAGAUAGCUCCGUAGUCAAAGCUCCAGCGUAGUUACAGAUUCUCAGUCACAGAUUUGCUUCCUCAAAAGGUCAAUGCAGCAUUUAUCCUUUUGAAUUCAGUACGGUGAGUGCAAUUAAAGGUAAAUUCUAGGUCCAAAAAUGAAUAUUUUAUUAAAUCAUAACACAAAUGUUUCGUAAAGGAACACUGGAAGCUCCUUAAGCUCGUUUGAGCAGGGUCCUCAUCUACCCAAUGUUCCUGUAGCAAUUUGUAAUUGUCUCAUUUAUUGUUAAAUGUCCCCCACUUUUGUAAUAUUGUAAAGCACUGCUGCAUAAGUUGGCGCUAUAUACAUGCUAAUAAUAAUAACCACUACAGCUCCCUUUAGUGGUUGUGGAGCUAAAGGUGCCCUGGCACCUUUCCGGAGUAAUUUGUCAAACCAUGAAAGAAUGGUUUCACAAUUUAGCUGAAUCUGAAUCUAUAUAAAUGAAGAUGAUGAUGAUGAUGAUCAUUGUCCCACAGCAUUUGAGGUACUGUUACUCUAGUAACUUUUAAGAUAAAGUCUCCCAGCUCUUACUACACUGUAGAAUUGUUUUUAUUUAUUAAUAAUUUAUUUAAUGCUUGAUGUAGUAUGCACUUUUGAACUACUAUAUUGCUAGGAUUAAUAUUAUUUAAAUUUAUUUUUUUCCUCUCGCUUAAGCUAAAUUUAAUUGAACACAAAACAUCUCUGCAAUUCGAGUCUUUUUGUGGCUCUAUAAAUGUUAAUAUGGAAACUUGUAAACAUGCAAGAAUGCAUGCCUCGGGCUCAAAUCUUUAAUUUUAUUUUUGCAUUCCCAAUCAGUGCAUUUUACAAAGGCCAUAUUGCCAGGAAGCAAAAUUCGACUAAUUGGGGCUCUGUCAAUUGGCCUUUAUGCUGCUUGUCAUGAACGGAAACUAGCUUUUCUAUAAAGGAGAAAAUGAAGAUUAAAUUAUAGAGGAUAUUAAAACAUUUUACAUAUUUUUACUUGCAUAGAACUAUGCCUUCAAUAUAAAUACACAUACACACACACACACACUUUUAACAAGCCUAGUUGGAAAAAUACUCUACUAAGUUUGCCUUCAAUCAUCUAUUCCUGACUUGUAUUCCCCCCCCAGUAAAUCUUGUUCCAUCUUACUAACUGCCUUGCUAAUUGCUGUAGCUCUUUUGCACUAGCAUACCAGUAUACAGUGUGAGAUUAGGAGGUCUGUCAAUUGGCCCAUAGCCACUAGCAUACAUGGUUUGUGAGCUACAGCCUCAAACCAUACUUGUGUACAUUAAAAUAGCAGGACACAUGUUGGGAUUUCUGCAGGGCCUUUACUUGUUCAGCACUGUUUGUGAGUGUGCUGAGGUCACACUGUAUCAGUUUUCUCUAGGCCUGGACUGGCCCCCGAGGAUACUUCUCAGUGCACUGCAAUAUCGGUAGUUGUUGAUUGAGCUGCCAGAUUAAGAUGCGUAUGUAUGAUGUCCAUGGAGAUGUUUACAAGUGACCACGGUGUGAGACCAGGCACUGCUCAUGACGUUCUUAACAAAUACCUGUCGUCAUUGGUGGUAAUGGAGUCAUGGGAAGUAGACUGUCUUAGACUUGGACAUAAUUCUAUGAAAGCUCUCUCAUUCUGUGCUGAUUGUACUAGUGAACAUUGCAUUGUUAUAUUACGUCACACCCUUGAAUUCUGUCAGCCGCUAUCUAUCAAACUCCUAUGUCACAUGCGUUGCAUUAGUACGACUGUCUACAUAAACAAGAAAAAGGUUAUUCUUUUGUAGUAUCCUCAAGCCCAAUAUUUGCCAACUUUUCUCUGAAUGUAAGAUCUUAAUUUGCUGCUACCCCUCCCCAAAAUAUAGCAUAUUGGCUUAUUAGAUGAUGCUUGAGUCUAAUGGCUGACUAACGGUUAGCUCUAAGCUGUCCUUUUUCCAUUUUAGUUGUUUUUUAUUUAUUUACAUGAUUUGCUAAUUAAACCCUGGCAAAGUAUGCCACGGAGUUGGCACACGUAGUGCUUGAUUCACAUACAGAAACUUUCAUAUUAGAUGGCUGCAUUUGUGUGCCCUAGGCAACAUAGGAUAGCGAUGUCGCUGCAACGUGGAACAUUAAGUACCUUUUAAGUUGGUUAAGAACUUCUAGACUCCAGGAAAAUAGUGCUUGGAAAAUAGUGACAAGCUACCUAUACUUUUUCUGGUCAGUACUUUAAGAAUAAUAGUAUAAUUUAGUUAGUGACAUUUAAACUGAGCUUGGUCUAAUCACAGCUCCCAAAUAUCCAAAUUACUGGCGUGCAACUUGUGAGGCUAAGAUGGGAAAACUAGUUAUUAAGUAGAACUGUUUUGUUUGUUACAGUUACAUGUUAUUAACACUACAUGCUGAUCUGUAGAUCUGUUAUAGUUGGUGCAGUUGAUUCUCCCUGCAACUGUUUCCUUUGCUUUUAGGCAGAAAAUGUUAUCCAGACACUACACGUUGCUGGCAGAGCUGAUGUACUGUCAUCUUGGGGGUUGGUUUUUUUUUUUAGUUUUGGCUAAAUUUGUUCUCCAUACCUGACAGUCUGUGUCUGUUAGAGUAGGCUGGUGACAUAGUUUGAAAAAGCAGAGGAGUUUCAAUAGAGGGAGUGAGCUUAGUUUGGGGGGGGAAGUAAUGCAGACAUAUUUAUAAAAAUCACAUUUAUAUAAGGGUGUCUGUGCAGCUCUGCUAAAAGAAACUGUCAACUAUCACUGUCAACCCAUUGUCUGCCCUAUUCUGUUCUCAUAUUUCUCUCUCAGUUCAUUUCAUUCCAGAUAUUUACCGUGUGGUUUAUUCCGAAAUAUUUCUCUGUUUUGCGCGCUCAUUUUUUUGCAGUGCGUCAUUGUUUAGCUCACCCUUUUUUUUUGCCAAGGACCCCAAUUAUGUGCAUUUUCACUUGGACACAAGUUCAAGUUGAUAAUUAUCUGUGCCUCAUUCCUAAAGUAUGAUCUAAUUGGAAUUAAAUUAAGUUUUUCAAAACACCUUAGAUGUUGUGGACAGCUGCCUGGGGCUUGAUGAAUAUGAUAUGCCAUUUCCUUUGAAUAUGGACCCCCUGAAAGGACAUAGCUAAGACCUGUUUUUUUGGUCCUGAUGUUAAGGUUAAGGAGCACAGGUGAAGGAGAGUAGUGUGUCCCACUAUUCCUGUCCAACAUGUGGUCUCUGGUUUCCCUACAGCCCAUUUGUUUUGCAAAGAGAUGGCGAGGAGGUUCCUUUCUGCUGAAUUCAAAAUCUGUUCCAGCUGAUACGAGCGCUUAUUAUCCCAAGUCUUGUGUACUUGUUCUUUCACAAGAGCCAUGCCAAAGCAUCUUUGGAGUUUUUUAUUAAGAGACCAAGGCUACUUCCUUUUUGUUUCAGUUAUUCUUGCAAAAUCAAAAAAAUAAAACUUGGGGGGAAAAAAGAAACCAAGGCUUAUUUCAUUUAAUCUUUUUCUUCUAAACCUCAAUAAAUAACCAAUGCCAGUAUCAGGAUUGUCCUAAUUGCGGCCAUGUUCCUAUAGCUAAGAACAUAUUGUUUAAACUGAAUGGAAUUCUCUUCUUAUAGCGAACAAAUAUUGUUCAAAAGAGCAACUAUGCGACCAUCUUGUUAAAUAUAGCCAAAGUGAAUUUUCAGUUUAGAACCAUUAGAUUUUAUUAAUGGCUGGAUCACUUCUUGCACUUUAAAAAAAUAAUUUAUCCUUUAUCUUCACAUCAGCUGUUAGGUUUUACUACUUAAACCAUUCUUGCUGUUUAAAUCCUGUGUUUUGUCAAAUAUCUAAAAUAUAAAAAGGAAUUUACAAGAGGCUUGCAGAGCUUUGGCCAACGUACUCAAACACUGAUUUUGUAAAUAGCGCCCCCUUUUUAGGGGGACCAAAACAAAUAGCUACAACCUGUAGAUCAUAGUAUGUGAUAUUUGAGCUACUUCUGUGAGAAGGUCAUAGGAGUUGUAAUUCAUAGACCGAGAAAGGCAAGCAGUCUGUCCAUGUCUCUCUCUCUGCGUUUAUUGAAACCAUCUGGAUUAUUAUUAUUUAUUUUUUUAAGUGUGGAUAACAUAUCUUCUUGAGGUAGAAGAUUUCUGAGCACUGCAUCAGAAGUAUUGCCUUGGUUAAAUUACACAACUUAAUCCUGCAUUUUUAAAACAUGUGGUACCUAUUUUUUGGCCUCUCUCCCACCCAAACUGACUAACCUCUGAUUGUAACCUUCAGCGCCACUCAUUACUUUUUGGCAAUGUUUCAGAUUCCCUAUAUACUGAUUGCAGAAAACCUUGACUACGGGGGUGGGGUGGGGGGGGGAGCUUUUACUCAUUUUCAGUUGGGGGGGGGAGCAUAGGGAAAAUAUUUAAAUACAGAAUGUUUGGAUUUAAACAAAAUCAUCAUAACCGACAGACCGUUUCUUGCUAACCGAAUUAUUAACAAAAGUCGACUGUUUUCAGUUUGGAUUUUAUGGCGUAUAAUGAUGACAUUAGUAUAUUGUAAUAUCUUUAUUAGACUAACAGAAUUUUUGGUUGACAAGUUUUUUGGAGAAGCCUCCCUUUCUCAAGUCUAAAGCAUUUCUGAGCAUAGAGGACACAGAAUUCAAAGUUGAGUUGUGAUACUGGGGUUAAAGCGACAUGAAUGCAGAUAAGACACAGGUUUGAUUCUCACAGAGGGUCGUGAGAAUAUGGUCUAUUUUCUUUCCAAACGUGUGUCUUAUCGGCACUCGAGAUGUCACUUUAACCCCAGUAUCACAACUCAACUUUGAAUUCUGUGUGAUUUAUGCUCAGAAUUGCUUUAGACUAGAGAAAGGGAGGCUCUCCUGAAAGCUUGUCAUUCCAAAAUUUAGUCUAAUAAAAAAAAAAUAAGUAUUGCAAGAUACAAAUGUAAUCUUUUAAUUUACAUCUGCAUCACUGGACUAAUAUGUCUACACUAUCUACUCUAACAGUUAAGAAAAAUAAAUGCCAAAUAAAUAUCACAUUCUGUGCCUGCAAAGGAUCUGUGUAGCGGGAUUCCAAUAAAAUGUCAUAUUGCAAACCUUAAGCAUAGGAGAUUCAUAGAUUGUAAAUUUGUUUGAGCAGGGCCUUCCUCCCCAUGUCUUGUCAAAUGUCCCCAUUCUAUACUUAGAAAGAGCUUCAAAAAUAGGUUGGAGCUAUGUAAAUGCUAGUAAUUUAUAUAGCUCCAGUAAUCUCCAUUAAACAGCAGAACGUUGGCAAUUAAUAGAAUAUUAAUUGAUACUUCUGGUCCUCUGCUUUGAAUGCACAACCCUAAUUUCUAUUGUUGGAUAAAACUAACAAGGUGUAACUUACUGUCCUGCUAUAAAUAUUACAGCAGAGCUAUUUAAAUUCAGGAACCUGCGAACAGUCCGCUAGAAUGUAUAUGGCUGCGUCCUUACCAACCAUUUUAAAUCUAUUUAUAUAGAUGUUAGGUCAUACCUCUUCCUCACGCACAGCAAACUUUGCUUCGCUCCUGAAUUCUGUACACAUUGCCAUCCAUUGUUUAAGAAUAUUUGGGAGUAAAUCGUCCAAAGUGACCAUUAAACUCAUGGCUUUCUGUGGCCUAUGCAUACUCUGCAAUAGGAAAUUGGGGUUUGGGAUCCAUGUCACUCGUACCAUGUACAUUGGAAAAAUACACUAAAAGAACAGUUGGCAGGGCCAACUAUUUCACAAUAGCCUCAAUGCAGAGAGCCAGACUGGCCAGUGACUUAUAGAUUGUUUUUUUGGGGGGAAAAAGAAUUCUAAAAUGUUGUUUUUCUUCAACUCUUCAAAGAGAUUAGAUUAAUGAUCUUGAUUACAGAUUGUGAUGUUUCCACGAAGCAUGUGGUUUUGUUUUUUUUUGUCUGAGCAGAGCAUCGUGGGGAAAUUGUUAAUUUGCAUAAAAUGCCAAGAGGCUGAGAAGACAGGCAUGAUGUCAGAGAAUAGCGCUAUGAACCUAUAUAAAUAUAGAGCCAUGUGUGUUCAAAUUAAUGAGGUGGUAAAUUAUUGCUCAUUUUAUGUGAUGAAUUCCACAACACACUUAUCUCCGUCAUGGAAGGUCUUAUGUAUGCAUAAGAUUUUUUAGUAUCUUUUUCUCUCCAUUACGUUCAAUAAAAAUGUUUUUUUAAUGAACUGUUUGUGCUGUGUAUGGAUUUCAGAAACCUUCAUGUAGAGUAUUUUCAGGAAGAACUCUGUUGCUUGCACUCUCUCUCUCCCUCUGCAAUGCCCCUUUACAGUAAAUAGGAUACAGAAACUAUUUCAGCUGAAUUGCAAGCAAUUAUUUUAUAGCCCGCGGGCGAAUUCGGGACUGGAGAACUUAUCUGUGAAUUGUUGGAUGACUAGACCUUUUCACAAAAUGGUACAGUCCUAAUUUAAUGUGGAUUUACGAGUUUGUAUCGUCUGUGAAAAUGGCAGAUACCCUAAUAGGUUUUUACCUGAGCUGCACAAAUUUAAUGAAAAGCAGAACUGGGUUUUGCCUGAAAGCACGAGUUCAAAGUGUUGGCUUGGGAGUGCUUUGUGAACUGGUGUUGAUUAAGUGUUGCUUGUGGGCCUGUCUAAGGCAGCUAAUAGCACUUAUUGACUCAAUAAAUAGUUAAUAAGGAAAGGCAAAAAAUGUGAUCCUUAAAUAUUAAUACACUGGUUUUGAUUUUAGUUUAUAUUGGGUGACUAAUGUCUAGCCAGCUCUGUGUGCGUGCUAGUGUGCGUGAUCUACAUAUAUACGCGCACACACGAUUUUUAAUAAUCUUUUGAGUGCCACACAUGUGCUCCACAUAGGGGUUCUAAGAAGCUUUCUCUGUGCUUAUGAAAUGUAGAGACAGCCCACUGAUUUGCAAACCAAGUUCUCACUCUCCAGGUUCCAGUUCUUUGUCACCUUGGCAGCCUGUUUGCUAGAUAUUGUGUGUUUAUAUGUAUGUCACCCGUUUGCUGUAUACAUAUAUAUAAAGCGAAAUUCUGGUAUUUUAAAAAUGGAGCAAUCGGCGGGAACACUCAUUGGUUUCCAUGGCGAUUGCUCUGCCUUUUUUAAAUUUGCCCCAUUAUUGGUUAAAUUUUAAUGUUUGGGGUUUUUUUUUUUUUUGCAGGGCAGGUAAUUACAAACGAUCCUGUGGUGCCACGACAGCAGCAACAGACAUAUAGCAUCAUACAUAUUGAUACAGAAGCAUGGCAUGUAAAUAUUAUGCACUAUUUUUAGGAAAAGGCCUAACAAGAUGAAGUAGGUUUGGUGUAUGAGUAUGUACAUUUAGUGCUGGUAGGUUAGGUGAGAAAAACAAAUAUGCUAAGCAGAAUGGCAUGGCGAAUGUAUGCAAAACAAAACUGAGGAGAACAUGCCACAAUGAUUAAAGAACCCUGGGCCCCCGAAUAGAGACACUCCUCCUAGUGGAAAGGUAAACAUUACCCUGAUAAUAACUACUCAGGAGCCAGAGGAGAGGCAACCCCAGUCCCCAUGCAGAGAGCAGCUAACUCCCAUCACUGGCAGGACACAGUCCUUUUGCUUUUCAUAUUCAUCUAAGAGUAGUUCCCUGAUGCAGUGGUGUGGCUUGUCGGGUGGUAUCAGCCGUUUGCGGUUAGGAGCUGGAUGUGUGCAGUAACGUUGUAGUGGACCGCAGCUAUCGGUUGUGUAAUUCGGCAUCAUGUGUCUGUACCAGCUUGCAGCCUGAUUACCUCGGGAAGUGAGGUGAUCUCCGCACAGGUUCCUUAGUGUCGAUUGGUAGCACCCCAGGCCGGGCCUCAGGAGAGGUAUGUUGCUCAGAUGAUAUUGCCCAGAUUUGCCUGCUGUGAGCGUCCAGAGCCCUGAAGGGGGGGAGGGGGUCACCUUCUCCAAGGACCUUCUCUGCAGCCAUCUUGAAGGUUAGGUGAGGCCUCCGAUCAGAGUAGUGCCCCAGGAUAGGACGGGAUGGCCCCACCGGCCCAAAGGGGGUGGGGGAGCAGGGCCAUCACCCAAUUAUAUUAGGGGACCACCAUGUUGCAGACAGGCAGGAUAGCAGGGCGGUGGCCAUCUACCCUACUCACCACCUGGGUAGGCUUGACUAGGCCUUGGUCACGGAGCUUAGCUUUCUCCCCUAAAGGGGCCAAGAGUCGAGGCACAGGCUAAUUGUCAGAGCUAGCACCUCAUCGUGCAGUUGCUUGCUGUGUCUCAGCACCAGAAAUUGUGUUUUGGGACCAAAUUGUCUGUAAAUCGCUGGAGCAAGAGUAAUAUGUGUCUACUCGUCUUGGCGGUCCGGGCCCGCCCCCUAAUGUUUGAUGUUUUAUGAUUUGUCGGGUUAGUGACCACGCUGCUGUGUACUGUGCCAGUCAAAUUCACUAUAAUGUAAUUCUUUCCGUUCAUUGUUAAAAUUGCUAAAUACUGACACUAUAGGAAGGGGCAUGUUUAUCCAGGUUUGUUUGUUUGUUUUUUAGCAAUAUCAUUGUAUUAUGGUUUUGUUAUUGCUGAUUUGUGAAAUUGAAGCUCUUAGCAGGGAUUUCCAUUGGUUCUGCAAUGCUGGGUUUUAGUUUAUUGCUUAGAGCUAAAAAUUGUUCUGUUCGUGCAGUAUAGCAUAGCUACAUUUAUUGUAUUCUAACAUAGGUUUUGUUUUCUUUAAAUAACCGUUCUUGUCCAUGCAUUUCGUGAGGAGCGACAAAUUGUAGCAAAGCCUCCAUUAAUAACGGAUACUGCUCAGAGCUCUUACACAGUCCUUUUACUUGGUUUCCAAUUCUAAUUUAUUAUUUAAUUUAUAAAAUGCUUUGAACUUACAUUUUCUUUUUAUGUAUUGCAGAAGAGAUUCGACUCUUUUGUGUAUACAGAGAAGACUUCAAAUGGAGAAAGCGAAGUACAACAAGUAAGUCAUUUCACGUUUUAUUUUGUUAUUCUUUAUUCUUUAUUCCAACACAAUCUGAAAUAAUACAACCGUUCCAUAACAUUUGUAACUUGUACAUACCCAUUGUACAGCGCUACGGAAUUUGUUGGCGCUAUAUAAAUAAUAUAAUAAUAAUAAUAAUAAUAGGUAGGUGCUAACAUAUGCACAGCGAAAAUAUACAUAUACACAUGGACAGUUAAAACACAGCUGUGAAAAGUACCACACAGUUAGCCGUCUAGUUCAGAUAGUACAAUGUAUCUUUAAACCCAUCUCGUAAGUGUACUACGUCCAGCAUCUUGUCCUGGGUUUUUUUUUUUUAAUAAUAACAAUACCUUUAUUUUUGCGUGAAAGUCUCGUCACGUGCAUAACAUGCUAUUUAUAACAUAUGUGGUGUACAUGACAUAUCUACACUUCCCAUUCACUGUGUGUCCUUUUCUCCGUGGUCUUAUUUGAUAGGACACAGUCUGGUGACAGCGAGACAGUUCACAUGUUUAUACUUAUUACAGUCUAAACAACAUUUUAACGGUAUGCAAAAUACAUCUUUCUGAGUUUUAUAGUGUACAAUAUCGUAAGGUAGUGAUGUUGGUCGGGUGGGGAGCCCCGACACCCGUCCCUCUUGUUUUGGCCCUGGACCAGCCAAGGACUGCCUUGUUCGCUAAGGUGAAGGGUCCCCCACGACACUGAGGUUUUUUAUAUAAAGUAAAUUCUGCAUUAUGCUGUGCACCAUGUAUUAUGACCUAUAGCUGUUUAUCGAACCUCUGGGAUUCUGGAGCCAUUGAUUCUAACAGAUGUCUGCUGGUAUUUACAUUUAUCAAGUGUGAUCCUUCUGUGGAUCUGUUGUACUUAGCAGACUCGUGCUGUCUAAUUUCUAUAACUUGUAUAGAUACAAUUUGUUACAUUUGCGUUUAUACUGCUAUUCAGUGGCUGUUGGGGACGUUUUAAGAUGGCAGGGCGCCAGACUCCUCCCUUUUACAGUGCAUAGAUACUCAUAAUACAGAGAGCUGAGCUUAAUACAGAUUCUCAUACAAUAAAACAAGCUGUAUAUUAUCUAUAAAAUACAUAGAGCGGAGUACUAUACUGAGAUAACAUACCACAAACAGAGCUCUAAUACACAGGGCUGGACACAAUUUAAAGAUACCUACACAAUACACAGAACUGGAUAGACUGCAGAGAUAACAUACAGCAGGUAGAACUGAGGAACAUACUGAGACAUAACACACAGAGCUGGCUGACCGCCCUGAGGAGGAUGGAGACGACUGGCUGAGGCAGCAUGGUUCAGGCCGCCCGCGUGAGCAUUGUAGGCAGCGCGCGAGGGAGCAGUAAUCUUACUGCAGCCGCUCUCUGCUUCCUCGCACUGUUUAAUGAUGCCGGAAGCCGGAAUAUGACGUCACUCUGGCCCCAGAGAGCUUGCAGGGAGCAACUGCAGUAAGAUUACUGCUCCUUCGCACAGAGGAAGAGAGCAGCCCCGCUGGACCCCACUUAGCUAUCCCAAAGGUAGGGAGACUGGAUGGGUUUCAAUUGAAACAAAAAUGUGUGUGUGUGCCUGUCUGUCAGUGUGUGUGUGUGUGCGUGCAUGCAAGCCUGUUGUCAGCAUGUGUGUAUGUGUGUGCGUUUAGGUACCUGCUUUCUCCAAACAAUUUUUCCCACGCCAUGCCAGUUUUGCCACGGCUGGUCACAUCUCUUUGGCUGAAAUUACCAAUCUUUGUGAUCUCGUCUAACCCAAUGAUUUCCACUAGGAAAGCAUUGGGAGGAUUUUGUGCAUGCCCAGUCCUGACCCAGGACUCUGAGUGACUGUCACUAGAGGUAUUACUAAGCAGCAAUGUCUCUGAAAAGCCUGCAGGGACAAGCUACAGACACAUUAGAACAACUCCAGUUGCAAGAAAAAGUAUGUGAACCCUUUGGAAUGAUAUGGAUUUCUGCACAAAUUGGUCAUAAAAUGUGAUCUGAUCAUCAUCUAAGUCACAACAGAAGACAAUCACAGUCUGCUUAAACUAAUAACACACAAAGAAUGAAAUGUUACCAUGUUUUUAUUGAACACACCAUGUAAACAUUCACAGUGCAGGUGGAAAAAGUAUGUGGAUUUAAUAACCCUUGGAUUUAAUAACUGGUUGAACCUCCUUUGGCAGCAAUAACUUCAACCAAACGUUUCCUGUAGUUGCAGAUCAGACGUGCACAACGGUCAAGAGUAAUUCUUGACCAUUCCUCUUUACAGAACUGUUUCAGUUCAGCAAUAUUCUUGGGAUGUCUGGUGUGAAUCGCUUUCUUGAGGUCAUGCCACAGCAUCUCAAUUGGGUUGAGGUCAGGACUCUGACUGGGCCCUUCAGAAGGCAUAUUUUCUUCUGUUUAAGCCAUUCUGUUGAUUUACUAUGCUUUGGGUCAUUGUCCUGUUGCAACAUCAAUCUUCUGUUGAGCUUCAGCUGGUAGACAGGUGGCCUUAAGUUCUCCUGCAAAAUGUCUUUAUAAACUUGGGAAUUAAUUUUUCCUUCGAUGAUAGCAAUCCGUCCAGGCCCUGAUGCAGCAAAGCAGCCCCAAACCAUGAUGCCCCCACCACCAUACUUCACAGUUGGGAUGAGGUUUUGAUGUUGGUGGGCUGUGCCUUUUUUUCAUCACACAUAGUGUUGUGUGUUUCUUCCAAACAACUCAACUUUCAUCUGUCCACAGAAUAUUUUGCCAGUACUGCUGUGGAACAUCCAGGUGCUCUUGUGAAAACUGUAAACGUGCAGCAAUGUUUUGUUUGGACAGCAGUGGCUUCCUCUGUGGUAUCCUCCCAUGAAAUCCAUUCUUGUUUAGUGUUUUACGUAUUGUAGAUUCGCUAACAGGGAUGUUAGCAUUUGCCAGUGACUUUUGUAAGUCUUUAGCUGACACUCUAGGAUUCUUCUUCACCUCAUUGAGCAGUCUGCGCUGUGCUCUUGCAGUCAUCUUUACAGGACGGCCACUCCUAGGGAGAGUAGCAGCAGUGCUGAACUUUCUCCAUUUAUAGACAAUUUGUCUUACCGUGGACUGAUGAACAGCAAGGCUUUUGGAGAUACUUUUAUAACCCUUUCCAGCUUUAUGCAAGUCAACAAUUCUUAAUUGUAGGUCUUCUGAGAGCUCUUUUGUGCGAGGCAUCAUUCACAUCAGGCAAUGUUUCUUGUGAAAAGCAAACCCAGAACUGGUGUGUGUUUUUUAUAGGGCAGGGCAGCUGUAACCAACACCUCCAAUCUCAUCUCAUUGACUGGACUCAAGUUGGCUGACAUCUCACUCCAAUUAGCUCUUGGAGAUGUCAUUAGUCUAGGGGUUCACAUACUUUUUCCACCUGCACUGUGAAUGUUUAAAUGGUGUGUUCAAAAAAAAACAUGGUAACAUUUCAUUCUUUGUGUGUUAUUAGUUUAAGCAGGCUGUGAUUGUCUUCUGUUGUGACUUAGAUGAUGAUCAGAUCACAUUUUAUGACCAAUUUGUGCAGAAAUACAUAUCAUUCCAAAGGGUUCACAUACUUUUUCUUGCAACUGUACAUCUAGCUGUAGUGGUUCUGGUGAUUAUAGUGUCCCUUUAAGAAUUGCAUAUGAAAAAUUUGCUCGUUGAAAAUUACUGGCUCCUAACUUUUCUAGCUGGCUCCUAGAUUCCAAACAAAUUUGUCAAGCCCUGAUCUAAGCAAAUCCAUAGGAAAGCAUUGGGAGGCUAUUACGCAUGCGUGGCUAAAUGCCACACUGCACUAAUCAGCAUCUCCUCAAUGAGAUGCAUUAAAUCACUGCCACUCCAUUUUACCCCAGAAUUCCUAAGAACCAGCAAACAACCCCAGGUAGACACAUAAUAAAGUGUUUAAGUCUUCAUGGAGAGCGUGGAGACGUUGAACAUCAGUGCUUCCCACUAGAGGUGUUCCCAGGCAGUAGUGUAAACACUGCCUUUUCUCUGAAAAGGCACUGUUUACAUUAAAAAGCCUGCGAGGAUUAUCUGUGGACACCAGAACAACUACAUUAAGCUGUAGUUAUUCUGGUGACUAUAAUGUCCCUUUUAAUAAUUAAUAUUUAGUCUUCAAAGUGCCCAAGAUAUAAUGUUGCCCGUUGUCUCAGAAGGCUGUCAGUCCGUCUCUGGAUAGACCAUUUAUUUAUUACAUUUGUAGCUGGCAAUAUGAUUAGUCCUCAGAGUCACAGCCCCAGUCCUGUAGUUUGAAUCUUCACAACUUUUCAACUAGCCACAACAUAAGUGUCUCAUGUGUCAGCUGUAGAGUGACUGAGCAAUUUAAAGACGAUAGUGGGUUUGUGCAGUAGGAGUUAUUAAAACAAUUGGUGACAGGCAGCACAGUGCUCUCAGAAAUGUCCCCUUCCCCUGGGCUUCCCUGGUGUUAUAUUAUAUUAAUCAGCCCUCAGGCAGUCACUAGGGAUGUUGGAGGAGAGAAGAUAAUAUUUUACACUUACAUUGGGCAGGGGCCAGGAGCUGCUGUGUUCUCUCUGUGUUACUUCCAAGAAGGCUGCUUGUUUUUCUCUCCUGUGGGCACUGUAACUCCACCCCGUGGUGCUAUGAGUCAAUGAUGGCUCUUGAAUAGAGAGGCCUCCACUUAUGGGAAGCUGGCUCUGCUACCCGAAUCGGAACUGGAUUGAAAUUCAUUCUUAAAGGACAUUAGACAUGGGCAAAACCAGCUGAAACAGGGCAGAUUUCAAACCUGACCCAUUUGUUUUGACAUGCCUAGAAGCUCUCCCAUAAGCUUCUCCAAACGGCUACCAAUAAUGUGGAAGGGGGGCCUGAAGAACCAAAAACGAUUACCGAAUUAACCCCUUAAGGACACCUGACGUGUGACAUGUCAUGAUUCCCUUUUAUUCCAGAAGUUUGGUCCUUAAGGGCUUAAAGAGACACUCUUAUUCCCCAUAUUUGUUUGGCUUACCACCCUCUUAGUAUUUUCAUAGAGUGCCUCUAUGGACGAGCCUUUAAUGCUCAUAUCCUAUUAUCUCUGCCGUAUAAGUGUCAGCUAUGCUAAAUCAGUGGGUGAUUUCUUUUUUUUUUUUUGUUUCCACAAUUCUUAGUCUGAGUUGCAUGCACUACAGGGAACAGCAUGAGAGCAAUGCAGCAAGCUUUGAGUAACUGGUUGUUUAAUGUAUACAUUUUGCCUGCAUACGUGUGGAUGGCAGUCCACACUUAGUAUACCACUCCUACCCAUAUCACCCAGCAUUACUUCUCUAAGUAUGGGCUUAAAGCCCUAAAACACAUUGAGCAGUGCAAGUGCAUCUAAUUAUGCACUUACUGGAGACCCGUCCCAGUUUACCUGGGACACAAGGUAACAAAGCUGGGACAGAAGCCCAAAACUGCGAGUCCCAUGCCAGAUCAGGGACCUGUUAUUUCUGAUGAUUUUUGAUUUUCAUGAAGCACCCUUGUUUUGAAAGAAUAGUUUUCAUUUAAAAAAAUACUUGAGGCAAAUAUUAAUGUGGUUAUGCAAAGUAGCUAUGUGCAGUUCCCUAUCCAUUUAAAAUAAAUAUAAAUAUAGUAAAUAUAAAUGUUUGCCUAAUAGACACAUUUGAUUUGUUUGCUAAAGCAAUCAAACAAGUGCUCUCUAUUUUUCAUUGAUAUGUGUGUGCACAAAUAGAUAUAUCGUUGUCUACAGUUUUCUGGCAGACAAAAGGUUAAUUCACUUGUUCUAAACUCUGGCUUCCCUCUGCGAGGCCCCAUAAUCUGAGACUGAGAAACCCAGCAAGAUUUCUUCAAAUUCCCAUAACAAUCAUUUAGUAACAUUUGAAACAGGAGAGUAUCUUUACUGGCCAGAUGUUUGGUGUAACUCCAGGUGCCAAGUUCCAGUUCAGAUGUUCUCAUCUCCCUCUAUGUAAAAGCAACGAUUGCACUUUACACGGAAGCAAAUGUUGCAGUUGUACAAAUUUGACCAUGAAACGGAGUAGAUAUAAGAUGUCUUCAACUGCAUUAUUUAGAGAUUUGAAAAAAAAUAGUACAUUCCGUAUUGUGGACAUAGUGCCCGUAGACCGUUUAGUUUGUAAUUGCGUUGCUGAAAAUGUUUUUGUAAUCCGACUCAAAAUGACCUGUGAUUGAUAAAAGCUUGGAUUCAUCAGUCACGAUUAAAAUAUUUACAAGCAGGGAUAUUGCCUAAAGUAAAUAGAAAAAAUAUAGCGCACUGGAAACUACUCACAUUUGUCAAUUUUGAUUCCUGUUCAUAUGCAUUUUAGUUCAUGACUCUGUGUUUUUAUUAUUCUUAUUUAAUAGGUAAACCAUCAAUAAAUUAAAUGAUAUAUUUAAAGUUUGUAUAGUGUGUUAAGUAGUGCAAAUGAAUUAAACCGUAUGCUUGGAAAACAUACAAUCCACAUUUAAAGAGCGUGUAGACCUUGUUCCUGCAGGUGACAUAUGUAAGUAUUGGCAUUAACAUUUGCUGGUCAGAAUGCCUCUAGGUCUAGGGACAUCUCUAAACAGCCACUAGAGGCACUUUCUCGUGACAACCUUUAAUAAUUUAAAUUCUCCCCACCCGGAAUAAUUACUCCCAGCAUGAGGCAUCCAAACGCUAAUUAUUCUUCCCAUAGAGGAGUAUUGUAAAGAUAAUCAUCGAUGCUGAGUCAACAUCAGGCGCAGCAACAGACUACCAGGAUGGCUGUGGUUUAAUGGUGCAUUUAUAUUUAUUUUUUAGUCUCACAAGUCCUACAGUGCAAGGAGCGGAAUCUAAUUUUUAUAAGGAGCACUAGAUUAGUAAAUAUGGCAAUAUAAUAAAUAUAUAACAUUUGUGUUUCUUUAAAAACCUGCAGACAAUUUAGAUUUGUGAUUUAAAUGUCCUAAAGGUCUAGCUGCAGGCCAAAGUCAUUGUAGUGUAUAGGAACUGGGCAGACAAGAUAUGCCAAAUGACUAUUAUCUGCUAUCAGAAAGCAUGCUUUUACGAAUGUUUGGUUGUUUUUGUUUGUUUAUUUUUUUUCUUUAAACCAGGGGUGCCUAAAACCCAGCAAGAAGUACAUCCCCAGAUGCUUUAAAACUACAGUUUCCAUCAUGCUUUGUCAUUCUGAACUCAUGCAAGGCAUCAUGGGAGGUGUAGUUCUAUAACAUCUAAAGAUCUACAUUUUGGGCACCCUCGUUUUAAACCUUUUCAUUUACCAUGUGCAGAAUUACACUCCCACAGCCUCCUCGUUUCUAUGAAAUAGAUUGUGGCUUGGCUAUUGGAAUGAGUGUUCAUGUCUUUAACAUUCUUACAUUCACUUGUUGAUUUUUUUUUAUUGACUUAGAUCAGAAAUUUAAACUGUGUAGAGUGCAUUAAAAAAAAAUAGUAUCACUUUAAGGCUGCUGGUACUAGUGCAGAUUUAUUUUAGUCUUCCAGAAAAAAAAACGCAAGUUCCAAACAAUUGGACUAUUGUAGAAUCUUGCCAUAUUAUUCCUUAUAAACCUGAAGCUUCCAGCCACUGCCUUCUGAUGCAGAGAUCUUUAUUUUUAUCUUUUACCCAAAGGCCAUGAAUUACCAGGCCCAGACGGAGCGAGAUCUUUUAUUUAGGAUAUUCCACAUCUGUAUAAAAAUGAUUAACACGCUAAUACAUCUGCCGGCUUCAUCAUGGAAUUUAACUGCUUGUGUUUUUCUUGGGCCUCACAUGAAGGCACUAAUACCGAGCUAUUAGACAUUAAUUUACCAACAUGUCUCUACAACAUUUGGUAUUAAUAUUUAUUUACAUUCCUUUAGCACUUGUCACAGCUUUAUUAAUUCGCUUAUAGAGAGAGAGAGAGUGUGUGUGUGUCAUGCAGAGAGAGGCGCCAAUAUUUACAAAGAGUUGAGAUAUUAAUCUAGUCUUGGGCCAGUUAUAGGGUAUGAUUAAAUUUACAUCAAUAAGCACCCGGCCAAUAAUGGCUUCUCUGCCUCUGUUUAUGUACAUGUUUAACCCUUCAGAUGCCAUGUGGUUUGAGAAAUAUUUUGGUCACACCUCUAACUCCUUUAUUCGCUAAAAGAAUUGUGAUUAUUUAUUUAUUGAAAAACAAUAUUGCAAAAUUUAGGCCAAAUGUACUUACACGGAAAUAUUUUUUAAUUCUGCUAAAUGUUUGACUGACUUGGUCCAAACACUGGUGCCCUAUUACAUUUUGUUACAAUGGCCCAACCCAAGCCUGUCGUUUAUGAUUUGCCUACCGUACAGAUGGUGUGUGCGUGUGAUUUACACACACACAAAUACAAAAGUCUAUCGUUUUAAGGAGUUGCAUGUUUGUGUGGGAGAGCUAAACGAGAGAGACUGAUGUGUGGCAGAAGGUACUAGUCUAGAAGGGGUUAUUCAAAGCCGUUUUAGGUUUUCUAAACACAGCGUUAAAUGUUCAAAAUAUAUUGUGCCCGUUCCUGUAGGCGCAAAGAGUACUGUUGAAGAAAUUUCCCUGUGAACCCCGUCUACUAAGAUGAUGCAAAUUGGUGUACAGUAACAUUGUUAUUGUCAAGUGUUUUAAAACCUUCUCUCCUUGCAGUGUUUAUAAAGAGUCCUCUCUGUACAGCACUAAGUAGUGGACAGGCCCACUGCACGAUUAGUUACAAGUUUGUUGUUUAACUGUCCGUUUUGUGACUUACAUGAGCGAGCUUGUCAAAAUCAUCAGGAAAUUCCAUUUUGGUAUCAAAAUACUCGCUGUUCAUGAGGCCUUCACCCCUGGGAGUUCAGCUCCAUAUGUUGGGUUUAAAUACAAGUGAACAGCAAACAGCUGAUUGGCAGUACUUAUUACAGACCCUGACUGCAGUGCUUUGAGAUGGGCUAACAAUACAGUUUGAUCUGGUCUUUGGGCUUAUCUGUAUGCCAUUAGUUUAGGAAGGGAAAAAAAUCCUGCCAGUGUGACCAUCAGCAUAAUGCCGGGUUGUUUUUUGUUUUUCUUUCACAACUUGACUGGAAAAUAAAUUGACUGUUUGUAGUAUGAAAUUAUCCUAUCUUUUUUUAGUUUAUUUGUAAAGAAUUGUUGUUGUUCAGAGAGGGGGCUGAUAUUUUUUAAGGGGACCUUUUUUUUAUUCACAGUGAUGGAAAAAAUGUUUUUAUGUUUUUUUAUUCUAUAGUGGUUUAAGCUCUAGUCUAUAACUUUCCCACAUGCAUAAAAGCUAGUGAUGUUGCAUUAUUAUUAUGAUUAUUUGAAAAGUGCCAAGUAUUCCGCAGUAUUGUACAUUAAGAUGUCUGCUGCCGGUUUGCUGGAAGUUAUAGCUCCAUUAAGCUUUACUUCCACGUAGCUUUCACGAACCGCUCCGUUAGUUUUAUCUUGCGUUAUACUUUCAUGUUACAUCGAUUUGUGUAUUCUACCUCCAAGCAGUCACUAAAAAUAAAUAUUAAUUUAAAGGGACACUCCAAGCUCCUGCACAUUUCACAUACAUUUAUAGCUCAAGUAAUGACAACACUACUUGUCCAGUGUUAGAAGAAGUAGUAUCUGAUUGUAAAUACUGCACAAUCUAGCUCAAUCUAAAAUUUUCAUUUGUCAAAAGGAAACAGAUUGCUGAAAGUCUUUAGAAAACCCACAGGUAUUGCGAUUCUCAGAUACAUCAAAGACCUGUUCCUUGACAUCAGUGCAAGUAAGGAGAGGCGGGGUGUUGCCUGGGAUAUCACACCCCCUUUGUGGGUGGUCUGCACCUUUUCGGCUGGUCAGCUUUAUUUUUUAUGGUCAGUUCUUUAUUAAUGCCCAAGCAUCCAACAAUUCAUACGUCCUCGUGUUAGGGUGUAUGAAAUCAUAUGGAUCACAUUUAGCUAGGAUUAAGUAUUGAUAUUCCAUGCUGGCAAAAUCUCUAGUAAUUGUAUAGAUUAAAAUAUCUAUGUAUGUAGAAUGUAUAUUUACCGAAGGUCAAACUUGAUAAUGCACAAAAAAAACGCUGUAGGUGUGCUAACACGUAAAUAACUAACCACUUAUACAUAGCUCAAAUGGGAACCAUCGCUUAAGUAAAUAUUAUUGAAUAAAGUAUUUAAAAUCACGCACUACUUGUAUUCCAAUAUUUAAUUUUAUUUUUAUCGCAACUCGCAAAUACAUGUUUGUUAAUUAUAUAGAGCACAAAUAAAUAAACUUUUUUUUAAAAUCCUGGAAGCUGACAGGUUUACAGAGGUUAAUAGAUCAGGGGAGGAUCUCAAUAUGCUAUGGGUUAAUCUAAUACACAUUAAAUUGUAGUGAAUUUUUAUGUUAUCUACAUAGCGCCAACAAAUUCCACAGAGCUUUACAGUGGGUGGAUGACAACGUGCAGCUGUUUUGCCCUUAAAAAAGAAAUUCACUUCAAAUUCUCACUUUAGUGAACAACCCUGUAAAUGUGAUAUUUUUCAUGUCCUACUUUCUGUUAUUUGCAUUUAUUUUUAACAUAACCUACAGUAAUUAAAGGGACACUGUAGGCACCCCAGACAACUUCAGCCCAUCAAAGUAGUCUGGGAGCAAUAUCCCAGGUCCCUUAACUCUGCAAUUGCGAUUAUUGCAGUUAUUGAGAAACGGCAAUAAUUACUAUCCAGGGUUAACUCCAACUCUUGUGGCUGUCUACCAGGGAAGGAGGGGGGCUGCGAGGGAGGGGGGCAAUGUAGGAUUCUAUUGUGCCAGGAAAACUGCUUUGUUAUCCUGGCACUAUAGAAUACCUUUAAAGCAAGGGUUAACAUGACACACAGGCCCAGCUCAGAAUGUGUGGAUUCUAUCUUUGGCUCUUAUCUUAAUUGCAGGCCUUUUUUGUCCUAUUACUGUUAAUGGCAUUCCUAGUAUUCAUCUUCUGCCAGUGCGUGGGGAGGUUAAUAUUGUGUUUGUGUGUGUGUGUACCUGUGACCUGGGUUAUAAACUCGAUAAUAACACCUAAUUAAACCUUGAGCCAUUGCUUUGCAUCUCUCCCUCCAAUCUGCAGACCGUCUGCCUACUGCACAGAAAGCCAUAUAUUUGUAUGCAGUGUAUGCUCUUGAUCAGAUACAGGUCCUUCAGACUUUCAGAUGCCAUUUUUCCCUUUCUAAAGGACUACUUUUGUAAAGCUUUGGGGAGAGGUGGAGAUAAACAAACGGUGUCUAGGGAAAGUUAGGGCGGAUAAAAGGAAAGAGAUAAGUUCACUAAAACGCCCGCUACAGUCAAAGCACAAAAGGAAUUGCUAUUCAAAGAGCUGUUUGGAUUCUCCUUUUAUUGAAUACAAAGCGCCUGGAGAACAUCUUUGCAUAUUUAGCUCUAUCUACCAUCUUCGUUCCAGCUCUCCAGCUGAUCUGAUUUCAUAUUAAUUCUGAUUUGGUAUUUAUUAACAGCUCACUCUUCCAAUGUGAUCCCUAAAGAUACUGUAUCCUUCUUAUUAAGCCCCAAGAGCUCUAUAAAGACUCAUCGUUGCUAAAGUGGGGCAUCCCAUCUUAAUUUUGAUGAAAAUAAUCAGACUAAACAUUUGACUCCUUUUUGUCAUUUUUGUAGCAUUUAUUUCAAUACCUCAAUGUGACAUUUCAUACCAAUCAUAUUGUUAGAGCAGCGAUCACUAACUUUGGCACUGUAGAUGUUUGGACUACAGUUCCCACGAUGCUCUGCUAUGGCCUAGAGCAAGGUAACAAAUACCUCUCCGGCUUGUGAACUGUGACUCCCUUGGAUACUUAGGCAAUUAAUUAUUAAUUCCACAGCCAACACAAAUACUAAGAGAGAGUAUUCGUGCACAAUUUUUUUGGUGAGCAAUUUUUAUUAAUGCGAAAACUCCUUAUUUAGGGGUGUCGAGCAUAAAGGUAAGCUAUUAUUUACCUAUUUACAUGGCAAUAGUCACAUCGCUCUGAGUUACACCAUUAACUAUUGUGUUAGCAAUUUUCAUUUAAUGAUAUAUGAAAGAUCUAACAAUGGACAUCACAGUCCAGGCACAGUGAUUGCACAUACUACAUUGGAAGAGGACUUGAUAAUGAAACAUUUCUGUUUCUCGAUAUACUUGUUCAAUGAUGAAAAAGACAGAGCUUUAACAAUGAUUGACAGGGAGCCUGGAUCAAGGCACUCCGUUCCAGGAUAAAGCUAAAUAGAAUGGUGUGGGUUUUUAAAUUUCAUUUCUGACCUCUCAGACCCAUAUGCUAAAUGUGUGGGAUAGCUACGCUAACUGGACAUUUCUACUAACGUGAGAAAUCAAAGUGAAUAUGAAAUUCAAGGUAAAAGUAUCUCAACUGAAAACAUUCUGUAAGUCAGCAGUAUUUAUUAUUAUUUUAUUAUAUAUAUAUAGCGCCAGCAAAUUCCGUAGCGCUGUACAAUAGGUUAAAUAUUCUCUCCAAAACAGAGGGAUAUUUUGAAGUCAUGUUUUCAAGAUUUCAAACGAGUUAAAUACAUAUUGCUUGAGUACUGGAGAAGGGGGGGGAUAGUUAAGACACUGUAACUACACUGAACAAAAGUGUUGCGUUUAUAAUUUAGUUCAGUAUGUUUCAAUAAGAUGUAGUUAUUAUAGGGCAUUCAGUGUUCCUUUAAGAUAGGGCAAAUUGCAUUCAUUUCAUGCUGUACUUGGCUGUCUCAGAUGCAGAAAUAUUUGCCGCAUCCAUGAUGUACGGAUUGGUUGCUCACUCUGUGUGUUCAGUUUGUUUUAGAACUAGCUCAGUGUUCCAGAAAUGGCAGAAGGGAGAGAGUUUUUAAAACUGUCACAAGAAAUAUGACAAUCAUAUAGGUUUACAUACGUAUAAUAGUUGUAAGGUGUGCUUGCUCUGCCUUUUUACUCCUACAGUAGUUAAGAGUUUAGAUUAAUAGUGGCCAAAAUUUAUACCCCCCUCCCCUCCAUUUUUUAUAGAAGUACAAAUCCCACAAUUUUUUCAAUUUGAGGGCUUGUAGAUCACUAUGAGAUUUGUAUGAAUGAAUUAAGGAAAGGCCACCCCAGUCUUGGGUAUAAAUAAGUUAAAGGGGCACUAUAGUAAACAAACUCGUUUUCCUGGCACUAUAGGGUCAUUAGGUCCUCCGCAUCUGUCAGGGCCCCACUCCCGCUGGGCUGAAGGGGUUAAAACCCCUUCAGCCACUUACCUUUCUCCAGCGCCGGGCUCCCCCUGCCAACGUCAGAACCGAAUGCGCAUGCACAGCAAGAGCCACGCACGCAUUCAUUCAUUACUCAAUGCUUUCAUGUGGACGUCCAGUGAUUUUUCACAGCGAGAAGCGCCUCUAGUGGCUGUCAAUGAGACAGCCACUAGAGGCUGGAUUACCCUAAUGUAAAUAUAUUUUCAGCUGCAGGGUUAACCCUAGAUGGACCUGGCAUCCAGACCACUUCAUUGAGCUGAAGUGGUCUGUGUGCCUAUAGUGGUACAUUAAUGUGCAUAGCUGUGAUACACAUAAUCAGAAUGCAUCUAAAAGUUUAAGUAAUCUGUGAUUAUGCACAGGACUUGUGUUGUUGAGAAUAAACUCCCUGUCAGCAACACAAGGUCGGCUUCUGGUGGAAACAAAAUGGGGGAAAGCAUGUCAUAGUAUAUUUGAAAUCCAAUAUACCUCCCAAACCUCUCAGUCACAAAUCCAAGACACGAAAACACAUCAAAAGGAUGGAUAGUUUCAAUUAGUGUUGUCUGUUCUGAUUCUUUUAGUCCACCUACUGGGCAAGGACAAAUAAAGCCUUUUUGCAAUCUUGAAAUUGUUAAUACUCUGAGGAUGGUUUUGUGUCCCCCAAAGAAGUGGGUCACUAGUCUAAAGUGAGGACUGUUCCAGCAGUUUCAGGACACUUGAUAUAUUGAAAAUGCGCUCUUUGCUAUUAGUUGCCAACAUUUGAAUAAAACAUUUCCAGGGACACUUUGCAACACAGCUAUCAAUUACUACCUUGAAAAUGUACCCCACCCACUGCCGCAAAGCUCUGGCCAUCCUACAUAAUUACUCUGCCUACUUAUCAAAGUGCAGAUUAUAGGGUCUACAAAAUAAAGAGAGAAUUACAGGGUAUUGAGAUGGCAAUUUUGCAGUUUGUGAGGGGUGCUGUGUGUGUGUGUGUGUGUGUGUGUGUGUAAGAGGGGCUUUGUGUGUGUGUGUGUGUGUGUGUGUGUGUGUAUAUAUAAGGGUGCUGUGCCCUGGUGGUCCGCUGGUGGUGAGUUGUCUAUAGCCUGCAGCUCCUCUGGCUGUAGGCUGUCUUCACUCCUCCCACGAGCAGAAUGUUGUGUCGGAGCAUUGCCAUGGGAACACGUGGUAACUUUCUGCACAACAUGCUUAACAAGGGGCUUUGAGAUCUUGUUUUGGCACAGUACUACUCGUGGGCUAGACAGUAGGCAAGUUGACAUGGAUCACUGGGUCAUCAUCAUGUCUGAAUUCUAAUUCAAAUGUGUCUAUCCUGGUUUAGCGAAAUAUCACUAAAUGUGCACAAAUGGUCGUGUUUCAGUGAAAGAAUUUAGCUCUGUUGUUUGCCUUUAAUAAAUCACUCCCAAACACCAAUUAGAGAUAAUAUAGUUCAAGCGGGUUUUAUUGGAAUAAUAUUUUUCACUUAAAAACUAUGUCCCUUAGAGACCCUCCAUUGAAUUGUAGAUUUUGAUGAAAACAACCAGUGGAACACAUUCAGUUCAGUCAUUAUUCAUGCCUACAAAUAAAUCGUGUUGAAGUGCUCUGUUAAUAAUACUUAAGAAUCACAUUUGUCAAUACCAGCUCUCAACAUCCCAGCUGGGGGUUAUUAAUUGGAAAGAUUGGAUUACUAGCUAAAGAGAUGGGGGGGGUGGUGCAAUCUAUUUAGAAUGCAACAAAAUUCACCAGAGGGGCCCAGAGUAAGAGAGCACGCUGUAACUCUGUGAAUGAGAAGAUUCUGUUGCUGUUAAUUUUGUGGAUAUUUUACAUUUUAGAUUAUGUGUAUGUGCUACUUCUUUAUGGAUCAGCUGUUAUUUUUACCAGCUACUUAUUAGUAUGUCUGUAGACGACAGUGGGUUAUUUUGUUAAAUUUCCAGAUUCUCAACUUUUUAAAGAAUAUUUUUUCUUCUUCUCUUUUUUUUUUUUCUUUCUGUUUAUAUAAAUAGGGCGAUUAAAUACCUUCUAAAAAAGUUAAUGCAAAGACAAUUUGUAGAGGAAAAUAAAAUCUUCCACGAACACAAAAAAUUGCUAAAACCAAAAUAAAAUUUUGUCACAUUUUGAACUUUCACAACUUUGUUUUUUCAAGCCAUCUCCUCCCCCUGCACACUCAUUUUAAAGGUCUCAUAUCCGUAGCUAUAUAGACUGUUUCCUUUUAAUAAAUUUAAUAAGUUAAUGAGCAUUUUUUUUUCUUCUCCCCUCAUUAGCUGGCCAAAAAGAUUCGGGAAAAGUUUAAUCGUUAUUUGGAUGUGGUGACGCGUAACAAGCAAGUGGUAGAAGCCUCUUAUACAGCACACCUAACAUCUCCACUGACCACCAUUCAGGACUGCUGCACGAUACCACCGUCCAUGAUGGAGUAAGUUCUUUCUUCUGUUUGAAAUAGUUUGUGCACUCAGAGAGAGAUUUAGAAUGUAUUACUAUGAGACAACAGUCACAAUCUCCCCGGAUGCAUAAAUAAAAUCCCUGAAUGUGGACUUUGUGUCUAGUAGAUUAGUGUAGGAACCUUGGAGGUUCAUGUAGGUGCAGAUAACCUUUUAGCAAUGUGUAAUUAACUGCUUUCUUCUGAAUCAUUUUGUAAAACAAGUGACCAACUCUCUAAACACAUUAGUUGCUGAAAUUCACCAUUCUCCCAACUUAUGUACAUGAAUCAAGUUGAGUGCAGCUAUUUUUUGGGUCUGAUAAAGAUUUGAAAUAUUAACUCUGACAACUUGGCUUGCUGCCCAAAAAUGCAACCAAUAUUGUACAAUUUACCAUUAGCGUCCACAUAUUGGGAGUAUGUGAAACGCAGCAGGGCUAAGUUCACUUUCAUUCUUUGUUCUCAUUGCAGAGGCCUAUGGCGACCAGAAAGCAUUUUUAAAAAGGUCACCCAUAGAGUUCUUUUAUUCUCUUUUGAUGUGUACUGUGCCAUUCUUAUACAUUAUUCUUGGAUAAAGUUCUAUAUUUUUUGUAAAAGGCUUGCUUGGUGCGGUAAAAUAACACAUUCACAGGGCAUACAAUUUUAAAUCCCAUGUUAUUAGCCAGACCUAGCCACUGCAAGCCUGAAUAAUGCGUUUGGUUGAUUGAAGUGUGUCUGUCUGUCUGUCGGUUUCCCCCCAUAAGAGUGCAGUUCUAGGAACAACUAAGAUACAGCACAGAAUCCCAGGCCUCUGGCAGAGGACCCGAGAUUGAGGAAUAUACCACCCAGGAGGGGGUGUGAAAAGCAAUAAUUUUUUUAAAAAAUUUAGAUAGAUCUAAAGAUAUCUCUAUCUUUCAUCAGGAAAAAAGUUUACAAAAUAAAACACGUGUGUGUAUGCCAUACAGUGGAUAAUUGAAGUGCACUCAUUUGCGGGUGUACUACCUCCCUCAGAAUGCCUUCUUGGUGUGAAUGUGGUUGAAAUGGCAUUUUAGACGCCAAUGUGUGAUCGCGGCAUCGCUAAAAACAAAGUUUUGAGGAUUUAGAACAGUGGCACAAAUGUGGGCAAUGUGAUUGAGGCAACGAACCUUGGUUGUUAAACAAGCUAUGUGUGAAGCCCUGUAGGCAAAUAGUUUUCAUGAUCCUACCUAUUUGUAUGCACACAUAACUGGGAACCUCCACUGAAUAGUGCAUGAAGGGAAGAUGCUAAGUGGACCGACAAUUUUAAAAAAAAAAAAGUGUGUCCAAUAUUCCUGAACCUAAUUAUAUCCAGUUUAGACUGAUGUGCUGAAGGGGUGCAAGCCCAUAUGCCAGGGGUCCUCAAACUCCGACCCCCCAGAUGUUGCUGAACUACAACUCCCAUGAUUCUUUGAAUUACAUAGAUUGUAAGAGAAUCAUGGGAGUUGUAGUUCAGCAACAUCUGGGGGGCCAGAGUUUGAGGACCCUUGCCAUAUGCUAUGCAAGCCUAUAUAAAUAAAUAUAUAAAUUAAGGUUAUGUGGCUGUAGAUAUCUUGCCUGUCUUGCAUAACCUCAAAUGGAUGACAAAAGAAUAAAUAUCUGAAGUCUAAGGAAAGAUUUUUUGCUAAGUGUAACCUGCUCCUGUAAAAAAAUAUAUAUAUAAAUUUUGUGUUUAUUUGCCUGGUAAGUUCAAGCUGGGCAUUGUAUAUAGUCACAUGCUCCCUCUAUUAAUAAUAUUAGCACUGAAGUGGAUCUGUCACUUUUUAGUAUUUAAUAAAGGUAUAUUUAUUAUGAAAAACGUAUUCAGACUGUGUAGGAAUGUCCGUGAGAUUCCAACCAGUUCAUAAGACAAAGUAGGGACAGCUUCAAGUUAGUAAAACCUACUCUCCUCUGCACCCUGGGGCCACUGGAUCUGUAACUUUUGGGUAUCUUUGCAUAUCAAAGACCCUGGAAAAAGACAAAUUUGCUUUAACAUAGAGCCAAUGUUUAAAAACAAGUAAUUGGCAUACAACAUACCUCCCAACAAUCAGGAGGGGAGGGGAGAAUAUCGGACUUCCCAUUUUGGGAAGUCCGAUAUAGUAUUGACAGAGAUCAGAGGCUCUGGCUUAAGUUAACCUGCUCAGAUUAGUUUACAAUAUAUAUUGGCGAUAGCGUGGGUAGAGGGAUAAUGGUAAAAAUAUAUUGUUGUACUAUAGAAUUAUAAAAGUUCCCAAUUCUGGUCAUUGUUUUUGCAUGCUUGGCAGACAUGUUCACUGAAUGCGAUAAGUAGCCUCCAUGAUACUUUUUUUAAAUGACGUGAUCGACAUACCAGCGCCAUGUUUAUCUGUCUGUUUGCGUCAUUGAUACAUUUUUAUACAGGAUACCUUGGUGCUCUUUACAAAUAAGUGGUGACAUGACUUGUUUAGACAUAUUGUAACUUGAUGUGAGUGGGCACUGCUCCAAAGAACUUAAUGGAUUAUGACAGAUACUUAUUGUAAUGGUGACCCGCACACAAAUUCUUAUCUGCUCAGUCCUUGAGAGUCCGUAUUUAUCUUGCUUCACUUUACUGCAGCUGGAAGUAAUGGGAUGUUGUCUAAGCAUACUAAUCUGCUGAAGCUGUACAGAAUGCCAUUUUUUUUUCUUUUGGUCUCGGGGUCUGCACUCAGUUUAAUUGUAUUAUCAAGCGGCGCCCGUGUCCCGUGAUUUUGUGAGGAAGCAUAAGAGAAGUUCUAAAGAUAAAACGGACUGUGUGUAACGCAAAUAACUCAAACACAACAUAAAUACAUCUGACCUAGAAUUUCCUUAUCUCAGAAAUGACAUUGGCCUACAUCGAAACUAAAUUAAUAUAAAUAAAUCACUGUAUUUAUUUCAAAUCCACAUAUAUUCCUAAACUGCCAUAAAAUGCAGUGAUUGAAUGUGUAGGUACAUCCAGCUGUUUGCAGAUUAAUGCAGUGACCUACAUUGGCUGUCAUGCAGCCAGCGACAUGCCAGGCAUUAAGAUUCCCUCUUAGUUACAUUUUUCUAAUAUUAGGUAGGACUCCCUUUGCCCUAGAACAGUUCGAUUAAAAAAAAUAAUAAUAAAUAAAAUAAUUUUGUUUUAUUGUGGGAGGAAUCACCGGGGUGUCCAUGUGGGCACUUUGGGAUCAAUACAGCCAGGGCUAGCUUAAGCCCAGUGUGAAAAAUCACACACAGACAUACAGUGACACACAGGUAGACUGUCUGCCUUUGUGUGUGGCAGUUACCCACACACAGGCGGACAGCCGCUCGCGCACCCACACACAGGCGGACAGCCGCUCGCGCGCCCACCCACACACAGGCGGACAGUCGCUCGCGCGCCCACCCACACACAGGCGGACAGUCGCUCGCGCGCCCACCCACACACAGGCGGACAGUCGCUCGCGCACCCACCCACACACAGGCGGACAGUCGCUCGCGCACCCACCCACACACAGGCGGACAGCCGCGCGCGCGCACACACAGCAGACAGCCACUCGCACGCACGCAGCCAGUCACACGCACGCAGUUACCUCUGUCCAUUAUGGGCUGGAACUUGCAAGGGAGGAGUGGAGGGAGUGCAGCUCCUGGAGUCUGGAUGUUGGGGGAAGCAGGGACUCCUUCCUGCUUCCCCCUUCCUGUGCAGCAGUCACCUAGCAUGUCUUCUGGGUGCUUUAGCCCCGCCUCUGUUUAGGAGAGUGUUGAGGAGUGCAAGGAGAGUGUGGUAGUGCAAGGGUUAAUGACACCCGACCCCUGGUUACCUGUUGCUAGUCCCUGCAAUCCCAUCUACACUAACAACGUAGUACACACUUUACUGCCACCACCAAGAUUUUAUGCCGGGCGUCUUAGGUUACCCCACACACAGUCGAAUUAUAGUAACACAACCUUACUUUACUGAUCAGACUUAUCAGUAAUUAACUCUUUUAGUAACGAAUUUUCCUCAGGAGAGUGAGCUCAUAGAGAACAAAGACACAAGCUGACUAAAUAAAUAUUUACUCUGACAAAAAGGAUUCACAGUGCUGGGUACAAAAAUGACAGAAAUAAAUGACAUACAGAAACACAGAUAACAUUGCAAAACAGUCCAUAAAAUAAAUUGGGAGAGAACACAAGCGAUCCUUACAUAUAUUCAUAUAUUUACCCCUUAUAUAUAAUUCUUGUGGGAGAUUCUGAUGUUACAGGUCUCCAAGUAGUUGUUGAAAAAGAAAUCUCCCUCUGGAUAGUCCAACAUCCUCAUUAUAUAUCUCAAACUAGUUGUUUGUAAGUGGGCAGACCCCUGGGUGUAUCAGAAGGGUUUUUUGGCCUGGCAGUUUUUGCCCACUCCAUAUUUUCUUAUAUCAUGUUGUCCCUUGAAUAACCCAAAGUCAGAGCAUAUGCACCAAUACCUUUUAUGACACCCUAUGUCCAGCUCUAGUGAUGGUUAUCUAGUAGUUUUAUGGCUUAGGCCUGGUGUAAGAUCAAAGCCUACAAUAAAGGUUAUCCCAACAUGUACUAAAACAACUCAUAACAUAUAUCAAAUGCCAACUAAUGUAACAAUGCAAUGAUUUGUGGACCCAGGACAUACUUGAAAACGAGAGAAAUCUCAAUGUAUCUUUCCUGGUAAAAUAUUUUAUAAAUAAAUAAAUAAAAACUCAUGCUUUGGCAUGACAUUUAGUUAAUCUCAGGUUCCUAGGCCUGUCCUCCUAUGGAGGGGCAUGUGAUGUACAAAUCUCCUUUAUAUGAGACAAUACACCCGGCUGAAAACUACAUACAAUGUAUUUUUGAGAUGUUUUGUGUGAUGCAAUGCAUAACCAGGACUAAACACUUCUUGGGAUCUGGACAUUUUAUUUGAGACUAAACAUGGUAUCUUUCAUAUCUAAUGCUCAAAUAAAAUAAAAAUGCUUUCCAAAUCACUUGACCAACAUUUCAAUCUUUGGACCUUCAUUGUUUUUCAUCUGAACUCUCGCUUUUGGUAGUUAUGGUCCCUGUAUACAAGGGUAGCAAUGCUUCUGUCUGGUUCUAGUAUAAUGGAAUUGUAAAUUCCUUUAAGACAUUGUUUCAUUCACAUAGUGAAAUAGGAUGUCUUUGAGAUUUUCCAUUUCAAGGUAUUUUCCUGAGGUCACAUAUAAGAUUUAACCUAUGACAGCCCAAAUACAUUUUGCCUCAUGACAAUUCUGGUGCGUGGCGACAUCAUGCACAUCUGGCAGCCGCUCACUCGCAUAUCGUAAAGCUACUUUUUUUGCUCUGGUGAGUGUGGUGGAGGCCAUCAGUGUAUCCUGAAGUCAUUGCCUUGUUUGUGAAGCCAUCUUGAGAUGACACUUGCUUUGUGUCAUGUAUUGUUAUCCUGCUAGAAGAAGUCAUUAUAGGAUCGGUAGACUGUGACUGUGAAGGGAUGUGCAUGGUCAGCAAGAUUAAACAAUGCUCAUUUUAUGGGUUUAAUAUGUGUCAAGAGAAUGUUUCCCACACGAUUACACUACUAUCUGGAACUCUUGACGCUGUGCUGGUGGAUCAAUUGAGUUAGGUUUUCACCAAAAUCUGAGCCUAACCUGCACUUUGCAGCAGAAAUCGAGAUUUCUUACACUAGUUAUUUGUUUUCACCAGUCCGCUACUUUCCAUUUUUGGUGCCCGCUGCAGCUGCUGUUUCCUGUUCUUGGCCAAUACGAGGGGAACCUGGUCGAUUUUUCUGUUUCUAGAGCCUGUCCACUUCUAGCUUCGGAAUGUUGAUAUUCAGAGAUGCUCCUCUGCAUAGCAAUGUUGUAAUGCGUGGGUAUUUCAGUGACCUCUUCCAAUAACAGGGCGUUAUCAUUGGUGCUCACUGGAUGUGUUUUGUUUUCACACCAUCCUCUAUAAACCCCUAGAGACUGUUGUGUGUGCAAAUUUUAGAUCAGUCAUUUGAGAUACUCAAACCACCGCAUCUGGCACCAACAAUCACUCCUCGGAUAGUCUCCAAGAUCACUUUUCUUCUCCAUUACGAUGUUUUGGUUUUAGCAACUGAGCCUCUUGACCAUGCCUGCAUGAUUUUGUGCUUUGAGCUGCUUCCACGUGAUAUUUACAUUAAUGUACAUGUUAAAUUGACCACUGAGUUUAUGCUUUAUUCAUAAUAUACUAACCUUUCUGCCUUUUUAUAUGGGCAUUUUAAGUACCAUAACCACUACAUUGUUUUGUAGUAGUAAUGCUGCUAUUUGUCUGUGCGGUCCAUCUCCUGGUGUUCUGUCCAUCUCUUGCUUUCAUGAGAAACUCAUAUCCUUACCCCUCUGAAACCACAUGGAUAAUGUAGAAAACAGUUUGAAAGAAAAACAAGGCACUUCUCCCAAAGUCUCAUAGCACCAUAACCACUGCAAUGAGCUUUAAUGGUAAUGCUGCUCUGUGUCCCUUUCUUUUUAAAAUUCUUAUAAAAGGUGCACUGUGCAUUCUCCAAAUAUGGCCAACCUUUGCUAGAUUCUACACUGGGUGAUGGCAUCAGAACAUCGCUCACCCUUUUGGCAGUAGUAUCGCCAUAUUGUUGAUAUUUUACCAGUAGAAGAAAAAAAAUUACUCUUUUUUUUUUCACACUUCCUAGUAUAGUAUGUUUCGCAACUUGCUUCUGAAAUUCUGAAAUUAUCUUUUUAAAAUCUUGUUUGCAUGUCUUAUUUGUCUAAAAAUAAAAAUUUGAGCAAAAUAAAAAUAAAAAAAUAGAAAAAAACCCACAAUCAAAACCUUCCCCAACUACAGAGUGUGCCUAUUUUAUGCAGGAUUCAAAGCUCCUGUGAAUUUAUUUUAUGUUCUACACUGGUGAUCUCCUGCUUGUAAAUCCUGUUGAAGGAGAAAAGAAAUGAAUGCAGCCUGAUGGGAAUUCAUAUGACUGAAGUUCAAAGCUGCCUGCACAUCAGAGCAGACGUCAGUCAAGCCUACAUCUCGCAAGUAACGCCAGCAUAGGAUAUCUCUGUGGGGAAAAGAUCAAAGUGGGAGUCGCAAGCAAUGUUUUUUCCCUUGGGAUGCAGUAUUCGAUCAGUUCUUCAUUAAAGUCAAUCCAGAAGCACUUUUCUUUUUUUUAAUUUUUUCUUAAAUGCCCCUUCUCCUCAUAUAUGCUUCUUUUUGCAAACUCCCCCUCCCCCAUCUAUCCCUCCUCCCCCAAAUGAAUUUCAGGCGGCUGUUUGAUGUCCUGUAAGUCAGUGAAGACACCAAUUACGGUCAAAUGUGUUUUUAUUUUAUUAUUUCUUUUCACUGCUAUCGACAAUGCAGAGGAUUUUUUUUUUUUUAAGGAUAGAUUUGAGUGGCGUUCUCUGCGUCUUUCUUUGCGAGAUCUUCUGCAGCAAGAAUAGAAUAGAGCCUUUUCGCUGGAGAACCAUUAUUUUUUUUUAAACUAUUUGGGGAAUUCUCGUGUUGCUUUUUCUUGUCUUUUGAAGGUGUGUGUGCGUGCAUGCACACACGUCUGUGUUUUUUGCCUUGUUUAUUUUUAGAUUUUUUUUUUUUGUAUUCUGUAAAAAAAAAAAAAGCACUCUGUGGCUUGGUAUCAUGCUGGGACAGAUGCGUGUAAUAAUUGUGUAUUUUUUUUUUACAUUACAUUCCUAGAAUGUGCUGGUAUAUUGCAGAGCAGAUUCCGAUUGUGUUUAACCUGCUGAGUGACAGACAGCUGGGCAGACUGUUUGCAGUGGCUGCUUUCCUAUUAGGGAAUGGACACUUCUAUUGAAGUGAUACUAUUGCAUAAAAUAUUGCAAAGCUCAUGUAAUUUUUGUUAAAGGGAUUCUCUAAAUCGCCAAAAGAACUUUUAGCGUAAUGAAGCUGUUUUGGCGAAUAGAUCGUGCCUCUACAGUCAAACUGCUCAAUUCUCUGCCAUUCAGAUAAUAAAUCUUGGUUUAUGCAGCCCAAGACACAUCUCCACCUGACUGCUUUACCCAGUCUCCUUACACACUUCCUAAAAAAAAAAUCUAAUUUUUGCACAGUCUUUCUAAUUUACAACUUACUUCCUGCUAUGUGAAUUGCCUGUUAGAACCUGCAUCCACCUCCUGUGUGUGUGAUUAAAGUUCCAUUAACUGAGCAAAAGAUCUUCUAAACUUAUAAACACACUGCUCUGAAAAUUAAGUAUGGUUUGAGCUACCUAAACAAAGUGGUUUGAAUUCUAAUCGAGAAUUAGACUUAUUUCCACGCCCAAUCUGAUGUCAUUGCCCCUUCACGAAAUCCAAUCAAAUACUUCUCAUAAAGAGGGGAUAGAUAGCAAGUGAAAAUAAAAUUAAAAAAAAUCUGUCACAGGAGGGAGGUGAGGAGUGCAUAGAGGGAGGGGGAGAUUCAGGAUGCACACCCAGCAAGGCCUGCAUAGAGCGAAGCUGAGAACGUCUGUCGCCAUCACGCAGUGUGCUUUGAUAAUGUACUUUUUGCACAGAAUCGAUGUUGGGAACAGACCUCUGAAGUCACAUGCUGGGGAUGUAAUUAGCCACUCAGCACAAAAGUGCAAAUAUCUCUGAAUGUGCAGAAUUUCAAGCAGAAACACCACACAUCCAGAUUAGUGCCACUUUAAGCUAAAGUUUAGUUUUUGGUUUUUGUGCUAGUAUCCCUUAAACAGUCUUCCUCAGAAGCUCUAUUUUAAAAAAAAUAUUUAAAGAUGUAGCAAUGGGCAUUCUAAUCCAUUCCUCGCACAGACAUGGUGCAUAUUGCAUUGGAGGAGAUAAAUAUUUCAGAUAUAUCUCUUCACCUCUCUCUCUCUAUGCUGAAUGCCAGGUGCAAACGGCAGAAAUAGGAGAUUGAGAUAUUAGGUUAUGUCAGGCUGUGCCUGUUAAUUAGAGCCUUAGGCAUAUCACCCAACAAUUAAAGACAAUAGAAUAGAAUUCUAUGGGGCAAUACUUCAUCAUGGAAGCCAACUUUAUACAAUGUGUUCAUUGCUGCACAUCUUAAAGUACUUGUGCGUUAAUGUACAGCGUACAGUUUUAGCCAUUGUGCUUUGGUUUUCUUGGGUAAUAGAGAAAUGGGAUCCAAGGAAAUUAAUAGACAGCAUAAUCUUCCAAAUUGGACAGCUGAAAAAAUGUUUAAAUCAGUUAUUUUAUUAUCAUUUAUAAUGUGCCUAUGAGAUUUUCUUAUACUUGUUCAUAUUUUUCACAUUGUAGGGUAUCUGUCUGCCCCUACUCCCGCCACCCCCAUUAUUAGGGUCUCCACUUAGUCAGUUUAUCAUUACUCUUUUAUUUCACCCUCUAAACCUUUUCUUUUAUUUACCAGUAAACAUGUUUAUUCCUUUUCCUCCUUCCUUAUACUGUCUUUAUUAUUCUUUUUGUCAGUCCCAUCCCAAUUGUUACUUGACCCUCUAUUAUCUCACUGUUUCAAUAUACUUGCUAGUUCCCUCUUUGUCCCCCUCUUUGUCCAGUCAAUGAUGUGGGUUGAAUCCCUAACAUUUAAGGCCUUUACCAUUGUACACAAUGGGCUGGUCAGUAGUAGUUUUUUGUGCGUCCGUCCGUCCGUCCACAAAUUAUAUAAGAAAGAAAAGGAGGCAACUUUCUUAUAUAAGUGUGGCCUUAUGUCCUCCCCUGUGUAGCACCUUGGUAUAUCGUUAAAACAACUGCGCUUCAGUGAAGUAUAAAUUGCUAAAACCUGUGUAUUUCAGUUUUCUGACUUUGAAGGUGAAAAUGUUUGCAACAGUGAUCUACACCAAAACCAUGCUGUAUGUGUCUUGCUGCCACUGAAAGUAAGAAACUAAUUUGUUUAUAUAUUUAUUUUUUAAUUUCAGUUUUGAUGGUAAUUUCAAUACCAAUAUCUCGAAAACCAUUAGCUGCGACCGGCUCUCCACAACAGUCAACAGCCGAGCUUUCAACCCUGGGAGGGAUUUAAAUUCGGGUCAGUAUCACGCAUUGUGCAUGUUUUGUGUGAACAUCCAUACAUUUUAUAUCCCACCAUUAAAUUUUAUUAACAUAGCUGGUAGACGUGUUUUCAAGUUUUUUAAAAAAUAAAUACAGUUUAAAUUUUAUCUUCUAACCCUCUUUAAACCUCUUUAACUUGCAGCAAGGUGUGUAAAUCAAACUGUGACCCUUCUGUCUGUCAAUAAUGGGGUGAAACCCUGUGUGUGUAAAUAUUUCACCAAACCUUGUUAAUUUCACACGCUCUGGGGAUACUUUGACGCCUCCAGUCAAACCACACUUUUAAUCUUAAUUUUGUCAAAAUAUGACACUUAAAAACGUGCCGUAACAAAUAAGUAUUUUACAUGCAUUCAUAAAUCUUUUACUCUUACGUUUGCAGAAUCCUUCUUUUUCUUUGCCUUUUUUAGCAUUAACAGUAGAAAAUGCAUCAAUUUCAUUUCCAACCUAAACUCCUAUGUGGCUGUAGCUGUCCUGCCAUAGGUUUUGUGUGAUUAAGAAUAGUAAAACAUUUAUUACUUGGUCCAGCAGAAUGAGUUAAACGUGCAUUUUACAGGGAUUUUGAAACCCAUAUUGUUAUUAUUUAUGCUGUGUUUUAAAGACCAUGGGCAAGUGAUUUAUUGCUUCAGACAAUUUGCACUCAAGUAACAUGAGACAGGCUAUAUCAUCAGCGUGUCUACUAAAAAAGAACAAGUUUAUCAUUACGGUACUUGUAAUUAUUAUUAAUAAUAAUAUAUUACUUGUUUAUAUGCAUUUAUAUUCAAAGCUUAAAAUGUCCCUAUUACACGAUUUAUUUUUCUUCAAUUAUUUUUGCAUUUCUGAGCAACAAAUAGUCUUUGAAUUAAAAAGUAGCAAUCUGACGAAGAAAGCGACUGGAUGUUUAGAAUUGUCUGAUCCCAUCCCCCCAUUAACUUUCAUAUAUACAAGUCCAAGGAUUACGUUAAUUUGCUAAAAGCCAUUAAAGGCCCAGUGUUUACAUGUGUAAGAAUCUCAACUCCAGGCACUUAUGGAUUGUUUAUAAUCUAUCUGCCGUAUUCAAUGCUCAUGGUUUCAAUUUGUCUUUGGGUCUGGUGAAAAGUGAACUCAUGUUAGGAGUAAACACUUCAUUCGUGUAAAUAAAUGUGACUGAUGAUGUUUAGAGUGGGUCUGUAAUAAAGAGAGGUGGGAUUAGUUAUAUAUAUUUAAUAGGUCAAAUAAAGUAUUAAGGGUUGAGAAACAGAUAUGAGACUACAUCAGAAGGACCCUGUCUAUACAUCUGGGCAGGCAAUAAGCGCCAGACUGUCUCUCCACCACAUCGCCCGCAUUUUUAGCACUAGACCUUUAAAAAAAAAAAAAAACUUUAUGAAAUACUCAUUUUGACUGUGUUGGAAUGUCACUGAAAUUCCAGCCAGUCAACAGAUAUACGGAGACAAAGUCUUUGUAUAUUUCCUCCGCCUGACACUUCGAGACACUGGGCCGAACUACCAUCUUCUAGAAGUGUCAUUUCCACAAGCUGUCACCAGUGAUGGCUGCAGGGAAUUGGCUCUGUCUAUGGAGGAUGUUGCGGGAUCCUCCAUAGACCUCAAUGCUGUACUCUUGCGAGGGACAGAUUGAGAAAAUUAGAACUCCCCUUAACCUGCCCCACUGGCAAUGGGUCGUUGCUAAUUCUGUAAAGUCCCCAGGCUGUGACAGUGCAUGUUUAAAAAAAAAAACAUAACUAGCUCACCAUAAUUUAAAAUUAAUUGUACACUACUCCUUAAGGUAACAGUCACCCGAGGCUUUAUUUCGCAUUCGCUCAACUAUAUCCAUACUCCCUCUUCUUUCUAUCAAAUUCUUCCAGCACUAUUUUGUGGCUAUCAGUACAACAUUUACUCUUAGUUUUAUUUCUAAACUUUUGUGUCUAAAACUCUCCUGCAGAGUCACAUUUUGUUAGCCUGAUAUCAUUUGCAUUCAUUUUGUUGAAAUUGAACCAUUUCCAUAAAGCCAAUGUUCAUGUGAAAUGUGCUUUACAGGGAGAAAGAGAGAGACAUAACUAGUUUCAAUUUCUGAUACAUAAAAUACGUUCAUGCUGUAAUAACUGUAGGAGGGUUGCACUGAACAUCAUAGCAAAAUGCAAUCUGGCUUUAUUUAGUUACAAACUGGGUCAAUGUGUAACACAUGAAAGACAUUUUACUACCAAGGAGCAAUUUAAAGGCACACAGUCAUCAGCGUAUUGUUUUAUAAGGGAGUAUGUCGGUUACUAGACCAGCAGAAGCAUAUGCAGCUUCCAAAAUCUAUAGAGAGAAGUUUUCAAAUUGAUUGAGUCUGAAUUUAUAAUGUUCCCUACUGCAUUCAUUUGCAAAUGGUAUUACACAGUGACGUCACAUGGGGGAGCAAAGUCUCCUGAUUUUAGCCCCAUCACAAUAGUAUUGACUUUAGCAUAGGAUUACGCUGGUAUCAUGGCACCUGAACUCCAGUGUUAGGAUUUUGAGGAUUGUAUGCACCCGAUUCAUCUAGAGAACCCAUGUAUGAGGAAGGGACGAUGACACUUAACAUUCAUUCCAUACAGAUCAUAAUUAGUCUAUAGCUUUAUUAACUGACUCGUUAUCAAACUAGAGGCAAAAUUGUGCAAUGCUUGGCCUAGGCUUCAUUAGACUUGAAUCAACAGCAAAAACAGAUCUGAGAAAGGCGACGUUUGAUGGUCGCAGGUCUCUUUUCUGCCUUUGUAACUAUGUAGCCACCGGCAAAAUUAAAUACGUAAUGUGUGAACUGUGCCUAAGCGGUCACUUGCUCAAUCCACCUUUUCAUAGUCUGGUCAUAGGACCAUCGUGUGUUCAAAACAGAAGUGAGGCCCUACCAAUGGAAAAUAUUAGACAUUUUGAACUAUAAAAAGAUAGUUAAUGAUUUAUACGGUUUUAUACUUCUAUCUAGUGUGUUUCUAGAAUCUGAAAUGGUUAAGUCUGGCAGACCUGCCCAUGUUCAACAACAUUUCCACUCAGAAGACCAGCAUAUUUGAGUGAAACUGAAAUCUAAUGACAUAUGUUUACCUACAAAUCCAGCUUUCAUUUUUUAGCUGGUUGUACACUGUAAUGUUCUGCAAGGAGGCUGCAGUGGCUUGUGCGGUUCACAGGAGCCAUCAGCACUUCAAUUUCUGAUAGCAAGAUUAUUGCAAGAAAACCGCUGUGCUUUUUCCACGAACAACCUCAAUUGUCCUUUCUUCACCAAAAUUACUGUGUUUCAUGGACAGGGCUAGUGCUAACCUGUGGCAGUGAGGAUAGAGUGGACAUGAACGGUUAAUGUAAAGCACUGCAGAAUUUGUUAGCACUAUAUAAAUGAUAACAUAAUAUUAAUAUAACAAUGCCUCUAUGGUUCUGGUUUGUUAGCACGUUCUAAAUCAUGUGGCCCCUCAAAUCUUACCUUCUAAACCUCAAGUUAUUAACUCAUUGUCAUCAUCAAGACUUUGUCAGUCAUCGUCCGUUAGCCAGUGCCGCCAUUGUAGAGCACGUCUAAAUUAUAUCACUGCCCUGCUUCACUUGUAUAACCUCUUCCGCAAAUUAAUCAAGGAUGCCGAGUUAAUGCGCUUCUGGCCUUUUCUAAACACAUUUUUUUUCCCUUGUUUCUUUCGAUGUUGCAAUUUCUAGAUUUCCUUUAGAAGAAUUCUAAAUACAUUGCCAUGUUUCUUCAAAGAAAUGGAGGUUUUGCUCAAAGCAUUGUACAAGUUGGAUUUAACAGAAACUUGGCCAGGGAGUUUUCUCUCACUUCCAUUCCAUUCAUUUGCUUAUUGUAUGCCGAUAUGCCAAGGAUAUUAUAAAUUCAGUCAUUCCAAAUGUGCAUUUUUUCUCCCCCACCCCCUGCAGUUCUCGCUGACAAUCUGAAAUCCAACCCUGGAAUUAAAUGGCAGUACUUCAGCUCUGAAGAAGGAAUUUUUACGGUCUUUCCAGCACACAAGUUUCGCUGCAAAAGUAGCUAUGAGCAUCGGAGCAGGUAUGAUAAAUGAAGACCUUCGUUAUCCCUCAUGAUUUCACAACCCAAAAACAUUCAUUUAUAAUGAUUUAUUCGUAUUUUUAUGUUCGUAACAAUAUUACAGUAGUGGCAUCAGACUGCUACGUGUUUAUAUGUUGAAUUUUGUUUUCUUGACACUAUAGUGAUCCUUUAAAAUGUGAUAUGUGCACUUUUCCUGAGCAAAUUGUGUUGUCCAUACACUGCAGGUUCUAUAGAGUGUAAACAGGGCAAAUGCUGCAAAAUGUACAGAUCAAAUAAAUUUUCUGUGAAGUAUUUGGUUUUCAUUUGUACGCCAUCGGCAUGCAGGAAUUCUUGCGGCGUUGUGAACUGGAUUACAGUCUCACUGAUCUAAUGCUGUGCUUUUGGGAGUGACCUGCCAGGCAGUAAAAUAGACUAAAUGUAGUUUAUCUAUGGAUCUAUACAUUUGUCAUGUAGAAGUAAAUUUGUAACCUUAAUUGAAGUAGAUUGCUAUUUACAUAUUCUGUGUGUUGGCCACUUUUUUAAGGAUGUCAUAUGCCAUUAAUUUAAAAAUACUUUUACACAAGUAAAAGUGAAACUUAGUGUCCCUGUUUGUAUCUAGUCUAUUACCUGUUAAAUAAUGACCAUAAAGUGCCACGUAUUUGGGGCCGAGGGGGGAGGAAAGUUCUCCAUUUUCAGCUCCUUGCUUAGUGUCCUGUAAUUGUCAUUCACAAAAAUUCUUAAAUCGUUCAGAAUUUCAGCCCUCGCUGCCAUAUAGUCACACUCGUGCACUAUAGAUAAUAUUAUAGUUGUCUUCUUGUACUUCCUGUAGGAAUAAAGUGUGAAAAUGACGUUAUGGCCAAUGCUGAGACUUCCCAUGCCCCAUGUGUCAUUGUCACUGGGUGUUUACGCAGCUGGCACUAUGAGAUUAAUCGGUUAUAGAAUGCAUUGUACCUGUUAUCAAUACCCGAGCAAAUACAUCGUAAUGUCUGCACCGUUUAUCAUCAGGACAGAGUCCACCCCCCAGGAGAGCCUGGAGCCUUAUUUCUGCCUGAAUACUGAGUUGUUUACACUGGGAUAGUCAGGACAUAGAUCAUUUGCCUGGUAGAGCUUGGUGGCUGUUUUAUUUUCAUCUGCCAAAUCCUCCACGCUAUGAAAUUUCCAGGUUUUCUACAACGGAAGAAUUCCUUUUUCUGCCGUCUUUGGAAACGGUGUUUGAAAGAGUUGUCUAACAAAGUUCCAGGUUUUCGGCUUUUUACUCGAAGUAUUACUUUUAAUGCUGUAAGCUAUGCAGGAGGUCAUUGAAGUGACUGUCAUUCCAAUAAGUGUUCAGAAUUCAUAUUUGGUUGCAUGUUCAACUUCGUAAUGGAAAAACCUGGAUGAUACGUCGGCAUCAUUUCAGAAUUUGGCAGGAUUAUUUGUUAGUGUGAUUUUCAGGUUUUAAACAUCGGCUGAAUUGGAAACCUUCUCCAAGUCAGGUGUGACUUCAGUUUAGUUAAUAACUGCUCUAGAUAGAAAGAUGUAUGUUCAUUUGUAAGACCAGCACCAAAUACUUUCUCAGAAUUCAAACAAUUAAAAAUUCUGCUAGAAAGUGCUACAUUCACACUUUAAGUAGUUAUGUUUACAGUUCAUGUUUUAUUGUUUUGUUUGGCCAUUUACCAGUGACUUAGAGUUAGUAUGAAACAAGUGAGAAACACCCUUUUGUCCAUCUCCAAUUUAACUGAAAUGUGAGGGGUUUUCCCCCCUUUUAUUUUGUGUGCCACUUGCUGUUUAGUGAAUAAGCUCCUUAGCUUGGUAAAAUAAAUUGGUAUGUUUGUUGCAAGAGAGAUUCAGUACUAGGCAACCCUUCAAAGCCUCACAUACAGUGCUUUGGGCAUAAACAGAGCACAUAUCCUGUUCAUUUCAGUCAUUCCGUGUCUUCUCUGAACAAUCUGUCUGGGAUUAGUUUUGUCUCUUUCUUUCUUUCUUUUUUUUUUUUUGUGAAAGAUUUCCAAAUUUCUGCUGCCAAAAUGAAUUAAGUGUGAAGUGUUUUAACUGCUUUUACGUGGAUGUGAAAGAAUGAACAAGAUUUAUUAGAACUGGUGCAGUUUGUAACGGUGUUAGAUUACUACUCUGUUCACUUUAUUUGUAAAAUCUGUUUUGAUUUUUUUUAAUUUAUUUUUUUUAUCAAGUUUAUUCUUGAAAGUGCUUUGUUAUCCACAAUGCUAGUCUGAGUAUUUGUUAUAGUUUAACUUAAAGGGACAUUAAGGGCAAUUUUAAUGCAUUGACCACAUAAAUACGUUGUUUUUAUUUAAAAAAAAAUUUUUUUGCAUUAAAUGUUAUUAGUUUUUGUGUGUAGGGGGGUAGGGGGUGGAGAAGCAGAAUGCUGCAACAUAAGACUGCCACUUUAGCCAUCCCUCUGAUUCCGUAGAAUUACUUCCAAACAAUGCCAGGGUUAGCGGUGCUUAGAACUCCGUCCUUAGUGAGCGGGACAAAAAGCAGUUACCCCAGGAUUUCAUCCCAACCUGCCACUCGGAGUUAAAAAUGUGUGGGGGAUAUCCUAUGUAUGAUCAGAUCACACUAACCUAAAAUGUAAACCGGGCAAAUUCAAAGAAGCUGCUGCGUCUGAAUGCAAGGUUCCAAAGCACUACAAGUAAACAAAUUAAGAAAAGAACUGUGCUAAGUAAUAGCUGAAUAAUGGCUAACAUACUUGUAUUUAUUAAAUGUUAAAGUGCAGAAUCAAUAUUAUAUCAUAAAAAUACAAGAAUAAUCAACUCACCGCGGCACUGAUAACAGAACAACGUCCAAAGGAACACCUUUAUUUAAAUGAAGUUCUAUCACAUAGGACGAGAGUACCACAAGCAGUGAAGACAGAAAAUUCUAAUCAAAAAGUGAAUGUAAUAUAUUAUCAAUAAAGGAUUGAUUAAAAGAGAUAGGUGUUAUGUUUAUAAAAUAAGUCACCUCCUCUGGGUAUAUUCCCUAAAGGUCAAUGUGACCACAAAAUAAAAACAUGAUAAAAUUCUAUGUAAACAAUACAUCAUACUGUUAAAUUAUUAAACUGGGUUAUAACAAACAUCAGUUAAGUAACACAAAACAUUAAUAAAUCAAUAACAUUACUAUUGGACAACGACGUUACAUAGGUCACUCUGCCUUAAUAGAUACCUCCUAGAUCGCAACUAUGCGAUAAAUUAGAUGGAAUAUAGUCGUCAAAUGAGAUUCUCAGUGUUGAUAUAGUCCUCUAGUGGACAUUGUAUCAAGUAGAUAUCUGCACUUGGAUUUGUCCGGUAAUAAAUUUAUACUUAAGUGGCUGGAUCAAUAUGGGGUGGUAUCACCUGUUGUAGUCUUCAAGUUGGGGCCUCUUACGAUGGUAAUCGGGACAUCAGAUAAAUGCAACCACUGAUUUUCACGUGUCUAUAGUGCAUUUGUGUGUCUUCUUUUAAUGCAGACUGAUUGGCUAUACUACAAGCUAGGCUUGUAAUAUGCAGCUUCAGACAGAGAAACCGACAUAAGUGUAAAGUAUCCACACAGGCUGCUUGACCUCCAACAGUUCAGCUCACACAGUGCUGUCCGCAACUGAGCUCUGUACGUACACUAAUAAGGAAGUAUUUUUCCAGAACAAGGGAAGUGGCUAAGGAGGCAGACUUUAAUUAUUAUUUUUUACUUUUUUCUCCACAAAAAACAAACAAAAACUUAAAAGAUUUGAUCAUAUAGAAAAUUACUACAUAUACUUGACCGCUUUAGUUUUCUUUUAAACAAAUUUUAAAAAUCUAUAUAUUUUUUUUAAUUAACUCCCUCCUCCCCACCCCCAUUUUGUUGAUCUACUGAUUUAUAUCUGUGAAGUAUAUUUUGUCGUAGAGAUCUAUUGCUUGUUUGAUACUUUAAAAAAAAAAAUUGCAGUAGUGUCAACGCAAUGCUGAUUUUGUUUACAUUCCCCCCCUCUCCCUCCCCAGACCAGUGUAUGUGUCUACUGUCAGACCACAAUCAAAGCAUAUUGUUGUUAUCAUGGACCACGGCGCUUCCAUCACUGAGACGCAGCUGCAGAUUGCACGGGACGCGUCGCAGGUUAUUUUAAACGCAAUCGACGAACAUGAUAAGGUAACCGUGCUCUCAAAUUGUUUUUAUAGAUUUAAACAGAUUAAAGGGGGACUUGUCAUUUGUCUAGACUUUACAUUAUAACUUGUGUCACCUGUUUUCACGCGGUGCUUCAUUCUCAUUUAAAUUAUAUUAAAGAUCUAUCAAUUAAUCCAGUUCAGUCCUGGCACAGGCAAGGCAGACAUUUAAAUUGGUGGAGGAGAAACAAAACAGUCCCCCCCUACACCCCCUCUGUGUUCUCCCAUGCUCUCCCUGUGCUGAUUGACAGGUAAACAAGUUCGAUACACUCCAUUCCAGGAUAGUGUGGUGUGGAUAUAUAGCCUUUGUUUUUGGUUCUACAAACACAUUAGUAAAAUUUAUGGGAUAAGUAAGCAUAAUAUUGUAAAAUCCUGAGCUGUGACAAUUCCCCUUUUCACAGAAUCUGUUGCAACUAAUUAAACUUGGAUGCAUUGAUGUAAUGCUUUCCCAAAUCAUUAGAAAAAGGAAAGUCAUAAAAAUGAGAUUAAGCUGGAAUUUAUUACCAGGGAGGAAGCAGAUCCUGUUCCCAUUGUUAGUUUGCAAAGGUUUAAACAAAACCAAACUUUAUUUGGCAACACUAAACCACUCAGCCGCACUGUGAUACAUAGAUGCUCUAACAACCUUUAUUAAACUUCAUUGCUUAAUUACAUUUAAAUCCACAGAGAAAAAAAAUCCUGGUCUGUUUCAGCUUGAAGCGAAACCAAAUUAUGUCUGUGUUCGCUUUAGGAUUAGUAGUGACAUAGAUAGGGACAGCUGGGAACGCUCCUGAUGUGCUUGGUUAUUGUAUAUGAUUCAGGAGUCUCUGGGUCACUAACCAAUUCUCCAGGCAGAUAGAGUAAUGUAGAUUUGCCUACUUUUAACCCACUUCCAUUCCAUCAAUCUUCAUUUUCGGGAGGCAUGGGUUGUUUUGUCCCUAUGAUUUACAUUAUUUAUUCGUUUUUGUUUCCCAUAUUUUUCGUGUUGGCAUCAUAAUUUUUGGUGCUGGUGCCACCCAUUUCCUGUCUACCCACCUGUGUUUCCAUACAACAUAUCUGAUAAAAUUACAAAGUAAUAAUCUCCCUGGUAUUGUCUAAACCUUAACUUGUUUGUCUGCACUUCAUUCCUAUAGAAUGUAAGCUUGUUUGAGCAGGGUCCUCUUCAACCUAUCGUUCCUGUACGUUUUCUUGUAAUUGUCCUAUUUAUAGUUAAAUCCUCCCCUCUUAUAAUAUAGUAAAGCGCUACGGAAUCUGUUGGCGCUAUAUAAAUGGCAAUAAUAAUAAUUAAAGCAUCUUAGCAAGUGGAUAUGUUGAUACUACAGGAUUCAAACAUUUUCCCCACUUGUUAAAGACACUUCAAUAAAAAAUCUAUUUGUAUUGAAAUGAAUUGGCAUUCAAACUGACUGGUGUGUUUUGUUCGUUUCCUUAGAUCUCUGUACUGACUGUGGCGGAUGUCGUAAGGACCUGCUCCCUCGACCAGUGUUACAAAUCUUUUUUGUCCCCUGCCACCAGUGAGACCAAACGAAAAAUGUCUAGCUUUGUUACUGGCAUCAAGUCAUCAGACAGCCCAACGCAACACGCCCUUGGUUUUCAAAAAGCAUUUCAGCUCAUCCGAAAUACAAACAAUAGUACAAAGGUCCAUGCAAGUAAGAAUUUUAUUAUUUUUAUUUUAGAAAUAAUUGGUGACAGGAAUAGUUGUCUGUGGGUGUGUUGUAAACUCCCCCAUUCUUGAACCAUUUGCCCACACCUUAUAAAACAUGGGCAAGGUGUCAUGAAGGAUAAAAGUGAGUUUGUCUAUAGUCUUAUUCUGUUCUGAGUUGACCUGCAUAGGGUGGGAAAGUUUGGAUUCCACCAAGGCUCAUCCAAGGGCCAUUUUUGUAAAAUUCCUUAUUUAUUCAAAUCUAAUGCGCCAUCGCAUCUAAUGCACAUUCCAUUUUUGAAAUCUGGAAGUCUAAAAAUGUUUUUGCGGGCGAAUGUAAUGCACGUUUGUACAAGAAAAUACUACUUUACAACAUAGAUUCAGUGACGCAUUAGAUUAGAGUAUUAAUUUGCCCGUGCGACAUUCACCGGGGCAAAGUUCAUACCAGAAUAAAGAUGCCAGGUACAGCUUUACUGAACACAGAAAUCAAGUUUUGUAUUCCUGUCGCAGCGAUGCAAAUUUCGCCCCCAAAGAAUGUGUCGAAUGUCCAUCAUAUUUAAUGCACCGUUCCCUACUCGAGUCUGAUGCGCCAUAGAAUCUAAUGUGCAUUCAUAGUUUGGAGACUUUAUUUUACCAAAAAAGGGGUGCAUUAGAGUUGAGUAAAUAUGUUAACUUGCACUUGACAGAAAAUCAGAGGGUUUCGAUAACAAAUAAGACCACGUGCCUAUGUGAACAGGUUUAGCAAGCAUCCUAGUAUACAAACCACAAUGGGACAGGUACAACACUAAUGAAUAUAUGUGCUCCAAUAGGCAUCUGUAAUGAAUCUGCCCUUUUUAAGAAAUGUAACCAGAGUUGUGGUCCUUUAUAUAAAAGGUUUAAUACUUUGUUCUAUGAAGUUACACAUACGGAUGAUUAAGUGGUACAUUCUCAUAUGACUAUCCAGUCAACCAGUGUACCUCAAGACCCAUUUCCCAAGCAGAAAUGUAGGUUAUUUCCUUUAAAUAUAAAAUAGAAGAAAGCGUAUUAUAUGUGGUGGAAAUGAAACCUUUUGCGCAUGACAUUUGAAAGCAUAGAGCCACAGCGGCAGCUCCAAGCAAGAGGCAUUUUUCAUGUUGAGAUAACUUUGUUAUUGUAACACCGCCCGUAUCCUUAAGAUUAUGUAUAGAGUGUGCAAAGUGAUACAGAGUUCUACAAUUUGAGCAGUUGCUACAGAAACCAUUGGAAUGUCUUUUGCCCCAAAGUGCAGAAGAUGUUCCAAAGCAGACAAGAAGACUCCGUUGUUCUGUGCUGUUUCUCUCUCUCUCUCUCUCUCUCUCUCUCUCUCUCAAUAUCCUGCAUCCACAGCCUGCAUUCUGGGCGUGUUGACAAAGUAUAUAUGUAACUGGAAAAUGUAGACUUUUUUUUUUUUACCCCUUAAGGACCAAACUUCUGGAAUAAAAGGGAAUCAUGACAUGUCACACGUCAUGUGUCCUUAAGGGGUUAAACCAUUCUUGCUUCAGACAUGUAAAAUCUAUAGAUUUUUGGCAGGAAGGCACCUUGACCGUGUUUUUUAAGAGAGUUGUAGUAUUGGGUAACCACAAAUUGAAUUUGAUCCUUCAUGCUCUGACUUGUUGGUUCAGAUGCUAAAGUAUGAAGUGUAAAAUUAUUUUUAGAAUGUUUUUUUUUUUUUUUUUUUAAUGGAAUAUGAAAAGCUUGUGUAAUAGUUGAUUUCUUUAUUGAAACAUUAUUUAUAAAGGAAACUUCUACAAUUCCAGAUUCUGCGUACUAUAACCUCACUUGGAACAACAGAGGCUAGAGGUGGCCUGGUUUUUAAUGCAUUAUAAAUAAAUAAGUUUUAAAGAAUGCAAUGUCUGCAUUUGGUGCAAAUCACCAAGCUUUGGAGGGAUUUUUGAUGGUCCCAUUUUGUAGGAGUCCAUGUUCAGACAUGUUAUUUGCCCCCCAGCACACAUCAACUAAUGUAAAUUUCUUAAAAUGUUGCCCACCAAAAUGGAAAGGAAAACUGAUGGCAUAACACACCUAGCUGGGAGGGCAGUGAAUAUUUUAUUCUGUUGUAAGGAGAUAUUUAAAGGGAAACUAUUGUGCCAGGAAAACAAACUCCGGUGCAGAAAGGGUUAAAAACACCUUCUGUUACUUAGAUGGGUCCAGCGCCAAUGUCCCUCGACUCUAGCUCAGGUCUUCCUUCUCUUCUCCCCCACCGACGUCAGCCGGCGGGAGAGACCUUAUGCGCAUGUGCUGCAAUGGCCACACUCGCAUUAGCAUUUUCCCCAUAGGAAAGCUUUAUUCAAUGCUUUCCUAUUGGGUUUUAGGUGACGCUGGACGUCCCCAUGCGUAGCUUGAGGACGUCCAGCAUCAGUCAACCAAAAGUCACCUAACAGACCAGAAGUUCCUCUGGUAGAUAGUCACUAGAUAUGGAGUUAACACUUAAAGGGAAUUAUUGCAGUUUCUUAACUGCAAUAAUUACCUGCUCAGUGUUAGGGAACCUGGGACACUGCACCCAGACCACUUCAAUGAGUUUUGGCAAGCUAAGAUUCUCUUUGUCCUAUUUAUACAGGACGUUAAGUAUAUUGUUUGUUUGUUUUUUAGAUACAGACAUAGUCAUUAUCUAUUUGUCAGCUGGAAUAACAUCGAGAGAUUCUGCCGAAAAUGAUAAAAAAUCGACCUUGCGUGUAAUACAUGAAGAAAACGUGUUGCUUAACAAUUCCGUGAUGAUUCUCACAUACGCCAUCAUGAACGGUAAGAGCAAUCGGUGUUUGUCUUGGUAACUAAGCACCAUGUCUAUUUCAUAUUUGAGCUCAUGUUAUGUUGCCUCACCUUGCCCCUGUUUACAGACUGAAUUGAAUUCUCACAGCAGACAAAACACUCCUUCAAACAUAUGAAUUUAAAUAUAACUGUUUAUUAAGAUUUUCUUUUUUGGGUCAUAUCUUGUGCUUGUUAGCUCUUGUUAAGAGUUUCAUUUUGACACUUGCAUUAUGUCAUGGAAUCCUGGGAAGAUCAGUGCAGUGUGCGUGCUCUGGCUGUACAUGGGUAGCUCUGGGGAUCCUGAGUGGUUAUUCAAAAAUAUAUAGGAAUUAUUUGUAAAAUGUAUUUUCUAACUUGGCUCUACCUAGAUGUUGACGCUGAGUCAUGAUUUGAUAAUAGUAAUUGCAUUUGCUAAUUUGGGACAAACUGAUUGAUGAUGCCGAGAUCUGUCAGAUCUGCCCACAGUAAGUUGGUUACUGUAACAGUACUGCCUAGCUACUAUAGAUAAUUCUGACUUGGGAGAGACUAAUGCUGUGUAGUUAGCUUUGUUCUAUAUUACAUUACGGUUGAGGAAACGGUGGCUUAUCCCAUGUACGUAGUUUGUGGCCAUGUCAAAUAUGUUUUGAAAAGUUCUACAAGUCAUACUUUUUCUAUUGGACCUUUUUUUUUUUUUUUUAUCAAGAGGGUGUGACUGGUUUGAAAGAGCUGGCGUUUCUCCGAGACCUGGCAGAACAAAAUGCUGCAAAAUAUGGGCUGUACGAUCGGACUGGGCUCCAAGUCACCAAAGGCAGCAUGAUGGUAUUAAAUCAGCUCAGCAACCUGGAGACCACGGUGGGAAGGUUCUACACUAACCUCCCAAAUCGAAUGAUCGAUGAAGCUGUGUUUAGUCUUCCGUUUUCAGAUGAGAUGGGAGAUGGUAAGUGUCAAAACCACAAACAACAUUUUGUCAUCUUUUUAGUCCUGAUUUGGCGCUGUGCGCUUUUGCAUGUUUAUGUAUGGAAUAUGAAACCGUGUCAUCAGGUGACUAUACAUCGGCCCAACUUCUGUUAGCUUUCAUAGAAGCUACAUUCUCCUGCCUUUCCAUUUAAUGAAACUACUGCAGAAUGCUGAACAACAUAUUCCUAAAACCCUUUAUUCUGCAUUCUUCUAAUGAAACCAAUUGCGGGACCAGCACUGACCGAGAAUUUUCAGCCACUUUCUUGGUGGACGUUGGCUACAAACAAUCUAAAUCUCCAUAACGCAUUAAAUAGAGGGAUGGACACCACAACCUAAUGCCCUUUUAUCGUGCGAAGGAGGGUUACCUGCUGGCUGGGACAAGUAGACUUUUUAUUUUGCAAUUUGAAAAUUAACAUCUUUUUCCUUUGUUUUAGGAUUGAUAAUGACUGUCAGUAAGCCGUGCUACUUCGGAAACCUUCUGCUGGGGAUUGUGGGUGUUGACGUCAAUCUCGCUUAUAUCCUUGAAGAUGUAACCUAUUACCAGGACUCCUUGGCGUCAUACACAUUUCUCAUCGAUAACAAAGGUAUCUUUGUGACUAUCCAGUUGGAAAUGUUUUCACCGAGUUAUUAGUGGCUGGAAAUGCUGCAAGGAAGCCGUCACAAUAAUCACUUUUUCCCCACCUAGGAUUUUUUUUGCCUUGUCCCUUAGUCUACGUGUUACAAUAAACAAUGCAAAGUACACAUUCCCAGCCUGCUCUGAAACCUGUCUUGUCACUAUGCUGGCUGGCUAGAUGGCAAUCGGGAUAAUUGUUUUUAAGUGCUUUCAAAAGAUUGUGAUAGCCGAGGGAUUAACCUGUUAGUCAAACAGUAUUAUUGCCGUAAUGCCCAGAUAAUUGGCAGCCGCUUUGGGUUGUUUUAUAACCUCUGCAUGUAAGUAAAUAGUCCCUGCAAGUUCCAUUAAAAGAUAAGCUGCACUCAUAUUAUCGUACACAGCACCCUCUAGUGGUUUAUAUUUUCUUUUAUCUCCAUGUUCGGAAUAAACUGCAUAUGGCUACAGACUCUUAAUUGAGCUCAAUAACCCUAUGGAGGUGAUAACUCUAAUUUCACUGGUUCACACAACUUGCACAGGGUAAAGCCAUCUCAAACUUUUUUUCUCUCUCAUGUAAUACUUUGUUUUUUUCAUGUAUGUUGCAAAUGUAACAUUUGGCAACGCAAUCCAGUUCAGCCAGAACAUACAUUGUAUUUGACGAACAGUAACCGUAACAUUAAUUUCAUAGGCUUUAACUCAUACCUCUCGAGUUUGUCUCAUAGGUGUAUAGGUUUAUCCUCUCAAAGAACACAAACAAAACACACGACCUCAUUUCAGCAAAGAUGCCUUUGUUAUGGUUUACUCAGGAAUGGCUACACCCCAUUAGUGUUACUAAAAAAAAAAUGUAUUUAACGCUUAAUGCAAGUGUGUUCGCACGGGAACGCUAUCCCUUCUUCCAAAUCUAUAACAUUUGACAUUUACGGUCUUUUAGGAGCACUGGAAACAAUUCUGCUAUUCACAUAUUAUACAUUAUACAUCAAUGAUACUCAUCCCACAAGCAGUAUAUGGAGAAAGCUACUUAAUACAUUGUACCCAAAGGUUUAUCUAGUCUGUUUAUUUAUAAUACUUUAUUUACCUGCUGGAGUGCUCAGAAAUAGUGUUUUGUUUUUGAUUUCGGGAUAUGGUGUUUUAUUUUAUCAAGUCUGUCCCCAUCCUGAUAUUUUACUGCAGAAUUACGUUGCGAUACAAUUUAUUCUCUAGUCUGUGAAUUAUGGUUUGAAAACGGAAUUUAGAGUAAGGCUGAUUGUUCCAACUCUACAGUAGCCGCAGGUGGGCUUGUUCUGCCUAGGCCUUGGCUUUUGAGUUUAUUUAGAGCCCUGCCUGUAAUUGUUUUAUGAAAGUGAUCCUUAGAUAUGCUUAGAAUUCUAUGCAUUUAGCCCAACAGUCAAAUAUACAUAUAUUUUAUUUUUCAUUAAUUGGAUUUUUCUUUUAACAUUUUAAAGAUGAAGCACCCCUUUCGCUCCCCCCCGCCGCCACAUUAAAAUAUAGUAGCAGUUUGUCAGUUUAAGUGCGUUUCAGUUUAUUGAUUGAGAUCAAAUGUCUUCUCUCCCAAGGUUACACGUUAAUGCACCCAUCGCUGACAAGGCCGUAUUUGCUUGCAGAACCUCCGCUGCACACAGACAUCAUUCACUAUGAAAAUAUUCCAAAGUUUUAUCUUGUUCGGCAGAAUAUUCUCAGGUGAGAGAAAGGCACAUAAUACCACUCCCCCAAAAAACUGAGGAAAUUCCCUUUACAGUUCUAUCUGUGAGAAUGUGCUCUAAUUUUCUGUCUGGAACUAAAAAAAGAAUUAACUUUUAUAAUGUGAAUUAAUCCUUUUAAGAUUUGCAUUUAGUAACCCAUUGCUCUCUGUGUCUAGUCUCCCACUGGGUAGUCAGAUCAUUUCUGUGCCUGUGAAUUCCUCUCUGUCCUGGCACGUCAACAAACUGCGAGAUCCGGCACGGGAUGCAUAUAAUGUCAGCUAUGCGUGGAAGAUGGUAAGAGGGGUGAUCUAUAAUUAGUUAUGUUUCAGGGAGCAGUGCAUUGACACAUAUCGGACUCCUUUAUACUCUUGGGCUAAUCUAUAUGGAGUCCUGUAAUUUGAUAAAGCAGCGUUAUGUCAUUUUAUCCAUGAUUAAUUCUCUUAUUGCCAGAGGGCUGUGCUACUCAUCACCUUUUGGCACUGGACAGGUUUGGAAGGCCUUUCUUAUCAAAUAGAAAGCAUCUGUCUAUAUUCUAAUUCUAACCUUGGUAUAAAAUCAGUAAAUCACAUAUGAGAAGCUUUUCCAAUAUGAAUAUAUUGUUUUCCCAGUAAUAAGAAGUAAGGGGUUUCCAAAGAAAAUACCCCUGUUCCUGUAACCCAAAGCAGCGUUUUGAGUGAUCCAUGGAUUUGUCAUAUACAUUAUUAAUGUCUGUUUAAAAUUAUUCAUUUGUUGACCUAAAAGGCCAGAAAAUGUUCUAGAGCCCCCCUAUGUAUGUCCAUAGUUUUAUGAAAUUAUAGUAAAAGUUAUUAAUUAUCAAUAUAUUUUCUGAUGGGGCUCAGCAGAAUAUCUGGCAUUCACAAUCAACUAUUGGCAUAAUUUUUAUGUUGGGAAGGAGGAGAAUUAAUCAACAUUAAUUAUCAAUCCUUGGGUGAAUUGAAAUAAUUGUUGAUGUAGAUUUUUUUGUCUUUCCAAAAUGUUUACUUUGUUGUCUUGUUUCUCUCCCCAGGUUCAGGACACCUCGUUCAUUUUGUGCAUUGUGGUCAUACAGCCGGAAAUCCCAGUUAAACAACUGAAAAACUUGAACACUGUGCCCAGCAGCAAGUUAUUGUAUCACCGGCUUGAUCUCCUUGGCCAGCCCAAGGCAUGCCUUCACUUUAAACAGCUGGCCACCCUGGGUAAGGCUACAGGUAACUGUGUUUGUGUUCAUGAAAUCUCCGGUUCCAGCUGAAAGUCUGACCAGUUUGUAUCCUCUUUCAGAGAGUCCCACUGUCAUGUUGGCAGCAGGAAGCUUCUCUUCUCCUUACGAGCAUCUGAGUCAGCCGGAGACCAAGAGGAUGGUGGAGCACUACACCGCAUAUCUCAGUGAUAACACGCGUCUCAUAGCCAAUCCUGGGCUCAAGGUAACUCAGAAGGCAAAAUCGUUUGAUAUGCAUUCAAAGCACAAGUAAAUGAACGUACUGUACACAUGGGUAUUUAUUCAUUUUUUUGUAUUGUAUUAAAAUGAACCAGUAGCCACAUUCUGUGGGGUCUGCUCCCCCGCCACGAUCUCAUUAUAGAGGUGGGUGUAACUCUUCUCAAACACCCACCUCCAGUCUGUCCGUGCUCCUCUUCUGCCAGUCACUGAUUUGUCCUGCAUGGGGACACUUCCCCAUGAAGUGCAAACCUCAGUGACGCCAGCACGCUGGCAUCAUCGCCAUCAUGACGGCGUCUGAACGGAGUGACGUCACCUCACUCCAAAACUGCUAUUAUUAUAUAUAGAUGGAAUUUAUUGAUGGAAUUUAUUGCUUGCACUACUGUGUCACUUUGUAGUGAGUCUUGGGUAUGGAUCAAUGUCUCUAUGUCCCUACUGUGCCACCUCUGCUGCCUAGCUGUGACUGUAUUUAAUCAGAAGCAGAUGAUUAAUUUGUUACAUGUAGACGUGUAUUCUAAUAAUAGAAUUAAUUCUUCAACAGGAGGGUUGCCUUCAAAUUUUUAGAACAUAGUAUUCGUGUAUAAAUGUUCUAGUUUGGAAGGUUGUGCAGCCAACCUAUAACCCAUGAGCAGAGCAAAGAUUCAUCCUCCUAUUGGCUGAACACAGUUCUUGAAUUAAUAGCUUUUGUAAUGUUCCAUGACAACCAUUCUGUGACGUGUACAGACUGAUUACAUACACUGCUGAUAGGCUACUAACUCUAUAAAGUGGGAAUUGUCAUGGUGAAUUUAAGAUUUUAGGUCAAAUUAGCGGAAAUAAAAACAUAGCAGAUUUUUGAUCAUUUUUCCACUUUUAUGGCCUAAAUUGUAAAAUGAACACAUUUUAAAUAAAUAUCCGCGUGAGUGUGAGGAGUUUUAUGACGUGUUUACUGACUUUAUACAUCACUGUAACUUUGUAUACAGAGUAUAUCAGUGCUUUCUGUGUCUUUGCUGUGUGUGUGUUUUAUGAUGCUUAAUCUUACAGCUAAGGUAAAUUUAAUGUAUUUCUUAGUUCAUUCAAUGGAAAGACUACAAUUAGAUAGAUAUGUUUACUAAAUGGUUACUUGCAGAUCAUUCUGCGUUUUGGUAAAAUUAGAUUUUGCUUUUUUACUUAAUUUUUUUUCUCACCAACUCUAUUCUGCCUUGAAAUUUGCCUGUAGAUUUAAUGCCCGCUCCUAGGUUUUUGCCAAACGUGCAUUUCGAGAUUCAGAGGGGUAUUUAAAAGAUGCGAUUGCUUUUUGCAUUCUGUCUGCGAUCUCUGGAGAGAAAACCCGGUGAUGGCUUAAAUCCCUUUUUAUGUGAGUCUUAAAGGAACCCUGGCAUGAUCCUUUUUGUCUUUCAGUUCUCUGUCAGGAAUGAAGUCAUGGCUACCAGUCACGUCACAGAUGAAUGGAUGACACAAAUGGAAAUGAGUAGCCUGAGCAGCUACAUUGUCCGGCGUUACAUAGCAACACCCAAUGGGGUGCUUCGGAUUUACCCCGGCUCUCUCAUGGACAAAGCAUUUGAUCCCACUAGAAGACAAUGGUAAGUUUCAGAGAUUCUUUAUGCGUCCAUUAUUUUGCCAGGAUAGAACACAGAUUGGAAUCUGCAGCUUAAAGGAAUUUAUUUUGUGCAAAAUUACAUUAUUGAUGACAGGUCUGUUUGUUUCAGCAACCUGCUAGUUUCAUAAACAUGCUAACAGGUUAAACAACCUGUUAACAUUUACAAUACCAGAGAGGUGAACUUCAUUAGUAUUGGAACACUUCCUUCUGGUACUCAAUGGGUGUCAUGUGGUUUUCGUAGCAGCCUUAAAGUGGCACUGUCCCUGAAACAUUCUUUGCAUAACUCACAACAAAACCGUAUUCCCAACAGAUUAAUAGUUCCAUCAAGCAAAUUUAAAGUAAGUUUAGCUCUACUUACCAGGUGAUACUAGACAGAUGUCAACUUCGGAGGUGGACAUGUUGGUAUUGUCACAUUUUCCAAACACUCAGGAACAGUUGUAGGUAAAAAACAAAACACAAGGCAUCAGAUAUCUGGGGCCGCUGUGUGUGUGUGUGUGUGUGUGUAUAUAUAUAUAUAUAUAUAUAUAUAUAUAUAUAUAUAUAUGUAUUUUUAAUGAUAUCACUGAUUUCCAAGAGAAUCCCUGUGUUUUCGUUGAUAAUGCUUGUUAUUGAAUUGACUUUUGAUUUCUGUCCAGGUAUCUACACGCUUUGGCCAACCCAGGCCUAAUCACUUUCACUGGGCCCUAUUUGGAUGUCGGAGGAGCAGGCUAUGUGGUGACGAUAAGCCACACUAUUCAUUCCUCCAGGUAAUUGGCCAUAAAGUUGGGAGUUAGCAUAGUUAGUGUAUAGUCCCCUACACAGUCAUUCUGUGUGUGUGAGCGCUAAUAGCACAAUGUGGCUAUUAUCACCUUAAAAGAACACUCCAAACUCUACAGCUUGUCUUAAAAAGGUUUGAUUUCUUACCUGGGUCACCUGGCAUUGGUUCCUUCCUUCAAUACAGAUAAUGGAAAGCCAGAAGUUUAUAACCAAGAGCUUCCGUUAACUCCAUUGUCAGUGGAGACAGGGAGUGAUGGCCAGCUGGCCCCUGGAAAGUAUUCAAGCCGCUCUAAAACUGCUUCACUAUUUACAGUAAGAUGCGUCAGGGCUGUCCUUGCCCUAUAUAACCUUUACAGUUGCAAUGGUUAUGGCGGUUGGAGUGUUCCUUUAAGACACAUGCUCAAUAGGCCAUGCACAGUGUUCCAGUGCAGUGGUAUUAUGGAGAUAUUGUGAGAGGGGCAGCAGAAAUCUCUAUAGACCGAUGUGAAACUGUGGUAUAGGGAGUGUUAAGAGGCAGAGAAGAAAAGACUCUGUUACAGAGCCAAGGCAAAAAAAAUGGAUGUGGGGAAAAGUUUGCUGUGAAAGGAAAAAUAUUUGGUUGAAGGAGAAUAGAAGGGGGAGAGGUAAAAUUAUUGGGAUGUAAGUGACUAACGGUGGAGAAAGUGUUGUAGGGAAUGAAUUAGCAUUGACAUCAGUCAGUACCUUGUGUCUGAUUCACUGUCUAGAAUAGAAACACUGAUUAUCCCCAGGAGUGCUUCAAUAACUCUUGUUUUUCCAGUUCUCUCGUCUCUUCUGGUCACACUGUCGCUGUGAUGGGCAUGGACUUUACCCUGCGCUACUUUUACAAAGUGCUCAUAGACCUUCUCCCAAUUUGCAAUCAAGAUGGAGGCAAUAAGUUACGGUAAGUGUUCUCUGAUGUGAACAAGAUUUUUCCCCUGGUUUUACCAGAGAACAUUAGUUCAACACCGCUCCUCCUCCCCUGACGUCUAGUACCUAAUAUGCAAGCACAGCGAGAUCUGGGAUCGUACUAGGACUUCCCAAUAGGAUAGCAUUAAAUCAAUGCUUUCCUAUUGGGGGUUUUAGCUGACGUUGGAUUUCAUCAUGCAGAGCGUGAGGACCUACAGCGUCAGGUGACCAAAAGUCACCUAAAUACCUGGAAGUGCCUCUAGUGGCUGUCUGGUAGUUAACCCUGCAAUGUAAUUACUGCAGUAAUUACAAUUGAAGGGUUGAAGGGACAGGAGCACUGCACCCAUACCACGUCAAUGAGUUGAAGUGGUCUGGGUGCCUAUGGUGUCCCUUUAAAUUCCUUAUUAAGUGGUUGACUUUAAAUUGACUUUAUUCAGCCAACACUUGUCAGUCGGUCUGUCAGACCAGUAAUGGAGGAAUUUUUACCACAAGAUGAAGGUUCAAGGCAUGGCGCCAUGAUGUGUUUAUUAGAUGUGUUCAGCACUUCCAUAGAAAGCAUGUAAGCAUCAGAUAUGGAUGAGUCACUAUCUAGUUUGGUGAGAGCUCUCUGCACAAGCAACAUAUAUCUCUGGGGAUUAGCAUCAAAUGCAGGAACUUCAAACAACAAUAUCUCUAAUGUUUUAUUUUUUUAUCAUUUUUUUUUUGUUUGUUUUAGUUUUUUCAGAUUUUUUUUCAGUGUGUUAUUGAUAAAAGGCAUUAAAGGCUAGGGCCAGCUCUAGCCUUAAAAACCAAAUAUCCUGGAAAAUUUUACAUUACCAACAUUAACCGGUUUCAAAUACACAUUAAAAAUAAAAUACAGCACUUUGUAUUGUAACCUACCGUGCGCCAUGUCCUUUGACUGUCUCUCAGAUAGUGGUUUGGUACAGAGUAAGAAUUCCCUCAGUCUGUUUUUUUAGGAGAUUUUCCCCUUUGGCCUGAUGAUAUAGUGCGUUCUUUGCCUGGUGUCCUUAUAACAUAGCACAGAGUUAGUCAUCCAUGAAUACAAUCCUAUUAGGAAGAAAGUCAUGAGCAGCUUCAAAUGGUGUUCAUUUUGUCUAUGUUGCAAAAACAGUUUUGUAACCAGCACGCAAUCUUUCAUCAGGUGCUUCAUCAUGGAAGACAGAGGUUACCUUGUCGCUCACCCGAAAGGACACACAACGGUGGAACAGCAACACAUUACUCACAAGGUCUGUCCCACCUUCCCUGCCAGGUGUCCACCUUGACAAGACGCUCCUGCUGGAUGUGGACUGAUUUUCUUUUUUGAUUUUUUUUUUCCUGAUCUUGUUUGUUAUAGGAACCUGUGGUGGCCAACGAUAUCUUGAAUCACCCCAACUUUGUGAAGAAGAAUCUCUGCAAUAGUUUCAGUGACAGAACUGUCCAGAGAUUCUAUAAAUUUAAUACGAGCCUUGUGGUGAGUGCCUCCAUGCUAAGUGCAAUAAUUAUAUUGGGAGGAAAUCUAAUGUUUGUUACAAGUAAUUGUUCAGAUUUAAAAAAUGUAUCUGUGUAAAUAAAUGUAUAGGAACAGAUUUGCUUUUUAAUUUUUUUUAACAUUCUUUAUAGUUGACACAUGCAAUACAGUUCACCUUCUUUACCUGAUGCAAAGAGACACAGAAGCCCCAGAGCUUAUGAUAUGAACUGUUUCUAUUAGAUGAGAUAGGGGACAAUGUUAUGUUAAAUGCGUACUUCGGGCACCAUAACUUCAUCCCAGUGAAGUCGUUUUGGUGUCAGGAGAUCCUGGAGCCAUCUUACCUUAAUGGGCUUAAUCCAUUAGUAAAUAAUUUAACCCAAACAUAUGGUUUAGUCUCAUGAGGUGGGAUGGUGCCUAGGGACCACCUGACACUAUAACAAUUUCAUUGCGCUGACAUUGUUAUAGUGCCCAGAAUAGUCCUUUCAGUGUUUACAAAUUGGUAUUAUAUUGACUGAUUUCUUUGUUUUGUUUAUUCACUAGGGAGACUUGACCAAUCUUCACGGCAGCCACUAUUCCAAAUACAGACUGACACGAAUCCCUGGAACCAAUGCGUUUGUUGGAAUUGUCAAUGAAACCUCAGAGCCUUUUACUUUUUGUGCAUGCAGCAUGGUAGACCGACUCUGUCUUAACUGCCACAGGUAUUUCGUGAUGUCAGGUUAACCCAAAUUAAUCUUCCAGGAUCAUUGUUAAAUGGCUCAAAUUAGUAUUAAUUAUUUUAUAUCUAUUUAUUUGUGGGAGAUGGUAAAUUAACUUUAAUCUUUUGAGCAUCUUAGAAAUUGCUGUGUGGACCGAUUCAUUCAAAGCCAAAUUUAGGUCCUUGGCUGCAAAAUCCCACCAGAGAACACCAGCUAAGAUAACUCCAAAUCACUCUCCAGUCUGUUAAUGUAUUUAAUGAGAUGAUGAAGACUCAUCUUGUACAGAUUAACUGAAGCCUGUUUGCAAUGUUGUUCAUACUUUCCCCAACACAUGGACAAGCUGAAAGUAUAACUUCCUUCAAGGAAGCCAAUCACUGCUUUCUGAUUCUGGUUUAAUUGUAGCCCAUGAACCCUGAAUGAGUUACUUUUCACACCGUUUGUUCAAUUUUGGCAUUUUAGUUUAUCCAAUAUAUUUGCAGCCUAAACUGAAACCUCUGCUCAUGUUCACAGGCCACACAGACAUAAUAAAAAAAAAAUAUAUAUAUAGUCCUGAUGAAAGUCUGUGAGUAACAGACUGAAACGUCGAUUUAUUUGUAAAGUUAAUUAAAAGUAAAAUUUUAUACUUUUUCUAAGUCCUGGGAGUGCUAUCUGGACCAUCUAUUGUUGUGUGUGUGUGUGUGUAUGUAUAUAUAUAUAUCUAUAUAUCUAUAUAUAUAUAUAUAUAUCUUGUGAUAUUCCCGAGCUUAUGAACUGGUAUCAAAGAUUGCUGCAAUAAGUAAACCACUCAGUAAAAUGGUUGUCACUGCGACUGACUAGUUCAUAGUCACUGCCCCUUUAACUACAGAUUAUUAUACACAGUGCAGGACUGCACUGGGCACCUGCACAAUGCAUGAAGAUAUAUUAUGCUACAUCAUAAGUCCUUAAAAAGUUUAUGUAUUCUUUCUCAACUAAGCAAUGGUUCUUUUGUACAAUGUUUAAAACAAACCGUAGAUUAAAAAUGAAAAUUCUUUCAGUUAUUGUUUUAGGACAAGCGAUCUCCUUUGUUUUGCAAUAAUUAUUUAAUUAAUUCGUUAAGUUGUAAUAAAACUAUGACAUAAAGUAGAAGGCGCUGAUGUAUGUGCCUUUUCCAUAGAGAUAAUAAUAAUAAAAAAAUUUAAAAAAUCCUAAAUAAAAAAAAAAAACGUAUUGUCUUUAUACUAAACACAACUUGUGGCUUGCUCAAAAUAUUGUGACCUGACGCAUGAAUCCCUGUUUUUAGGAUGGAGCAAAAGGAAUGUGAAUGUCCGUGUGAGUGCCCUCUAGAGGUGAAUGAGUGCACUGGCAAUCUAACAAACACUGAAAGCAGGUAAGCGAAAAUUGAUCAUAUAUGGUAGUUUGUUUCCAAAUUUAGGAAUUGAUAUGUAUAUUAAAAUAACAGCUUAGUUAUCAUGGGAAUGUGAUUAUUUUAGUCGCCCUUCCAGCCCCUUUUUUAAAAAAUUUUUUUUCUUAUCCCAGUGAAUCAGUCUCCUAGUACGCUACACUGUCUACUGCUAUUUCUUCGGUUCUAUACGCAGUGUCUGCGAUUCCUAUCCCCACUUAUUUUAUCGAUCUGACAAUAUUGGACCUGGUAUUGUGGGUCCAGGCGUCCACAAACAAUAGAAAAACUGGGGAUGUUUAAAUGUUUGCUUCGAUUCUCAAACGGUCCUUUUUUUUGGUAUUUGCGUAGAAUAGUGAAAUUGUUCUUUGUGUCCCCAGUUAUGACUGUUUUAUUUUCUUUGUUGAAAGGCUUGAGGAUUUGUUUUGUGGUCUCUAAAAAAUAAAUAUAUUCUUUCUUUGUACAGGAACCCCAGUUGUGAGGUUCACCAGGAGCCUAUGACCUUUACAGUGCUGGACCCCAACUUACAAGAUGCUCUUUCCCAAUGUUUCAACACCGGCUGCAGCGAGAAGACGGAAAGCAGGUAUUAUCCUAGGUUAUAUUUCCAAAAAGUUACGCAUGCAUUCAUCGUACGUACCACUGAUCUCCUUAGACCUAUGGUUAAGACAGAUACUAAGGUGAUAUAACUGGAGUUAUAUAUGGACAGCUAUUCUGGUGUAAAGAUCUAAAUGUGCAGAAAUUUUAAGGAACUGUCGCUUGGUUUCCAUGGAGACUGGUUCACAUUUAGAACAUUGCCCUGAAUGACUCCAUAUCGAUAUAGCAUCAGUGCUUAUACACUAUGCUGCAUACGCGCAUUAGAGCUCUCCAUAGGAAAGCAUUGAAAAUGCUUUUCAAUGCUUUCCUAUGAGGAAUUGAGCGACGCUGGAGGUCCUCACACAGCGUGAGGACGUCAAACGACGCUCUAGCACAGAAAACCUUUGCUAUAGACACUGAAGUGCCCUCUAGUGGCUGUCUAGUAGACAGCCACUAGAGGAGAAGUUAACCCUGCAAGGUAAUUAUUGCAGUUUAUAAAAAACUGCAAUAAUUACACUUGCAGGGUUAAGGGUAUUGGGAUUUGGCACCCAGACCACUCCAAUGGGCAAAAGUGGUCUGGGUGCCUGAAGUGUCCCUUUAAUGAGCAGUACCGGUCACUGGAUUUGAAAACCUGGAAUUUGGGGAUCCAGCCAAGAUUAGUUCUCAAGUAUGAUUUUAAUAUCAGGGGUUUCUACUGUAUAUUCAUUGAUCAAAAAAAAGAAAACAAAAUCUGAUUCCUUUAUUGCAGUUUUAUUUGCAGAAUAUAAUUCACUAAGUUGCUUUUAAAAUGUACAGACUACAUUAUAUUUAAUAUUGAAAAUGUUAUUAUACACUAUAGGAUCCUAUGAUCCCAGUUUGCAUCAUACUUAAUAGUCAAAAAGACUUGCCAGAAAAUGUCAAGUUUAUAUUAUUUCUGUUCCGUAUAUUUCAGGCAAUUUUGUUUUGUUAUUUUACCAUUUAUAGCUGAAAUGAAGUUUGCCCCCUUUGUGUGUAUUAAUAUGAGUUAUCAUGUGUCCAUGUUGCUAACACUGUUCCAUAUGCUUUGUGUCAGAAUAUAAUGUCUGUAUUCUUUGUAAUAGGUAUUGUUUUGGCCUUCUGGACUGUGAGUGGUGUAUGGAGGACAGCGAUGGCAAAACAAAAAACGCAGUAGCUCCAUACUGUGCUCUACAAAAAGAAUGUUUUGGGGGCGUCGUAGGAGCAAAAAGCCCCUAUGCAGAUGAUUUGAGUUCAAUAGGUAAUUUAAGAUAUUUUUUUAUAAAAUGCUAUGGUUCCUGUCAGCUGCUUUUUUUUUUUUUUUAAUGUACAGUAUCCUAAAGUAUACAAUAUGUGAGAUGUUUAAAUGACUGAUUCAUAUUAUUCUGGAUAACAACUUUAUUUAAAAAAAAAAUAAUAUAGUUGACAAAAGGGCAUUCUGGGACACUUGUCCUAAAUGUGAAAGAGUUAACAACAUUAGAUUGGUUUCCACGGUAACUGCUCCACAUUCAGAAUAUGGCCCGCUGUCUUAUAUUCUGAAAAGCAGCACAGUUGUUAGUUGAGUUUGGUUCCAUUUUAGAUGUGUACAUAUCAGUAGUCACUGGCCGGUAUCUGUCUAAUUGUUAAUCAGCUUAACCCCUUCCCGACUGCGGAUGUGCAGGGUACGUCCCCAAAAAAAUGACCGUGGACGUCCUCUGCUAAAAUGACCCCGGGUACUCACCUGGACUGGCGAUCACGGCAGUCCCCCAGACACCUAAAAGUGUAAAAAAUAAAUAAAAUAUAUAUAUAUAUAUAUAUAUAUAAUCACAUUAUAAGUGUAUUUUGAGAUAUAUGUGUAUAUAUCUCAAAGUACGCUUAUUAUGAAAUAAAUUAAGAAUUUUAUAAUAUUAUACAUAUAUAAUGCAUAUAUAUGAUUUCAUAAUAAGCGUACUUUGAGAUAUAUACACAUACAUCUCAAAAUACACUUAUAAUGUGAUCAUAUAUAUUAUACAUAUAGGAAAUAAAAACGUGUGUGUGUGUGUGUGUGUAUAUAUAUAACACACACAGAGGUAUUAUAUGCACAGGUAAUGUGUGUGUGUGUGUGUAUAAUAUAUGUAAUAUAUAUAUAUGUAUAUUAUACACACACUCUGCAUUCUAUAUGUAAAGUAAUGUCUCACAAGUACAACAGUACCCCUCAAGUAUAGGUUUUACAGGGUCAAACAUAAGAUUUGCCAAUUUCUAUUUUUGUAAAUUGCUAUUUGCCAGAUUGGCUCUGUUGCCUCGGAGACUGUAUGUCAGGCCAGAAAUGAAAAUAAACCCCACCAUGACUUACCAUUUGAAAAAGCAGACAACCCAGUGUAUUCAAAGUGGGGUAUGUCCAGUCUUUUGUAGUAGCCACUUAGUAUCAAACACUGGCCAUAGUGUAGCAUUUAUAUUUGUUUGUGUGUAAAAAUGCAAAAACGAAUAUGAAUGCUAGCUUUGGCCAGUGUUUGUGACUAAGUGGCUUCUAGAAAAAACUUGACAUAUAUCCUAUUUUCAAUACCUUGGGUUGUCUACAUUUGCAAAUGGUUUACCAUCAUGGGGGUAAUUCUUAUUCCUGGGCUACCACGCGGUCUCAAAGGCAACAUAACCAAUUUGGCAAAUUUCAAUUAAAAAAUGAAAUGGGCAAGCCUUAUAUUUGAGCCUGUAACUUUCAAAACUACUAUAAAACUAGUACAUGGGGGUACUGUUAUACUCUGGAAACUUUGCUGAACACAAAUAUGAGGGUUUCAAAACAGUAAAAUGUAUCACAACAAUGAUAUUGUAAGUGAAAGUGACGUUUGUGUGUAAGAAACGCAAAAAACUCAACUUUCACUGACAUCUAUGUGAUAUGUUUUAUGGUUUUAAAACACUAAUAUUUGUACUGCUUUUAUAGUGUUUUUGAAAAUUACAGGGUCAAAUAUAAGGCUUGCCCAUUUCAGUUUUUUCAAUGAAAUAUAUUGCCUUUGAGACCAUAUGGUAGCCCAGGAAUAAGAAUUACCCCCAUGAUGGCAUACCAUUUGCAAAAGUAGACAACCCGAGGUAUUGCAAAUAGGGUAUGUCCAGUUUUUUCUAGUAGCCACUUAGUCACAAACACUGGCCAAAGUUAGCUUCAUAUUUGUUUUUUUGCACUUUUACACACACACACCUAUAUAAAUGCUACACUAUGGCCAGUGUUUGUGACCAAAUUGCUACUUCAAAAGACUGGACAUACCCCCUUUGAAUACCCUGGGCCUUUAUAUGUGUGGUUACAGUAAAUGAGUAAGAGGAAAAUUACAGCUAAACGCAAACACCGCAGAAAUGUAAAAACAGCCCUGGUCCCAAACUGUAUGAAAAUUGAAAAAUGGUCUGGUCACUAAGGGGUUCAUGUCUUUUCAUUCCAAGUCCGCAUUUGAAUGAACACAGCUUGCCUAAGGAUCAUGGAAGUGGAGCAUUUCAGCAACGUGUCUGAUGGCUUUCUCACAAAUAACAUUUCAUUUUAAUAGGGGAUGAAGUCAUCACUUUGAACAUGAUUAAAAGUGCCCCUGUUGGACCGGUGGCUGGAGGAAUAAUGGGCUGUAUUAUGGUGCUGGUCUUGGCUGUUUAUGCUUACCGUCACCAAAUACAUCGGAGGAGUCACCAACACAUGUCACCACUGGCAGCUCAAGGUAUGAAUUGAAGUCACUCCGUUUAACAUGAGUACUGUCAAGAACUUAUCAAGUGCAACAAUUUGUAUACUUUGCUGGUCUUUUGUUAAUAUAGAUUGUCUAAAGUGUGUGUGUAUGUCCGUGUCCAGAACACUGAAACUUUUAAUUUCUUGGAGAGUCCAGUAAAUCAUUUACUUUUAUAGGGUUUCGGUUUUUUUAGUUUUGUUUUUUUCAUUCUUAUGUAGCUAUUUCAUUGGUUUUAUAAAUUAACUAAUAUUUACUGACACACCACUGACCUGCUUUGUUUUUUUUUUUCUGUGGUGUAGAAAUGUCUCUCCGAAUGUCCAACCUUGAGAACGAUCGUGAUGAACGGGAUGACGACAGCCACGAGGAUCGCGGAAUCAGUGAGUUUAAUCAUGUUGCAUAUUAAAGCUUUUUCUAAAAAAAAAAAAUUAAAAAAAAAAGUGGUUCUGAACCUGCAUUGAGUCAAUUUGCUUUCUCUCCCCCUCAGUCAGCAACACCAGGUUCAUUGCGGCAGUAAUUGAACGUCAUGCGCACAGCCCAGAGCGACGGAGACGAUACUGGGGAAGGUCUGGUACGGAAAGUGAUCAUGGUAAGUAGCUGUUCACAUAGUUUUACUGUGCUUGGAACUCAUACUGUGACAAUGGGAAAAGGCUGUUUGUUCAGUAGAUACCAGGCUUUUGUGCUGUGUGUGUUAAAUGAAUCUCCUGCUUACUUUUCUUUGAUGUGUUUGCUAAGCAUGUAUACAUUAUAUUGAACUCGUCUGGUGCUGAUGCUAAGGGGAGCAUUCUGCAUCCAAUCUGGUGUUUCUUCUCCACUACGUUGAGCUGAUUUGGGACCAGAUCUUAAGUUAGUGCUCACAGGGAGCAAGUUGCUAAGAAACAUUAGCUAAGUGUAUUUCAGGAAUCAAAUGUAGUUCAUUUGGGAUUUGCCAAGUUGUGGAUGCUGUCUUGAAUCCAAGGUGAAUAAGCUCAUUAGUAGAAUUUGGAAUUGGUUAGAUUAAUAAACAAAAGCCAAGGUAAUACUGGAGUUAAAAGAAAAAAAACACAAACGCUACAUAGCAAUUGCUAAACAGUAUUGGAGUUUAAAAAAUUUUGUAGUUGCAAUUGAACUAAUUUCCAGGGAAUUCUGAGCAGAAUAUUCAAGAUGUGCAGAACGUGUUCAGAGUUUGAGAAUAGGGUUUGUUUUUGUUUUUUACUUCCUGCUAUGUGCUGCACACCUGCAAAUGAUGCACCUUUAUUUAUUGGUAUGAUUACAAUGUGUUCCCUUUUCAUUUGCUGUCAUUUUGUUUGCAUACCUUACCUGUAUGACUGGCCCCAUCUAGAUUAUGCUUCUGCUAGUGUCACACGAAUAACUAAACUGAAUAGGGAUUGAGCACCACAAUGAUGUAUAUUCCAUUUCUCCUGUAGGUUACAGUACCAUGAGUCCUCAAGAAGACAGUGAGAACCCACCGUGUAAUAACGACCCGCUGUCUGCUGGGGUCGAUGUGGGGAACCACGAAGAAGAUCUAGAACCAGACACCCCUCCUCAAACAGCUGCUCUUUUAAGCCACAAAUUCCAUCAUCACUACAGAAUCCAUCAUCCAGCCUUGCACCACAGCCACCACUUACAGGCCGUGGUCACUGUACAUUCCGUGGACGCCGAGUGCUGACGAGCCUUGAUAUUUGGCAACUUUUUUUGCCUGGAAAAGACUAUACCGCAGUCCCUCAAGUUCACUGCGAGCAGUGGUGGAAUAGCUUUAUACUUGUACAUGUGAAGCUGACUUCAGUAUGGGAGUAGAUCAGCGCACAUGGUAUGCUGUUCCUCCAACUUUCAAAUGGAUGGGAGGUCAAACUCGAACAGCGCGGCAUGGCUGAGAGUUGGAAAUGUGUAAAGCAGAUGAAGAAACGUGUCUAUUAUUAUUAUUUUUUAUGGACAUUACUCUAUAUGAGUAGAAUUGUUAAUAGUUUUGUAAAACAAUGCAUCUCAGUUUUUAUUCAAAGGAUUAUUUUUCUACUAUUUAUUGAAUUUCAAAAACUUAUAGACAAAGGAAAUGUACAGUCCUGAAUAACCAUGUAAAACGUGAUUAUCUGUUAAAUCUGAGGUGGAGAGAAUGAAUGUCAGGAUUUAAACCACCAAACGGGCCCUUUGCUCCAAACAUUCUAUCCUGUUUACACGGAACUUUGAAAACACAGGCGGUCGUGCUUAUAUUAGCCCUACUGCUGCUGACGUGUUUUACACAAGAAAUGUGUUGCCAAACAAUCUUAGAUUUUAUUUUCUUUAUAGACAAAAAAUAAAAGUAUUUUUUGUACUUCUUAACGUUCUUGAAAGGAUUUUGCUGGUAAAUGCAGAAGAUUUUGUUUUAUAGUGUUUUAAUGAGUCUUCUCUCUUCUCUAGAAGAAGCAGUGUUUUGGAAGAACUGAAUUCUCAUUUGAUCUGAUCAGAUAAAAAAUAAGGAGCCAAGAUAGCUGCUGGCUGCAUGUUUGAUGUAGACUUACAAACACUUAAAAACUGUGAAAUUAAAUCACUAUGAAAUAAGUGUUCUUGUAAAACAGUAGUACCCAUUUAUCGAAUGGGUUGAAGGCACAGUAUUGAUAUAGUACUCUAUAUUAUGAACUCUACUGCAAUUAUCCCCAGAUUUAUUAGGUGAAAGAAGGUGGAGUUAGGAGAGGACAAACAUUACAUUAAAAUGAAUUUGCGACAAAGUGAAAUGGUGCAAAGCAUGUAUUGGUUUAUUCAAGUGGGAAUUCCAGAGUAUUGGCAACAAAAUUCCAUAUUUAGGUUGAAAUCCCAGAGCAGGAAGAAUUUACCACUUUUUCUGCAAAUUUCCUUAAACGAGGAUAUUACAGCUGGUUGGUUGUUGAAAAUAAAAUGUUUUUAGUGUAAUUCUUGUCCUCCCUUAAUCACACUAUGCAAACCCUCCCCUUCCAACGCAUUUUAUUGAACUUAUAUAAUAAGGGGCAAUACAUAACUUAACCGUUAAUUGUAUUUAAAACUUUAAUCCAUCUGUUAAUUUAUCCUGGCAGUUUUUUUUUUUUUCUCUUUGUAACCACUGUUUGGCUUGGCUGGGUUUUCACUACAACCACUUUUAACACUAGGUUUGUAUUUUUAACAUUUUUAUUGCUGGGCAGAGUAGCACAGUUAAAGGGACUCUCCAGGCAGAGAAUUUUACUCACCUGGUUCCAGCGCCGGGAACCUCUUGAAGCCGCGCCCCCUCUUUCGUCAAAAUGACAAAAUAGGCGGCAGGGAGCAAUCAGACGCUUCCAUUUGGAAGCGUCAUUGCUCCCUUGUGCGCAUGCGUGGCUUUGCUGCACAUGCGCACAUACUUCAGAGGGUCCUGAGCGCGCUACCGGUCUUUGCCCACCACCUCUCCUUUGCUGACAGGCAGAAGAGAGAAUGUGCGCCCACUGUGCCUUCUCUCUCCUGCACACGUCAGACGUAUUUUGAUAUGUCUGACGUGUACAAGGCCUUUUUAGGGCCCUGCAUGAUAGGAAGUCCCUCUGGUGGCAGUCUGAGUGACGGCCACUGGAGGUAUUCCUAUCAAUCAAUGUAAACACUGUAUUUUCUCUGAAAACACAGUGUUUACAUUAGAUUGCCUACAGGGAGCUAUAGAUCUCACCUGAACAAAUACAUUAAGCUGUAGUUGUUCAGGUGACUAUAGUGUCCCUUUAAGUUUGCUAAAUGCACCAUGUUCUCCUGAGUACAUAUUAUUCUGUUUGGCACUAGAGGAAAAUUGCAACUAUGUAUCCAGUAGAAAUCCUAUGCUUCAAAAGGGAAAUCCGUUAUCUAAUCAUGGAGGAACUAAAAAGGAAAGCAUGACUUGUUAAAUGAUUUCCCUGUUGAAACAAAUCAAUGUAUCUGUUGCCUAUCAGCAUGAUUAAGUUAUGCCCAGAAAGACAUGUCCUAUUAGAUGGCCUUUUCAGUGCUGUGAGGCUGUGCACUCUGGCUGCUAAUUAGUUAGAGAGUUGUUACUCUGAUAUACUUUAAAAGAAAACUUUACACUUUAAUCUUGUUUUCUUAUCCUGUAGAGUCAACAAUUUGCAUCGUGUGCCCUGGCUGUGCCUUGACUAAGCCUGAUUGUGAUGUCACCUGCUAAAUCUUUAAUAUUAAUGUUAGAAAAAAAUAUAUAUUUUUUUAAAUUGAGCAUCACGUGAAAAAAAGGUUAAUCUAAGUUAUGGGUGAUUUUCACUGUAUAAUUCAGUUAUGUAAUUUCCAGUGAAGUGACGGUACCCCUUUAACUCUUCAAUGUGCUCAUCCGUCUGCUCCUUAAAGGGAUAACACCUUAUUAGAUCACGUGUGGCGCUAUUUUAUUUAUAAAUAGUUGUGGGUGGUAAUAAGAUAUGCGGCUACAAAGCAUCAGGGCUUCUCGAUACAAUUUGAUUUUUAUUCUUUUUCGGGUUUUUUCUCCUUCUUAAUCGAAAACAAAUCUGACCUGUCUGUUUUGCCUUAAUAUUUAACAAGUGCCAAACGAAAAGCUUAAAUAGCACUCGAGUUCAUUCCCCUUCAUCACUGGAAAGGUUAAAUCUACAAUUAUUUUUUUUUCUCAUUACUUUGUACAAAGAAUAUUGUGCGUUCCAUUCACAAGCAGAUCAUUACGAUCUACAGACGAUAUUGUAUAUGUGUUACUGAUGUUUCUGUUUUAUGACUGCAAAUUUUAUAGUAUAUUUUCAAGAUGAUACUGGAUAUUGUAUAGUAGUUUAUUGCAGGGUAACGGAGUUGCUAUGAGACAGUGAGGUCGUUCAUUGUGUGAUAACUGCAGUUUUCUUUAUACUGUGUAUAAAAAAAAUCGUACGUAAGCGGGGUGGGGCCUGGAAUCUGUAUAUAAGGACAGUCAUGUGAAUCAUUUCUGAAUUAUUGUAACUUCCUCUGACAGUUUUAACAAUGUUCCCACUCUGAUACAUUUUUUUUUAUUUUUUAUUAAUUAUUAUUGGUAUACAAACAUCCAUAGCAUUUCUACAGUGUAAAGUUAAAUAAAAUGACUGUUUUUUUCCA